AAAUGCGCACUGAGCGCUCCCGCUUCCUGGAGGCGAUAUAUAUAUACUCGGGUUUCGGAUACCCCUCAAAAUGGCCCUAACCCCCAUAUAGUCACCUAUAUAGGGGUUAGGGAUCCAUUUCGGACACAGCCAUAUUUAUUUUUGUAGGAUGGUUGGGGAAAGUCCUGCCUCCUUCGCCUCUGAUUUGCUAGAUAAGCUUGAAGCAUCAUCACACGCUCGAGCCAAACGCACGCUGUCGGCUCAGUGCAUUUAACAGAACAUUAUUGCACUUCUGAAUCUCCUAACCCUAACCCUAAUCCGACAAACGAUGACAUUUCACAGCCAUUGGGAAUAACCAAUAGGAGCCCAGCACUUCUGGCCAAUCAGAGACGAAGGAAGGCGGGACCUUCCUCUACCGUCCUCCAAAAAAAGAGAAAAAAAAUCUCUUCCUGGAGUUUGUUUGUUUACGGAAGCAAAUUCAACUUACUCGCAAGCAGCAUGGUCCUAUUGGAUUACUAUGGUUACGAGAGUGCAGACUGACGUGCGGCAACACGGUAAGCAAAUGUAGCUUACAUACAUUGGAUGGGUGAAAGUUUGCGUACUGGCUGUAAACAGCUGAUUAUGUACCGCUGAGUACCUGCUUACUUUCACCCCUGCCGAGGGGUCUACAGGCGGCUGUCUUCCCUCCAUUCAGGACAUGUUUAGGACAUACUGUGCAUGCAGAGCCUCUGCAAUCGUCAAAAAGAAAAAAGUCACCCCACACCUCACUCAGACUUUCUAUCAGGCAAAAGGUUUAACAACAUCAGGACCAGCACAACAGCUUUUUCUCCGGGCUGUCAGACUCUUAAAUAUCCUGCUGUCAUUCACAUCCACCUCUACACCCCCAACAAUCUCUGACUGACCCCCUUUAUACAGCCCCACAUACAUAUUGUACAGUCAACAUGCACUGACAUUUUUGAUCUGGACAAAUCCUCACUGUCACUUUGUACUGGACAGUAAUCUCUGUCACCUGUGCCUUAUAUCACCACUUUGCCCGCACUGAAUUCAGAGAUUUAGACAUUUGUUACUGCCCACUUAUUUAUUUUGACAUUUUUUUCGAGGUGUUCUCAUGCACUGGCACUUUGAGCUUUGACUUGUUCCAGUAUUUCACUUUCUUUUUUAAGGCUACUUUAACAAAAGCCAAAUGCUACUAUAAAAAGUCAUUUGGGAGCAGAAAGAGUUGUUUGUUGUUGCUUCGAUGAGCUAAAUCAUGUGGAUCACAGAUAAGAGCCAGAACCUCUAAGAAAGGUUUUUUGAGGCAUUUUCCUUUGAAGACUUGAGGAGGCAAGCAACUGCUUUGUGAGUCUGUUUGGCAGCUUUUCUCUCUCACUAGUGAUUGUGUCUAAUAAGUGUUGUUGAAGGCUGGGUGGAUUAUAAAGACCCCCCUUAGUUUAAGACAGCAAAUGACCAGCAGAGGAGUACAUCAUAGGCAGGCCCAGUACUACCGCUGGAAAUUCUAUUUGCACCCUGUUUGGUGUUUUUGUGAUUGUUUCAUUAAAGCUUCUGUCAAGAUCAUGUGUAUCUGAGUGGAAAUCAUGACAGAAACUUCCUAUCAAAUGAAAGACAAGUUGCCAUGCCAAGUUCUAUUUCAGACAGAGACACUAUCUAAUUACUGAGAUGUGUCAGGAGGUUGAUGAUGCCUUCAGUCUGUGUAAAGCUGAAGCUGAUGGGAGGUGGUAGAUUCACCUGACUCCUGUCAGAAUAGCACACAUCAAAUCAGCUCAUAGAUUCCUGAAGGUGCCUGUUGUGUUUUUGUUGUUGAUUUGCCUGCAGCGCUUCCUAACACAGUGACUCAGCAGUGUGACUGAAACCAGAGGAAAGAGAGGAGGGAAAAUGUUUUUGUCCUAGGAGUGAAAUAUGAGUGAAUGAAAUAUGAUACGUUUUUAAACCCUUCCAUUUACUAUUACAGAGAAUUAUCAACAGUGUACAAAGAAAAACUUAAAUAUACCACACCUUUAUGUGCAGACCUUCAACAAAAAACCAUCCAUAUUAACAGAAAUUUAGAAACAACAUUAUUUCACUUGUUUUUCUACAAUUUAGGAUUUUGUACAAUGAAGGUCACUAAUCUUUGAAACCCCUCAUUAAUUUUCGUUUUCAUUUUAGUUACUUUCCAGCUGCGUUAAUUACUCGAUUCCGUCUGGUCACAACACAAUAACCACAUAAAUCACAAUAAUCAUAUAACUGUUGAGUACAAAACUUUACAUUUUUGGUUGAUGGCCCACCAGUCACCAGAGAAGAGAGAAACAGCAGCAACACUGAAGGAACAGCAUGACAGAGACAUUGAACAAAGUGAAGACAGCAGAUAUGAAGCAACCACAAACCGCAACUCAAUAUGGCCUAAAGCAGUAAGGACUGGCUGAGUGAAAAGAAGAACUACAAGGGAAAAUACAUGACGCAAAUACUGCUUUUAUUUCCUACAUACAGACAAAUGUUUCGACUUCACUGUCAGAAAAUGAUAAAUGUUAAUUUGACUCAGAAGAAAGCUGACAAGAACGACAUCGCCACGAAAAGGCUAUCAAUUGCAGGCCUCGACAGAGCAACCAUUUCACUCCCAGGUGCAACUAAAAUGUUCGAUGGACAUUCGCUGCAGAGCUACAGGUGUCUUCUCACUCUCCAUAAUCGGGAAUAGCAACAGCAGCGCGGUUAAAUCUACUCAAGCAACCUCGCUGUCAACAUAAUAGCUGCGUCCGAAUUGCCAAGUAGUAGUCGAAGUAGUAUCUAGCAUGUCCGAAUUGGCCACCGGAGCGAGUAGCAUGCUACUUCAGAUACUACUUCAGAUGCUAGACACGCCCACAUUGUAGGUUGGUCUCGGUGCAUCCUACGGGCAUGCUACUGACCCAAAAUGCACCGCGGGCUUCUUCUUCGUCCUCUUAAAAGUUGUAGAAGCGCAUGUGAUGCUAGCGCCACCAGCUGCUGCCUAUUUAGAUGCGUCGCAAACGCCGGCUGGCCACAGCAGCGCGCACCAUGUCGGAGCAGCAGCAGCAGCAGGCGGGACCGCAGCAGUACAGAUGUAAGUUUCAUGUAACUUCACUAGGGCUGAAACGAUUACUCGAGUAACUCGAGUAACUCGAUUAAUAAAAUUCCUCGAGGCAAAUUAUAUGCCUCGAGGAAUCGUUUAAAUCCGGAACCAUGUGCAGCGCACGGUGUUUGACACGGACGGUUAUUUCUGUUGCGCAGAAGCGUGCUCUUUCCGCUCCUUCCGCUGCCGCGCGUUUGGUUCAAUCAUGGAGGGAAACGAGGACAGACAGAAGCUGUGUCCGAAAUGGCAUACUGCCUGCUAUCUACUUACCUACUCAAGCAGUAGCUACUGCCUACUGACUACUCAAAGAUGAUUUGAGUAUGCCGCGGCUGCCCGAGCGUUUACACACAUACAUACUAAAUACCCCAGAAUGCAUUUCGUGCCGGCCGGACGCAGCGCCGGGAAAAUUUAAAUAGUCCUACCACAAGCUACAUAGAACGACUGCAUACCGGACAAAUUAUAUAAAUUCAUUCAAUAAUAAUAUUUUUUCUAGCGAGAAAGUAAGUGUUUACAUCACGAUUAUGAGCCCAGUUGUUUGAAAUAGUGGCUGUUUGUAAAUUUGUCUCGGCGUUUUCGGAGACCGAAGCGUCCACUUGGUCGGUGUUUGCGUCUAUUUACCGUAAACACCGGGCAGCAGCAGCUCCCCCUUCACGUUUCCAAAUUAUUGCGAAGUGUUUUCAUAAUCAACAUCUACACGACACAAACCGGGCGGCAGUGGAUGAAAAAAAUCACACAAACAUCCGUGUAUCCAUGGUGAUAAUGCUAUACACCACCUGCUAGGCGUGUGAUGAGCAGCAGAGGGCUGCAAAAUGACCAACACACAACAACAUGUAAAUAAAAAUGUAACACUUUUAUAUAUUGAAUAAAUGUACAUUUGCUUGUCAAAUUAUGUUAGUAUCCAAGAAUUAUAUUAUUUCAGCCUAUUAAUUAAACAAGUAAAAUUAGAUCCAAAGCCUGGAAAUAGUUGUGACUGGUUUAGUGAAAACUGCAAAGAUCAUUACCAUAGCAAUUAAAAGACCAUCUGCAGACCUUGCCUUCAGUAGUUUCAUGUGAACUACAUGGUAAAAUGUAAAACUUUUGGUUCCUGAUUUAUGCAGUAAAAUAUUCAUUUGAAAGACCUGGCCUAUUUCAGUUUUGUGUGUUACUGAUGGUUUUUAAUGAGGCAAACGUGAUUCAAUGCAAAGUAUUACAGUGAGAGCAAAACAUUUCUUAUCCGAUUACUCGAUUAAUCGACAGAUUAAUCGAUAGAGUACUCGAUUACUAAAAUAAUCGAUAGCUGCAGCCCUAAACUUCACACACUGUCCUAAAAAUGUGCGGUUGUAUCUCUUUGUCAUGUCAUGGUGUCAUAUUUGCCCAAGUAAUCAUUUUAUGAGCAAGUGGCGACAUCAUGGAGGUAAAGCUCACUUAUUCCAUAAUUAAACUGCACAGCUGCAGUACUACAGCCAGGCCCGCAGAUGAGGGGCUUCAGUUACCACUGUCUGCACGGGCGCAGUACCUACUCUCUGCCUGCGGGGGUCGUCUUUCCCCACCGCUCGUCUAGUGUGUCCGAAUUGGGCCAAGGUUUUUAGUAUGUAGGAGUAGGAUCUAGCAGUAGCACGUAGCAGCAGCAUGUAGUAUCCGAGCGGGCAGUUCGGACGCAGCACAGGUGUUGAAUAAGGGACCAUCAAUAAAUUAACGGUUGAAAAAAAAGGCAGUUUUCCUUUAAUAGCUUUCAUGUCAUGUGACCAAAUGACCUAAAAUUGAUUUCAAACAACAAUACUUAUGUCAAUAAGACACACCUCUUUAUUUCCCUAAUUUGUCCUCUUUACAUUUUUGUGUUAAAUUUAAAGGCAAAUUUUGAACAUUUUCUUCAAUAGCUUCCAUGUCAUGUGACCAACCGACCUAAAAUUUAUUUCAAACAAAAAUUUGUGUCGACCAAUAAGACACACAUUAUAUGAUCAAUUUUCAUUGUGUCCCUUAAGUUCUCUGUGUGCUCCUCACUUUUUCAACUUAGGAGCACAUGUGCACCUUGUGAAAAAAAAGUUAGUAUCAAGCCCUGAACUGUGAAAUCUGAGUUUCUCAAGCUGCAUAAAAAUUUAUGAAUCAAUUAAACCAUAUUUAGAUCAUUAAUGAUAAGUGUCAACUCUUUUUAAUUGUUUGAUAAUAAGUAGGAUAAAUGGAUAAUAAGUGGGUAGACAUGCAUAUUAUAACCCCAAUGGGACCAGACCUUCUGCUUCACAAUGAGGACCAGCUGAUAACUCACUUAAAAUCACCUGUGCUUUUAUGUUUUAGGUGUUUUUGAUUACAACAGAGUGGGGCAUUUAGAGGAAAUCUGCGAAUUUUCUGCAUCAGAAAAGAAAAAAAACAUGAUUUUCUGAUUCAAACUGAUACUAAAAGGUGUUCCAGAUACACACCACUGAGUUUUUCUGCAUUAGUGUGAGGCUGUGUGUAUCUGCACUUUGGUUUCGCUUUAUGCACUGGGUUUAAUUUGGAAAAGGUCAGUGACUGUGUAAUGGCAGCCUCCAGGUCCGACACCACGCUGCCCUCUGAGUGAACAGAGGGGGAUCCUGCAGGGUGUUGGAUGAUGAUACACUCAGAGAAAGAAAAGGAUGAAGGCAGCAGAUAAUGGGGUCAGACCAGCGUGCACAGCUGCAGUGAAAUGGUGCAAAUGAAUUAAACAGGGUUGAUGUCACGGGGUUAAACAUCUGGAAGCAGGAACAAACUACGUCCUCAUAAUCUUCUCCACUGAGUCUUUACUUUUACUAUUUGGAGACUACAUGAAGCCAAGUAAAGAUGUGUAUGUACUAUAUUAACAAAAACCUUACAUUUACCUCUCACUGCUGUCUGAUCCUUAAAAAAGAAACUAUCUUUUCCAUUGCUUUCCACUUGACUACACUUCCAACUAUGAGAAUGUUGGCUGUCUGGGAUCUUGCUGUCUCAUCUUACGGUUAGUUCCCCAUUCAGAUGUUGAUCUGCACCAUCAGCUCCUUGGAGUUUUAACCUGUCCUUUUUCUCCCCUCUCCCUUGUUUGUAGGUUAUCCUGUCUGCCUGUCUCUUUUUUUUCUCUCUCUUAUCUGUGUGAGUGAUUUGCUUCCCUCUACUUUGUUUGUGUUGUCUGACCUUGGUUAAGGUCUCCCAGAGGGAAGGAGAGGAUGUGUCACUUUGUUGAUGAAAUCUAAAGUUGCUAAAUGUUGCUCCUUAUCUCUCAGUUUUUUUUUAACGCCACAAACUGAAACAAAUCUUUAAGACUUCACAAAGUUUCAUCCAGUGCAUAGCUGUCAAGUAUCCUGUUUUGGCCAGGAAACUGUAUUUUACCCCUCUUUCCCGCCGUCUUCCCAUACUAGCAUUCACCCGUAAAUCUCCCAUGUUAAAAUAUAUGUAAAAAAAACAUUGUUCCGCCUCUCCAAACUGAACUCUGUCACUGGUUCGCACUAAGUACCCACCAACAAAACUUGACAAGUAUGAUCCAGUGAUCACUGAGGAACUAUCUAACAAUGGCUGCAAUAAUAUCAACAUUGUGUCAAUUUCAUGGAUUCCACCACCUACUUGUUGUCUGGCGAACUAAACCACACAAUAUUUUCAUGCAACAUGUGCUAUUAUGGUAAUUGUUCUACCAGGGGAUGUAGCAUCUUUUUAAAAUCCCGGUCGACUGACAUGUUGCUUAUCCUCUGGGCCAAGAUGUGGCCUGUUUGGGCCAUUACAAAGUUUACUUUGUUUCACAAGUUUAAAUGAAUAAAUCACCUCAAAAAUCAUUAGCCUGAUUUACACUUCUGUAUCGACUUUAUUUUAUAGCUAUGUCAUAGUGGUCAACAUUUGGACAAGCGCAGCGUUGUCUGAAUUCGCUAAAACAACCGCAGAGGCAGGGUUGUAUUUACGCCUGUGCUGUCAACAAACCAACAAACGCAGUAGUGGCUCACUCAUCCAAUUCAGGAGUUUUCCCCUUGUUAAAUGUUGUCACUAGAUGGGUGACCUUGCAUACUUAUUUUACUGUUCUGUCAAAGGUUGUACUGUGCGUGUAGAUGUAACAUCAUUACCCUGUGUGUACGCCUUGUUAUGUUAUCGGAGGAGCAGACACGGCACCUGCGGUUGUGUUUUAUUUAUAUUUAGCGUCAUAUUUACAUGACGCUUUUUUUUUCCAAUCGGGCACUUAUUACGAUUAUUUAUGCACAUGUAAACCCAGCUAGUGUUGCUUUGCGAUUUUUGCCUAAAGGCAGUUUAUCAGUGUCAUGUCUGUGUUCUGCAGAUCACCAGUUUCCAGUCCUGCAACAUUUUUUCUUUGUUGGUGCACAGGAAGCCACAGGGCCUGAAUCUGAACGUGAAAUGUUGAAGUUGGAGCUUGUGUUUGUUGUGCUGCAGUGAUCAUGAUGAAAUUACAGCAGUGAAGCAGAAAGAGAGAGAGAGGUCAAUCACAGGGCUCUGCGUUGUUCUGGUGAGUGGUUACAUUUUCAGCUUACGCUUAUAGACUUCUAUAAGUACAGGGCUAUGCAGACCUGUAGCUUUUGCUAUGGCCAAGAGCUGCAGACAGAUUUUUUUUUGUUCAUGCUCCACAUUUCAGGAGCAGGUUUCAUUUGCUGAGGUUGUAGCCAGUUUUCUCAUACUCUCCCUUAUUGUGUUCCUUUUAAUAUUCACUUUUUCUUUUUCUUCAGCUCUCUCCUCUUUCACUCAUACCUCAAACUGGACUGGAUUUCAUUUUGUGUCUGCUGUCAGUAUGCUUAUCUGUCCAAACUGUCCACGGUAUGAAUAAAUUAAACUUGUAAAACCCUUAUUUUGACAUUACUGUCUUCACAGUCUUGCACAUCAGCACCUGAUAUCAUUCACACAAUUCUUCUAAGUUGGUCACCUGUAAAAUGCACAUCGAUAAAACAUGCAAUUCAGUGCUCAUGUAGUAUAUAAUUAAAUCAAACCAUUAUCCUUUUCAUUUGUACCCUUUAAUACUGGAAACACCAGUGAGAUGCCAGAUGUCAGUACAUUAAUGAAAUCAUUUUCAUUCAGCAGUUUCAGGACCACAGGUAACAUACUGUAUAUGUGGCCUGUGUAAACCUUUGGUAUGAUUUUCACAAUAUUAAAAAUAAAGCAAAAACAAACAAAAGACGAGAUUUUGUUAAAAAAAAAAAAACGUUAUUUUUUUUACUGCAUAUCAUAAUUUCUGCUGAUAAAUUUAUACAUCUGUUAAGGGUCAUUUGUCUCAUUAUUUUGCAGAUGAUGAUGACCGCGAUCAGGACACUUAUGACAAUACUGUAUCAGACUAAGUAAAUAUAAUUCAACAGACCACUGCAAGACAGCAGCUUGUUUCACCAUCUGAAAUUUGCCAUCUUAGAUAAACUUUUCUGCUGAUGCGCCUGGUUCAUACCUUAACAAAGUAUGAGUGCACCCUGACUGUUUGUGUGUCUGUGAGUGUGUUUAAAUUAAUGUGUGUGUGUGUGUGUGUGUGUGUGGAUCUCCGCUUCAGAUGCAGCACUGCGUAGCUUCCUGCUGGUCUCAUGGUGCCCCCUGAUAAGCCGGUACUGCAGAGGGUUCAGAAUGGCGCUAGUGGCAGUGGAAUUAGCUUCUAUUGUCAUGAUAAUGACAGUGAUACUCUUGCCCCAUCCCCGACUCAGACCAGCCAUUGUAUGGAAACAGGAAUGCAAUUUCUCCUGCAGCAGCAACUGACAAUCCUCUGUGAGAGUGAAAGGUCUCUAAAUGACUCUCCAUUCAGGCGAGGCUGCGGGGCCAGCAGCCAAUUAAAGUGGGAGCAGCAGCACAGCGCCAUCCUGAAGACCUAAAGCUGUCUCUAAACACACACAUUAAGCAAUACAAAAACACACGUACAUACAUACACACACACAUCCAUUAGUUGCUGUAUUUUCCUUUUACAAAGAACGUCUAAUCCCCUAAACUAUCUUUCUCCUCACUGCCUUAAUUCUCUGGGGAGCACAGGCGGUGUGUGCGAACUAACAGCGAGCUUUGUUCAACACAAUGUGUAUACAGACCCCGAAACAUGAGUUAUUGAUUUGAAAACACUUAAAUAUUGGAGUGGGGAGACAGAGUUCCUGUGCAAAGUGGACUCCGUCUUCACCUCCAUCCGUCAUGGUUAGACUCUCCGCUGGUGUUUAUGGUAUCAGACAGUCUCCUCUGGGCGUUUAUCUGGCAGCUGAGGCACAGUCUCCAUGCAGGGCCAAGGGUUUAAAAAGUGUUCACGCUACCGAGCUGUGAGUUAAGUAGAUGUGAGCUUUGGGCCUCUGAGAGCUGAGAAGAGGCCCGUCCAGCCAGAUGAGUUUGUUAUAAGACUCACCAUAAAUACCUAUGACUUAUAGAGCCGCUCCUUUGACUGAAAAAGAAAAUAUUUCUCUUGAAUGCCAUGUGUAUUUCGCAGCCGCCUUUCCAUGGGAAUUUUCAAAGUUUUUUAAACUUUCAAAAAGAAUUUCUCUAUUCAAGAAAGUCAUACUAACUUUUUUCACCACCAUCUUUAUUUACAGAAACCCUCUGGUUGUCAGUAUUAACUGUGACCGACCUUACAUGCCUUAAGAGGUUGGAGACUAGAUGUACAAAUGUGCUAAUAUGCAAAAAUAAAGGUCAGUAACUAGCUCUCCUGUAAACACACAGAUGCUUUUACUUUUGCCCAUCUAGUUUACUUUCUCUGAGGAGGUCUCAGACAAGGAUCAGAGACUCUGAUCAUUGCUCAGUUGCUCCAUCAUUGCUCCUUUACAGUUUGCUCUUCCUGAACUCAGAAGUGCAGAGCCUCCCAACCAUUUGUCUUUGUGGCUGUCUGGACUUGAGUGAAAUAGGUCUUUUUCAAGCUUCAUGUUGGACAGUCUUAGAUGGGGCAUAAAUCUACUGAAGCAGCGCUCCUGUGUUGUCGUCUUUUAAAACCCCGCCCUGUAAAAUAAUGGAUCACGAUUGGGUUGAUAUAUCUGACAUUGAGGGGAAACUGUUUAAAAUGACAGCACUUCCAGAUCCGCCUGCCUGCUAAGUUGAACUUGAACUGUCCUACUGUGACUUUAUGAUGAAAUUUUACUGGAGAAAAAUUGGUGCAUGGAUUUUUAUUGGUCGUAUUCACACAUGCAGCUCAUCCUGAAAAAUCUGGCAAGUUUCUGUAGUUUUCUGCAUAAAACAUAAAAACUGCUUUUGUUGAAUGGUUAAAGGGAUAUUCCAGUGUAGAAUUAAGUUAAGGUCAAACACACCAUAACACCGAGUUAGACACCCCCUCGAGAGAUGAAUGUUGCCGAUCGCUUUCUUCUCUAGUUAUACCAACUUCAGCAAAGACUGCAGGAUAGCAAUACACAGCGGUCCCAGGAGCCACACACAAACCUCAACCAAAAACCCACUCCAUAGUCACAAAUAAUGCUCAGAACAGCACCUAACUUCAUCAACAGUACAUAUAAGGUCCCAGCCAUAGUACUAGUAGCCACCAAAAAUCUUUUCAGCUUUGCCUAAUUUCUUUAGCAAAGAGACUUAACACAACUCACCUACUCUCUUCCAGCAGCUGCUUGUUUGUAGGGAGAGCUUGGACAAGUCCAUCGACUGCAGUGGGAUGACGCAGCUCAAGGAAGAACAUUUAUGAUCAUUACUUUGUCAUUUCCUUAAAGUAAUAAUCAUCAUAAUCAUUUUGCACUGCAGACGCGGUAGUUCUUCUGCCUUAGCGUCUCAGUCUGAUUCCACGAAGAAAUGAUCCUCCUUGAGCUGUGUCACCCCGCUGCAGUCGUCGAUGGACUUUAAGAUGAUUCAAGCAAACACCAGCAGUGAUAUGUUCAGUUAUAUGAAGUUUCAUCUUUUUGUACUUCAUACAACCUCACUGCUUCAAAAACCCAGUGUUACUACUUUGACGGGGACUUCUUGAAAACAGAAUAACAAGUGUUCGUUUUGUUGGCUUCCAGCAGUUUGCUGGCCAUCACAGAGGAUAAUAUGCAUUUUGAAGCAGCAGCAGCAGACAUGAAGUAGAAAAUAUCCAUCAGAUGAUAUUACAAGCUGGUGUUUAGAUGAAAGCUCUCAUCAGACAGCAGGGUUUUUUUCUUGAUGUAAAUGGGGCUCUUAUGUGUUGAAGCGUCUUGUGAUAGUCGUUGAAGGCUGCAAUCAGUCUCCAAUUAUCGCUCUUUACAUCUCAAUGAGGAAAAUCCAGCUGCACAGUGGGAUCUGAUGAUACAGGAGGAGGACUAACUAUGUGUGUGUUUAUGAUGAGAGGUGGAUGAUACUUACAGACAGAAUUACAGGGUGAUUUCCAAUCAUGUGAACAAAUAAAGUAAGGAUUGCACUAAGUACUCCCUUCAUGUCUCCACCCACUUGUGUCCUUCGUUUGCUGGAAACUGAAUGUUUUCCUGUCUUGCGUGCUCCUUGUAGUCACUUUGCAUAUUGGCAAUUUUGUUUUUAGGUUGUAUUAAAAGCACAGGUAUUCAAAGAGUCUCUUUUGUGUUAGUAAGAUUGAAUUACGAUUAGAAAUUCAAUUCAUUUGUCCGAGCCAGUUAUGCUACUCUACUUACUUUUUUAGUCCUAGAAAACUAAAAAGCGAGUAUUGGUUUAAUGAAAAAAACAUACUUAUCAGGGUUGCAGAUAUGAACACAGUUUAAUUUGACAUCAAACCAAUAUUCAGUCUAGUCAGGGGACCGCUGUGAUUAUUCUGCUCACCCUCAAUCACCAUUAAACCAUUAUUUCUGUCCUUUAUCUACAUCGUGCCCCCCUCCCUCGCCCCGUCCUUCUGUGCCUCUCGUGCUUGCUUUGUCUUUUUCAUUUUCUCUUUUCACCGUCGACGGUAUUGAGCGGUCCACAGCAUUCAGAUGCAAGAUGAACUUUGAUAAGAGUUAAUGAGAACACAGCAUUGUACGGGCAAAGAAUGGCUCGGGCUGCACUCAAGAGCCUCCUCACCAGGAAAUGGACCAUAAAGAGCAUCAGAAACACACUCCUCCGGGUUUGGAGGAGGAAGAGAUGAGAGUCAGAGGAAGACAAUAGAGGAGGCAGAGGAAAGACGGGAGAGAAAUUAUGUGAAGGGUAAAGAAUAGGAAGGUUUUGUGUGAGGCGUAGGAAUGUGGUACAAACAUAAUGAGACAUAAUCAUGGCCAUUUAUAGAGUACUACUCAGUUUUUAUCUGUGGUUAGUAACUGAAUGUUUCACUGUGUGGAUUUAACACGAAAAUUAUGUCCAUUUUAAAAUAACAGUAAAUGUGUCAGUAUUACAGUAAAGCCUUGUUGUCACUGAGAGCCUCAUGUAGGCUCAAUUUUGUGUUAUUUGCUGCAUUCAAAUGUGUCAGCUGUGCCUUGUUGAAAUUGACCUUGUUAAAGGUCUUCAUACGAUGUUAAAUUACGUAACUGAGUCACUAAGCCUAAGAAAACAAGUGACACUGGCUGGCAGCGCUUGCAGUGGAAGAAGACGUCUACAUAUUAUGAAUGCAAAUAAUGCGAAAGGUGAAAUGCCCUCUGGUGGCAAAGUGCAGAAAAUUUUGUUAAUAGAUCGUACAUUUAAAUUGGGAUAAAUUCUUGGCUUUUGAUCUCUCAAGACAUGUAAAAUUGCAUGACAGAUACAGCCCCAUCUGGGGGGUAGGAAACUGUAGCCUAGCUUGUGUGCAGGUUCUCGCUGCAGUUUUUCAUUACAAGGGUAGAGCUGACUGGCAUCCACUGUGGCUGACACACAUGUAACUCAUACAAUCACACUUGAAAAAUAGUGAAACAUCUCUUUAAAACCCAACCUAUAAAGUAAGUAUGUUUGUAUGCUGCUCAAAUAAUCAACUUACUGCAUUAAUUUGAUUAAAACUGGACUUUUGGAGUACAUGUAAACUCAUUGGUUGUUGCUGUUGCUGUCGUUUCUGCUGUUCCCUGUCUCUCUCUCAGCCUCGUUCUCUCUUCUCUCUCCCUCCCCCUCCCUCUCCUUACUCAUUCUCUCUCUCUCUCCCCCCUGCCCUCUCCCCUCUUCUCUCUCUCUCUCUCCCUCUCUUCCUCUCUCCCUCCAUCUCUCUACAUUCCUCCCCAACCCAGCAGCGGCAUGGUGGCUGUCUGGCAUGAGUCUGGUCCUGCUCAAGGUUUCUGCCUGUUAAAAGGAAGUUUUUCCUUGCCACUGCUACUCAUGUUAGAUGAGAUGGGCCAAAACCCAUCUUAGGUUGGUUCUUGGUCUUCAAACAAUGAGCGUGGUCUAGACCUGCUCUUGUUCUUUGAAAAGCAUCUUGAGAUGACGACUGUUGUGAAUUGGCGCUAUGUAAAUAAAAUUUGAUUGAUUGAUUGAUUGAUUAGUCUGACUGAAAUCACACUAAAUCUGACUACUUGUAAAUGGACUAACAUACCCAAAUUAUGUGGUUGGGGAUCGAUUUUUCCUUCAUGUUUAUGCUUCUAUUGGAUUGAAGCAGGCCUGAGUGUUCUACAUAUGCUCUAGAGUUUAGAGCUAGGAUUAGAUUUGUUGAAGAGCAGAAAUGUGUUGGUAGAAGUCAGCUAGAGAACAAAACCUUGACAGAGGAAGAAAGGGCAUUGAUUCUUACCUGGUGCUUGUAAACUGGGACAAAGGCAGUUGUUGCCUAUUCGAGCUAGAACUGCAUCGUGACAUAACUGUGCAUGCAAACGUACUGAACGAAACAGUCCAAAUACCAUCAGCACUUUUGUUGGGCUCGAAUUUGCGACUUAAGUACUUGGCGACAAUGAUCUCUUCUGUGGUUUCUUUAAACCGUUGCCAAAAAAAAAAAAAAAAGAAAGAAAUAUUGAAGCUACGAAAUAAUUCAUUCUGGGAAGUCAGCUAAAAUAUCCCUCAAGACAUCAAGUGAUAAGAACUCAGUUUUGUUUUUUUACAAAUACAAGCAACAAAUGUGGGUUUAAUUAACUACAGAUAAAAAUAUGACUUUAGUCCAUCAUGAGAGCCACAAGGUUGGAUUUCAGGGCCAUUUUGACUCUGGAUUAAUGAAAGUUUCAGAGUAAGAUUCUCAUUUCUUUGUCUUAUACUGGUUUGGCUUUGGGAUUUCUACAGCACACGUUCUUGUAUGAAAACAGCCUUAAUUACAGCAGUUUUGUUUUUCUAAGUACAGACAAAAUUUCAUUUUUUUUUAUCACUGGAAGCUCUGUGAUAUCUGAGUCAUCCAAGGAAAUUGUUGCAGUGGUUAAGAUUUUUUAACUAAAUAUCUUGGUUUGACUGCUGAAGUCUUAAAAUAUAUGACCUCUUGUCUUUUAUAUUGCAUAUCCAGUACAUAAUCUACCACUGAAAAUACAGUAUUUCAAACCACGUCUUUUUUAUUAUGAAGCUGAAUCUAUAGUGGAGGAAACCUCUUAAUCCCUGUUAAUCAUUUUGUUGGUAAUGUGUAAAUAAUUGCCCAUUUGUUGUCAUAUGCUUGACAUAGCAAUUUCUUGUGCGCUGACACUCAUUAAACAAGCUGUGGUUUUGAGAUCCACCAUUUUACUUUGUGUUUUAAAGGGAACUGUCCUACUUUAAUCCAGACAUUGGUUUGUUUUUAUUUAGAAAACACUUCUGGGCCAAAUUAGCCCUCACACUUUGUCUGUCUUAACCUUGUGGAUGCAAAACCUAAUCUUUAUUCUCUGAAAGUCCAAAUUUAUCAGGACAGAGAGUUCAGGAUUUUCGUCUCCUAACAUACAAAACAAUCUACAGACUUGUCUUAAACCUCAGGACUUUGUAAACCUGAGAAUUGUUGUAUCACUGGUGAAAUCUCCAGAGUUUGGGUCAUACGUGGAUAAGAAGUUUAUCCGUCAUUUGAAAGAGAUUUAGCAGCUUGUUUCUUGUGGAAACUUUAUGAUGAUGCUCUUCAUGGAUAGCGGUGCAUUGUUCAGUGGUUUGAGCUGUGUGUAACAGCAGUAAGGUUUCUGGUUCAAUUCCCGCAGCUUGCAUAUGUGGGUCUUCCACAGUUUCCUUACACCGUCCAAAGACAUUCUCGAUGGGUUUACUGGUGACUUUAACUUCUUGUAUUGAUGUGAAUGUGUCUGGUAGUAUAUCUCUAUACAACCAGCCCAGGAUAUACUCACCCAGCUGUGAUCAGCUCCUGUGACCCCUGACCUGUUAGAAUUACAGAUAAAGGUUGGACAAGUGAUUGUAAUGGUUCAACUCAUCAAAUAUCGAGAUAGAAUAAAAAUUAUGUUGCAGGUUGUGUUCACCUUUGAGUGCACAAUCUAUCGGCUGACCUGCAUGGUACUCAGAGGUGAGGAGUAUGCUCAGUCAUCAUCCAUGUGUUUACACAGAUGCUUCAGUAGUUUCUGAGUUAUAUAUUAAAGGGAUAUUCUGGCUUAAGUUUAAUCCAUGGUCAAACACUAAGACUGAGACGCUAAAGCAGAAGAACUGCUGCGUCUGCAGAACACAUACAAGAUACACAAGAACUCUGAUUGCAUUUCCAUGAAGUGAUAAUCAUAAAUGUUCUUCUUUCAGCUGUGGAACUCCAUUGCACUCGGUGAUCGACUCGUCAGGACUUCCCCACAAACAAGUGGCUGCUGGAAGAGAGUGGGUGAGUUGUGUUUAGUCUCUUUGCUUAAGAAACCAGGCAAAGCUAAAAAGAUGUUUGUUGGCUAGUACUGUGGCCUGGACCCUAUAUGUACUGUUGAUGAAGGUAGGUGCUGUUCUGAGGAUUAUUUGUGGCUAUAGAGUGGCGUUAUGGUUGAGGUUUGCGCAUGGAGACGGAGAUGGCUGUGUAUUGCUAUUGUGCGCUCCUUGCUGAAGUUGGUAUUGCAAGCAGUCGGCAACAUUUAUCUCUCAAGGGGGUGUCCACUUUUGGGUGUGUUUGACCCUAACUUAAUUUCACACCGGAAUAUCCCUUUAAGCAUGACAUUUCUUGCAAUGCGGAAAAUGUGACAGAAUUUAAACUUUGAUUGACCAAAAGUGGAUUUUGGAAAUAUUCAUAUUUGUUUUGCACAUUUGUAUUCGUUUCAGCACUUAAAAAUAGAUAUUGUGUCGUUCCCACUGACAGCUGGUUAAAGAACCAAUAGUUUAUUGUCUUUUUUCCAGUCUAACAUUGUUUCUGACAGUUUAUGUGCUUUUGGGGUUGAUCGAGCUGUUCUACUUUCAAACAAAACCCUGCUCCCUGUGCAUGCUGACUGCCUGCAGCAAAGUCCCUGCAUUAAUCCCUGUUAAAAGUGCACAGUCUUGUGCAUUUGCAUUUUGCUCCUAUUUUAAUGCUCCUAAUCUGUGAUUAUAAGGUCAUGGCCCAUGGCUGACUGAAUAACAUGAAAGAUUUAUAGUUCACAGUUCAGUGCUUAAAAGGAUGUAAAAGACUUUUCUGAAAAGCAAAUUAUAAAAGAAAUGUUGAAUCAGAAGCUAUCUUUCAGAAUCCACCCAGACAUUUCAUAUUUCAGGCCUUAUGAAACAAAAUGUGUGGCAGUAUAUCUCGAAAGCCUGUCAUAAUGAAUGUGUUGCAGCUUUAAUAUCUCAGGGCAGAUUCACUGUCAUAGUCUCUGUCUGCAGCUCAGUGUGGUUAUUCUGCUGCCAAACCUGGGGGAGAAACAGGUUUUACACAAAAACACAAAGGAAGCUCAUCCUAGAUGUAUUUUGUGGCAGUCCAACUGAAUUUAGAGUAACAUGAUGCAGCUUUUUUUUGCAUGAGCUGUGCAGAGUUGCUAACUUUCCCCAUCUGGCUUUGCAGAAUAGACCAUUCACAACAACACAAAGGGCUGCAAAAUCGCCGGAUAUUCCCAGGUGACUCUUCCUUCAAUCUAUAAAACUUGCCUUUGGCAAAAAAAGUUUGAACAUCAUAAGGAGAAAUCUCAUCCAGACAAAAAAAAAACUCCCUCUGAGGAGAAAUCUUCUGGGAGAAGAUUAAGACAACUUUGAUUCAAAAUGUAUUGAUUUUAGAGAAGCUCGUUUCCCACAGUUCUUCUUCCGCUGAAUGAGAAACUAUAGCUUUUUUUUUUUUACAAGCUUGUAUUUUAUCAUCACUUUAUCUGAUAUCUUUGAUAUAUUUCCUACUUUACGUUGUUUUUAUAAACCUUUUUAUGCUGAAUCACAUCAAUGGUUUCUCAAGAGAUAUAAUGUUUUACACUUUGGUUGAAGCUAUAAGUAAAUGCAUCCAUAAAGCAAAUGUACCCACACAUUUCUAUUUAAUUACGACAACACUGAUUCAAUUCUUACAGGACAAGGUUAUUAUCUUUUGUACCUUUUGUACCUGUAUUCAAAAUUUCUACAAGGUUAGGAAUUAUGGCAAAAGUAACAACAAAAGGAAAUUACAAUAUUAAAGAAAAUAGCUGUAGAUAAUGGUGAAAUCUGAAGUGGGUAGAAGUAAAAUAUCAACAACAACAUGUUGUAAAGCAGCAGAGAUACUUGACAGCUCCAGACAAGAGGCGCCUGUAACAGCAAAAGAGGAGAAAGAGAUGAGGAGGAGGAAAAACGAGAGGAACAUCUUGAGAACUCCGCUGAUAAAUGAAGAAAUAAAGAGUGGCGAGAGGAGAGGGCUGCUCAAGGAUGUCAUAUCUUAAUUGAAAAUGACAGCUUCAAUUAAAAAUGUAAUCAUUCUGUCCGUUUUCUAAUUAAAAGCGAAACGACUGAUAGUUUUGACUCAUUAACUUCAAAGCGUGAUGCAGCCUGACAGAGCGGGGGAAGUGGAUCAUUUUCUGAGUGGAGAGGGGAGCCAGCAGAUGAGAGGCGGCGCACUUCAUGGUAAAUGGAUGAGCGGUUAAAUGACAAAACCAGGAAGCAGGAAGCACUGAGUUUUGUUGUGACGGGUGUUACAAGAAGCAAAACACUCUAAGCGAUGAAUGAAAAGGAGCAGCUUAACCUAAGGUUGCAGUGGCGGGUAAAGAAACCCAGAAUGAGCAGGAAUUUGUUCAGAAUUUUCAAAUGAAAUGAUAAUGACGAUAAACAUCACCUUCACACUGCUCAUUGUUAACACAUGAGCCAACAGCUCAACAUAUCCUGAAAUGAUCUCCGAGUAUUUAGUCCUGGAGAGGAACUGUAUCAUGAGACCAUCAGGCUCACAAUGCUGCUAUGUUAGAUAAGUAGCCCCUGACCUUCAACUGCCAUAAACAUACAGCUUUAGAGGAGGGAGAAAAGAGAGAGGACAAAUAACAGUAAUAUUCAAUAAUUAUCUCGUUUAGUGUCAGUUGUAGGACACAGAUAAUAACUGGGAUCUGAAUGCUCACACGGCCAUUAAGUCAUUAUUUAUCCUCAUCUGAAUGACAGAGUGGGAGGUGAUCUGCCUGAACACUCAAACAACUGGUUGAUGUUUGUGUCUGGUCGAGAAUUGUGACUGGAUGAAUUAAAACACGUUCAAAUUAACAGAUCAUAAACUUUACUCUACUGUUUUCAUACUGAUUUUUAUAACAUCAUUUAUUGAUGUAAAUUAUAGACUGCUGCUUUCAGGAAAACUAAACCAAGACAGAUUUAUUGGCAGACUCUGUCAUUUUCCUCUUCAAUAAGAGGCUUUUAACUUUUUAUUUUUUUAAUCUUCGUACUGUUUUGGUCCAAUCUCAGCACCCGGCUUAACUUCUUUCACUUGGAAAGUAUGCAGCUGUUUUCAAUUAAAAUAAAAAAAUCUCUGAAACCUGCUGUACUCUGUCCAUCUGCCCUGCCGUCAUCAAAGAGCUGGAGAUGAAUUAAAUCUGAAGCUAGCUGAGGAUCUUUGACUUACAAAACAGAUAAUUGUCACAGGAGUCAAUACAGACUAUCCAAAUAAAUGAUAACGUUGCUUCAUAUUGGCUGAAAUGCCACAACACAAAAGAAACUGUGUGCUCAUGGGUUUCUCAGAUCGAAUCGAGUCCUGGUUUACGUAAAUCAAUUGUCAUUUGUUCAAGUCUCAAUUUACAUGAAAGUAUUGGUAAAUUUUUAGCUCUUCCUUUUCUUCCAGUUGAUUAAAGUAUCGACAGAAGUUGAUAUUUUAAUAUCUGACUUCCUGCUUUAGACUUCAGAAUUCAGAAUGAAGGGCUUUUGCACUGUGCUUUUUCAGUCACAUGGAUAUGGUUUUAUUCCUCUAAACAGAGUACUGAAUACACAUGAAUGUAUGCUAAUGGAUACAUAGAGAUAUGCAUUUAAAUUAGGUAAGACAAAUAUCACUCAAAUGUAUUAGGAACCCCAUUGACCAGAAAAUAAGACCAAGAUUUUGCCUUAAAAUACAUCUGAAAAAAGCAGGAUAGUUAUACACUCAGAGUUUAAAAAGGAAUGGGUUGAGACUGUUGUAUGAGCUGUAAAAACAAAAUAGUACAACAUUGAGAUCUUGCUGUAAAAUCCACUUGCUUUGUGAGACCAGUGUCUUUCAAAGAAGAUCAUUGUAUUUUCAGUCUGACCAGGUCCAACCCUUCAAAAAUGAAGGUUAUCUGUGAUGAUUUAUGCACAAAUUUUAGUAAAAAGUGUGUUUUUUUUUUUUUUUUUGUAUGUUAUCACAGCUCUGAAUUUUGUCUGCCUCCGGAUGAUUAAAAAAAAAGCGUGUGACCAGUUGAGAAGUUCUUUUCUGUCUGAGCAGGGCAGUCUGGGUGAACAAAGCUGUCCCUGACACAGUGAGAUAGGGCUGAGGGGGAUGAUGAAUGGGGCUGUUUGAGAAUGCGACUCAGAUCGGCCGCUCUCUAUUGUGUCUGUCUCAUAGUAUGAAGCAGGGGGAAGAGGUGCUGAUGCAAAGUUAACUGAGUUCUCCGCUCUCACUAUCUAUCAGCAUAAUUGAAUCCUUCUAAUUGCUGCUCAGAGGCUGGCCAAUAAUAAAUUGGAUUAUCCUCUGAGGAACACACUCUGUACGAUGUGAAGUCAGGUUUUCUUUGUUCAAAACAAAACAAGUUUGGAUCAAACAUAUAGUCGGUCUGUGUGUGUGUGUUCUGUGUUACAAAGUGCUCUGUGGAGAGAGAGGGCCUCGUCCAAACAGGAGAUCAAACUAGACAGAGGAGACAGUUAUCAAUGUCAAAGAGCCCAGCUUUAAAACCAAAUCCCACCAUCAGAGACACUGUCAAAAUGUGGUAGUUUACAGCUCUGUUUAUAGGACAUUUCUUAAUUAAAAACAAAAGAAGAAACGAGUUUCAUGUAUUUUCUUAGAUAAUCCAUCAUUUGGAUGUGAUGGAGAUGUUCAAGUGUUCUGACCCACGGUUUAGACUCUGACUAAUAUUUUGUCGUUCUUUGGUGCUUGAACUACAGGAAAAGGAAGGCAGUCCACUGUAGGGCUGGGCGACGUAUGUAAUAGUCAUAUCGCAUCAUAUGUGCAACCUGUGUCAGUUAACCUGUAAAGUAUCAUGCUGUCAUUUCCCCCUUGUUGUCCAGGAUUAAACUAUGACAAACAUCUAUCUGAGGUCACUUUAAUAUAGUCUGUUAUCUAAACAUAUAGAGAUAUUGACCACUUUGUAGGCAGUGUCUGUAUCUGCCUACCAAUCCAAAGGCUCAAAAUGACCAAGCCAUUGUAGUGAAAGGGGAUUCAGUCCUCUAUUAGAAAUGUUUUACAGCAUCAAACUGUGCAAUUCGAUCAAGGGGGAUUCACUGAUCACCAGCAAGUAUUGAACAUAGAAAUCUUUUACUCUGAACCAGCACUGUGGGGAGCUGGUGUCUGUCUGUCUGUGUGGCUUUUUUAGCUGAACACCCUGAACCUCAAUAUGGAGCUCAUGGUGAGAACAAACCUACAGCAACCCCUAAUUUGCACGAUCAAAGAACAGAAACAGCUGAAAGUUCCCUCAUUAACCUGUCUUUAUAAAUAUUUGUAGGUUUCAGUCUUUCACCGGAUCUGAAAAUCAGACUCACUGAACCAUUGAAAUGCAAUGCAACAUGUUUAUUAUUUUGACUGUCACAUAAAACACCAUAUACGAACUCCCGUCUGUGUAUCAUUCAUGUAGAUGAGAAAUACCUCCUGGUUAUGGAUCUAUCAGUAACACAGAACAAUCUGAUGGUCAGUCCCUGAUCCAUGUGAACCCCAACAGGACUUUCAACUGCUAACUCUGUCUAACGGUAACAGCACAGCAUUAAGGAACAUAGUUUACUUUAUUAAACACGAGUAAACCUGCAAAAGCCAAAACUGUAAAAUCAUGUUACUUUUUCACAUACAGUACAAGCUCAACAGUCACUGAAUUAUAUCCAAAUUAGCAGGAAAUUGACCGCAGAAAGGCAAAAUAAGUUGUUGUUGUUUCCUCUAUACUGAACCCAGCUGACCGGGGCUGCACUACGCUGCUGUCAUGCUCCAAAUACGCAUCCUGUGUGCGAUAGACAGCCCCUGCUCAAUGGGGCAGAUACGCAAACGCGCUCAAUACAGAUCCUAUAUGUCUCAGCUUUAUAGUCAAAGACAGGCAGAAAUCAAAGUAAAAGAGGUACCAGUUAAAGGCUGUUAAACAUGUACCUGGCCACAGGCCUUUAAUAAUCAGCCAUGCCAAUUCAUGCUGCUGCCACAAUUACCCAGUGCUCAAAAAAAGUGGAAACUUUUGCCAUCUGGAGACUGUCACACUGAUGGAGCCCUUCAUUACCGAUCACACACACACACACACACACACACACACACCCACACACACCUAUGCGCAAGCAUCUAAACUCACACAGGAACACAAUACAGGCACACACUGGAUCAGACCUGGACUGUAGCUUGCUGUCCAAUUGAGUUUGCAGGUCCAGUGGCAGAACAUAAUGAGGUUUUCACACUGAGACAUCCAGCCAGAGAGAGUGGCGGGUGAGAGCUCCAAGAGGGGGGAGUUGGUGGGUGGGUGUGACGGGGGGGAGAGAAGGGGAAGGAAAGAGAAAAGGCACUCAAUGAUAAUGUAUGAGCUGUCUGCUGUGCUCUAUGUUGGGUAAAAGAGUGCAGUGUUGCAUUUAAAAAGAAGAUUAUCAUGUCAAGAUACAGUAAUACCUCGCUGAACACUGAUUUUCAUUGUUACUGCUGCUCUGCUUUGUCUGUCUGGGCGAGAACACUGGGAGGGGAUAAUCAGGAGAAGACGGCAUUAUGAGGACAUUUGGCUCCACUGAAAGAUUAUCACAUUAACUAAAAACCAGAUUCAACAUCAGGUGUUAUCUGUUCAUUACCGUCUCAUAGGAAAUAUAUAAGAGGAAUUCAACACAGAAAUCUGUUCCUGAUUCACAAACGGGUUCUGCUGUCCUUUUUUUUCUUCUAAACCUGUGCAAAUGACAAAAAAAAAACAAAAACAAAAACAUGAAUUUACAAAGUGACACAUAGAGGACAAAUUGCAACUAUAUCUGGGUUGUAGAGAAAACAGUGCUGUUGUGCCUUGGUGUUGUUUGCACACAUUUGAAUGGGUCAUUAUGCAUUCAUGUGGGGCAAAAUUGGCCCAAACUACACAGAACCAUUAACCUUUAUAGUUGUCGUAGUCACAAUCCAUCCACAAUGAAUUUACCACUAUGAGAUAAAGGUUGAGUUAGCAUCAAUAAGGAUAGGAUGGUUUAUGACCUGCUAUUUUUGUAUAGACUCUCAAAAUUACAUGCUUUGAAUUGGUACUAUUGACACUAAAGCAGCAUUAAAGCUGCGGUUCCUAUCAUGAAGUUGGUAACCUACAGUUCCUUUCAAACCAGCCAUAUUUGUUUUUUGUCCAGCAUCCCUAUCAUACCCUGAAGAGUCUGGUUAGACCAUUCCUCAGUAGACCUUUACAUCAGUGUAGUACAGGUUCGUUCAAAUGGACAACCUAAAUAGUUAUUGAUGAAUAGAUGUAAAGCAUGUGUCAGCAUUGAACAAGUAAGCCACCACUAUGUGAACUGCUAUACUUCAAAAUCAAGUUUUCUUCCAAAUUGUUCAGCAGUUCCUUACUCCAGAAUGAUGCGCUGAAAUGUCCACAAAUUUAAUAAGAACUCAGAGCGGAAGUUUGCCGUCUUCGAAAGAGUGACUCCAAACUCAUAUAACUCAAAGACAAAUUGUUCUAUGAUCAUAAGAAUGAUGGUGUUGAUUGAACUACACUUCUACUACUACCCUGCAGCUGCUGAUGAAAUACUCACCCUGCAGAAGCUUGAUCAAUAACCCCUUUGAGAUAUUGUAUCUUGGAUGCUUCCUCUUGGAUGCAGGUUAUUAACAAACUUUCUCCUUCAGACAAGUAUACUUUUCUUAAAGCCUCUGGUAACACAAGUUUAAAUGUUAGGAAAUGCAUAAAGAAUAUCUGAAAAUCUGAGUGAUCAUAAACAUCCACAACCAUUGGAAAACCUUGACCAUAUUUUAGGACUGUGCAAGCCUGGCUGUUAACAAUAACUAAACCAUUACAACAGUCACAACACAACUUGUAAUGCAGAGAGAGUGUGGUCCAAUCUUGCAUGGAUGAACCUUCUGACUCCAAACGAAGAAACUUCAGCAUUUCUAAACAAUUCAUUACAAAUGCUCUCCGAGUGAUGAAUUACAAAUUACUUCUACCACUUAUUUCUUUCACGUUACUAUGUCGUCCCCAGAUUUAGGGCAUCAGGAACAUGUGAUACCUGGAGAGUUGAAGUCUGAAAUGCAGGAAGACGGGGCAUGGCCUUUGAGUGACAGGCUAAAUUGUUUGGCUAAGCCCUGAACUGUCUGGGCAAAGCUGGGGAAAUGGUCCAGGGGAGCAGAGCAAUUGUGAGACAGGUCUGGCAUGACUCACCAAAAAACUUGGCCCACCAUUACCCCAAAUCCACCGCAGUUUGAUAACAGAAGAACCCCAAAACAGAAUUUUGUUGAAGUUCAGUUCUAAUAUUGUUAGAUAGUUAUUGGUAUGUACUCAUAUUGAUCCGUUCAGAAGUUUUAGAGACUUGAGUCACCAGAAGCUGUUAACACCUUUAAGCUGGGAAAUAAAAGAGAAAAUCAGACCACUUAUGAGGCAGUCUUGCACACCGUGUAAUGAAGAUUUCAUGAAGUCGUGAAUCUGAAGUCUUAAAUAAAGAAACCUUUAUCCCCUGAGGCUUUCUUCCCCUUUUAAGCCAUGGUUAUACUGAUUGUUUAGCAUAAGCCUUACUUGAGCAAAUUAAUUUCUUUUAUAACCACCUAAGGAAGCUCUGGGUUAUGAUUGCUUUAAUGCCCUUUUGAAGAGCCAGUAAUGAUCCGUACUACUAGUACACUUGUGCAGUGGGAUUGCCGGUUCCCAUCAACAAGUCAAAAAUGUGAGACAUUUGCUUGAGUUGUAUCAUAUCUUGCAGUUACCUAGACCAAUGAUUUGACAAAAAUUUGACAAAAAACUAUUUCCCUUAAAAAUUCAGACGUGUGGAUAAAAUAAUUGCAGCAGAUUUUCAUGAGUGUGUAGCAUAUAAUGGCUGUAUCAAUCAGUGUGCAAUUCUGCCCUGGUGACUGGAAAAUAUACAAAUAACAGGCAAUUUAAGAUCCCCAGCUGCUCUUACGAUGCAUCCUGUUGACCAUCUAUCUUAAAUUGCCAUGUUGAGUUUUGGGAAUAUGACAGUAAUUUUACUUUAUCUAGUGUCUGAGUUGCUUGGCUUGAGAGAGAAAUCAUCCACAUAGAUGAUUUGUUGGUAACAGAAAUGUUUUCCUUUGGUUCAGUUUGGGUGAACUGCUUUGCUCCAAAUGUAGUUUGGUUUACCAAUAACUAGACUUUUCGCUGCAUUAGUUGAGUUUUACCAGUAUACACAUUUAGUCCAAAGACAAAGAGAUCUAACCCAGUGACUGCUGUUUAUUCCUCCCUCUUGAACCUUGUCCACGGGAUAAUGAAGAAAAUUGUCUGCCAAACCACACAAUCUUUGAAUUCCAACCACUGUCCUCUGAUUCUGCAGCCAGCUCUUUGUAUCUAAGCCUUUUCGUCUCACAGGCCAUUUCCACUGCAGUCUCCCAUGGUCCUUUUGGCUUCAGAGGGACAAUGAUUUUAUCUUUAAGUCCAUUUCCUGCUCCUUCUUGCUUUUUCAACCCAGUAUUUUGCCCGUACUAAAUAGAUAGCUGCUUUACCCUUUAACUGUCACUGCUUUAUUUUCUUGCUAUCUUCCAUGGCUGUUAAGACACAGCAUGUCUCAUCUUUGUUCUUCCCCCCUGACACAAUGAGCCAAACUGAGGCUAUACCUGAACACAGAGGGCAUGUUUGGCCCUCUCCUUUCCUUUUACUGAGAUUUUGGGUAGAUAAAAGUACAUCAAAAAUUGCUCCUGGCUUGAAUUCAAUCCUGUCUGCCUCCAAACUCCACCUUCCCUCCAGCAAAGUUUCUUCUUCUCCUCACUUUCUAAACUUAUCCACUGACCCUGCUUCUCCUGAGAGACUGCUGCUGCACAUCUAGAUGCGUUCACCUGCUUCUGAAGCUCCUGUUCAACCACAUUACUACGACUAGAUUCCAUUUCUUUGCCCCAUGAAGGCUGUGCUAUCUUCAGCCUGAGUCCCACAUGCCCAGGCUGUUCUUGCCCUAUACUAUCCUCAUGUUUAAGUGCUUUCUGAACUUAUGAAACUACCUUCUUCAGGUUUCAAAUGAUGUUUCCCAAACCUGUACUGGAUAAAGAUAAUCAUUGAAUAUUUCUUUAGUUCCUAUUAACAGACACAAAAGUAGGUAUUAAGUGAAAACAAACAUACAUGAACCCAUUAAUCUAUUUUGGGACUGACAUACUUGCUCUUCAUUUUCAACCCAUGCUUACAUAGCUACAUAUGGUGGUCUCUUCUUUGCUCAACUCUUGAUUCAGGGGGUCUCUGACAAUGGUCACCACCAAAGUUUCACCAGAUUAUCUUUAACUUCCCAAACUGCUGAAGACAGACCAAGACCACUUCCAGUUUUAAACAAGGAUUUAAAGAAAGUUUAAACCCUAUCCAAGCUUCACUGAGCUGCAUCAAGAUAUUAAGGUUGAAGGGGAGGAGAUCUUUGAGAGAAAGUGCACAGACUAUUGCUUUUUCAAACAUGUUCUGCAGCCUCUGUUGUACCAGAACAGGCACGAUCUGCACCAGUAGCUUUCAUGGAAGAGCUUAAUUCUACAAUGAGGAUUCUCAAGAAAGUUUCAAGGCCCCUAGUAUUGUGCUGCAUAUGUCCCUCUACCUCUAUAGCUACACUUGAAGGCAAUCGGGAAGGAUAGUGCACAAAAGCACAAAAGCACAGCAAUUGUAUGUUACUAACUCAACUUGUAUGUUACUAACUAACUCAAACAUACAUCUUUUGAAAACAUAGAUGAUGAGGAGAAUCUCUCUAAAUGCUCAGUAGCGGUAUGGUCUAAUUCAACAAGGUCAUUCAACAAGGUCAUACGCAUUAAAGAAAAAGCUAUCUACCAUUCUGCAGAUUUAUCAUACCAGUUAUGUCAAGCAUUUGAAGCUUUGCGUCUGACCUGUUUAGUGCCUGGAGAUUUUGCACACAAAAGGAUGCUUUUGGAUGGGGGGCUGGAGCCUAUCCCAGCAUCUUUGGGCGAAGGCAGGGGACACCCUGGACAAGUCGCCAGUUCAUCGCAGGACUAACAUAUAGAGAUGAACAACCAUUCAUGCUCACAUUCACACCUAUUGGCAAUUUGGAAGUGGCCAAUGAACCUAAUCCCACUUAGGCAUGUUUUUGGGAUGUGGGAGGAAACCGGAAUACCCGGAGUAAACCCACACAGACACAGGGAGAACAUGCAAACUUCACACAGAAAUGCCCUGACCCAGAUUCGAACCCAAGACCUUUUUUGCUGUGAGGCGACAAUGCAAACCACUACACCACUGUGCCACCCCCCUUUUGCCCAGUGCAUUGUUAAUUUUGGCAGCUAUUUUAAAUUUAGUCUUGUCUUAGUUUCUGGCCUAAAAUGCCUUUUAGCUUGUCAUUUUUGCCCUUCAUCAUUUUAGUCAACAAAAAGUCAAACCAUUUUAGUCAUUAGUGUUAGUCAAAACAUUUCCUGUCCUCAAACUAAUCCAAUCAAUCAGAAAUUGGUUGUCCAAUGUCUGGAUUCCUUACCUUAGUUUAGACUCUCCUACAACUUAAAUCCUCUACUAAUCUACUGAGGUUAUUUAGAGGAACAAUCCUAGGUCAAGCUUUCUUUCUGUUUUUAGGGACCUAGCUCCUAACAUCCUUAAGUCCAAGAAAUGCACCUGGACAAGCAGGUUGGACAGUCACUCGGAUCACUGCUCUCUCAGCCGCAUUUUUAUCUUCAGCAACUCAAAGUUAAUCAUUGAAACAUCUACUUAAAUUUGCUCUCUCGCAUGUCUCCAAAUUGAGAUAAAAACAUUUAAACAUAAGGACACAAGAUUAAUCCUAAUAAGUAGACUGAAAUGUUCAAGUUUCCACACAUGAUGUUUACUCUUCCAGUGGUCAAUCAGAGAAAAGCCUUUCUCCUGAUGAAGUGCUUGUUGAAGUGCCAACUCUCAUACCUGACUAGCUGUAAACAGGCUAAAAAUAUAUCAGCUGUUAACCCCUGGUACUCCACUGACAGCAAUGGAAAGGUGUGUGAAAUAUGACAAAACUUGAUGAUAGGGCAGUAAUUAAUGGUGACACUGAGCGGUGCACUAGCCAUGAUGUAUUUAUUUGUUAUUAAGGUGUUAGAAUCUGCUCUCCCCUUGUGAAAAAAAACAACAGCAGAAGUACAAAUCAAAGUUAAUUGAUGUAAUCUAGCAUGGAAAACACUUGGCUUGCACAAUAAUGCAAGUCAAGUCUCUACUCAUCUUUUAAGUUAUCUUAUCUCUACAAACGAUGCACUGUAAGUAUUUAAGGAGGACUUUACACCUGCUCAGAGCUAAGUGUAAGAUGUAAGUUGUAACUUAUUCUUACGAUAUAACUAUCCCAGCUGGUACUACCAAAAAGAUGUUAGUAGCACAUAAACUCUAUAACAAAUCAGAAAUUAUAUUCAAGCUGUGCUGAGUUUGAGUUGAUGCACAGCUGGUGAAACCCAGGGUAGAAAGGACAUCUAAGCUGUGGUUUUAACUUACACUUCUAGUUUCCUGGCUUUUGCAUUUCUGAAACAUACUGAGGAUUUCUCAAACUUCCUCCUACACCACCCACCAAAAAAAUCAAUUAUUUUUGAAACUCUUUAACAACUGGUUGAAACAAAUAAGGGGCACAGUCUGGUGUUCUUGAGCCAAGCCAUUCACUCGCCUCUACUUCAAAAGAUGACAGACUGUCCUUCCAUCAGUGAGCCGCUAUUGUGGACCGUCAUCUUGAAACAACUCGAGUGGUGAUGGCUGUUUUAAGGAUGACCGUUUGUGGUUGUCACAGCAUCAUGAUGUGGGUUUUCAUAAUCCCAUUGGAAAAAAUGAAUAAAAAUGACUCAGAUAAACACUGUGAUUAAAAUAAAAAUCCUGAUCCAAAUUAAAUUUUUAUUUGUUCUGUAAUUAAACACCCAUACAUUCAUGUAUUCUAUUGGCAGACACUUUUUCGUAUUGUCCUUGAGAUCACAUCAGAACACAGUGGCUCAACAUGGUGGCACAAAAGUAGUCUGAAGAUGACUUUAACGUCAUUUUGGGCAUUGGUCUCUGGAAGCAAGACAAUUAUGGAUAUUCCACAUGAAGAGGUGGUUACUUGAAAACCAAAUUUGUUCUCAUUAGUUGGUCGGCGUGCUUUCGGGUGGGUAAUGUUGAUGUUGUAAAUGUUGUGUAUUAUGUAUGUUUUUAUGUAGUUGCUGAUUUCCCACCUUUUUAGGUAGCCAUGUUCCUUCUGGCAGGGGGAUUACCAAUGGAAACUAGCCUUGUGGCUACAAUUGGGUCCAUUUACAUUUUAUCUUUUUAAAAUGUUCAUUAAUGUACACUGUCCCUCUUUAACAAAUAAAAAGGAAAUAAAAUAAAUAAAUGAUGGAUGCUCAACCUCCAUCUACUGUAGAUCAUUGUGCUGUUAUGAUGUCUCAUGACUGAGAGUUUGAUCUGCAUCUAGAGCACUGAAACAGCAUAUCAGAAUAGAUCAUACCUCCUGAAAACAGAUGACAAAUAUUUUUAAUGGGAAUAUCAAAGUCAGGGAGGCCUUUAUGGUGUUUCAUCAACAUGUGAAUCUGAAACAUGGGCUGCAAACUGCAGAUGUGACUUAAUCUCUAAGAUGCCUCAGCUGCUCUUGAGUUGAUUGAGUCCCUUUUCGUAAACUGUGGAGACACCUCUGUGCUUCAUGAGUGGAAGUUGUACCUUGGCAGGGAGAAAUGUUAUUUUUUUGUGCAGUAAAUUAUAUUUCAGCUGUACAAAAAAUACAAGAAGUUGAUAGCUUUGAAAAAUACUGAGGGUGGACAGUAGUUUCUGGGAGAUAUGGAAGAUGUAAAAUGAUUUUAAGUAUUCAUUAAAAAAAUCCACAAGCCCCCACACUUCUCAGACAGAACUGCUUGCGUAUCACAGGAUUUUAGACAAGAGAUCCAAGAGACAACAUGUAGCCGUGCAAAAGGCACUUUUUUUGCCUCAAUGGUCGCAGCUGUUCAGUUGAUUUUACCCCAGGAACCACUUGUAUUGGAAACCUUUGAGUGCUGGUGGCAAGGACAAGAAAGAUUUAUCUGCACUGCAGGAUUUGAUCAGUUCGAGUUCUGCCAGGGGGAGUUUGUGGAGCAUCAGCCCCAUUUCAAAGAGCGUUGUGUUGGUAAAAUUAACAAACUAAGACUUCUGGUGUACCUUGCUGAUUUGGAAGACCCAGAGGAACAUGAACUGACUUCUGUUGAGCGCUGUCAGUCAUGCACUCUGGGAAAUUUCAGGAAAAUGUCAGGGCCUCUCACCUGGAAGUUUACCUGUUUUUGCUGUCCACACAUACACCCCCACAGCAUGAAGCCUCCCUGCCAAAUGGGGGUCUGCUCAAUGUAUCUCUUUCACAAGUUUUAAUUUACUUUAAAUAACACUGCUGUGUUAUUGUCAAUGAUUGCAAUAAAGGUUGUCAGGAACUUUGUGCAUGUCUGAAAGGGGUACUGAGUGCUAGCUUUAAGAAGGAAAGCCGAAUGCUCUCUUUGUAUUGAUGUUCGCUUUUUGUAACCUACCUUAUUCAAUCUGUGUCUUGCGGUGGCGUUGAUAUGGGCCCAUCACAGUUAAAGCCCUGAGAUCCUGGUCAUGCCUUAAGAGUAUCAGGAUUUUUUCUUUGUUCCUUUUGUGGUUGGAUUUUGAAGGAUGUGUCACCCACUUGACCUCUUAAGGGGUCUAAAAUGGCUCAGAGGCAUGAGGGUUUCUGAGAUGCCGAAGAAAACCUGAAACAGAUCCACAACCAUAAGUCCAUCACUGCCAGAAAAAGGCAUGUGCACUAAAUUGUGAUUAGGACUAAGUGAGCUUUAAAAAAUUAUGUACUUUAACGGGAGCAUUAUGUUAAGAUCUAUAGCUUAUCCUUCAUUCAUUUAUGCAGGCAGAAUUAUCACUCUCGAGUGAGGUUAAAUGUUAAUGAAAAACAGAACCUGUGCCUUAUCAGAUAUGCAGGAUGUUAAUUGGUGGAAAAAUUGCCCAUAUAUGAUUUCAGUAAAAGUUUAGGCUCUAAAUUAUGUUUGGGUCUGAUGCACAGCCUCACUGUCCUCAUUUCAACAACAGUUCUUGGUCCAGUCAGAGGUGUCUGAAAUCAGGAUUCACUAUCACCACUGCAGAGGUGCUGAUCUCAUGGGCAAACAUGCUGUAACAACAGCAUAUCACAUUUUCUCUUUUUUUUUUUUUGAGCUCCCACCAGCUCCCCUGAGUUGGGAAGUCGGUCUACAGACUUGCAAUCAGGAGAAAAAGCCAAUCAUGGCAGAGGUGUAAUACUUUAACAUGGUAUUACCUUUAACAACAGCAACUGAGCCAAAAAAGGAACAUAUCCUGAUACGUCCCAGAGAGUAGAUAGCACUUACUGUCAAAGACUCAGCAUUGUUCAACAGUAAGUAGGCCACUGAUCAAGCCUUUUGGCCAGAAACGGUUCCUCUCACAGAGUCUAAACAGAUUGUGCUCCAGUGAUGAUGAAUCAAAACACCCCAGCUUUGCCAAGACCUGUGGCCUGAUAAGAGAGAUGGUGCACUGGCCCUGCUUAAGUAAAGAUUGAAGGCACUGGAACAUCGUCCAAGGUAAAUCCAGGUGAUGAAACGCUUAGUGAUUCUUGCUUCAGGCUCUGGAUGAAGUGUGUGUGCCACAUUCUUACUGCUGUAUUGUGUUUUCUGUACUUUUAUUUGUUUCUAGGAUAAACAUACAUACAGAUGUUCAUUAAUGCCCCAGCUCUGCAGGAUUCAUGUUCAAUCGGACUAUAAAAACACAUAACCUACCCACGAUGCACAGUAUUGGAUCAAAAGCCAUUUCCUCAGAGCCUCCAGUGAAGCCAGGGAUGAGCGAUAAAGGUCAAGACUUUCUCUUCUGUCUGUUGGGUUGUACAGACUGAAUAUAGAUUUAAAGAGCAAGUAUAAAGCUGGUGCUGGGCGACAUCUCAGAGUGGAUUGUUAGCUAUACUUAGAUGCAGGGCUGGUUAAGCAAGUGUAAGGUUAAUAGUAAGUGUGACGAGUCAGUGUUCUUCCUACAGGAGAUCCUGGUCAGCUUUGCCUCUUUGUUGAAAAAAACAGGACAUUUUUUCCCCUCUUGUUUCUGGUUUAGUGUCACAUGAAAAAAUAUGGACACAUUUUUGUUUUUCUCCAGUUCUUUAUUGAUCAUAAAAGUGGUUCUGUUGAACUUCUCAGUAAAUUGAUUUGGUUCCUGGUGCAGAUGUCCUGCUGUUGUGGACCUGCCUCCUGUACAGCUGCUUAUGUACAUCAGCCUGACCAUUGUUAACUGUGUUACAAAGCUGUUAAUGUUAAAUCAUUAGCAUCACUCCCUCUACUUUGAUUAUUGCUACAAAGGCACAUACUCUUGAGGUGGAGGUAACUAUUUGUUAAUAAUGAGUCAAACUGUUAAUUAAGAUUAAAUAACUGCCAUAAUUAAAAGUGUAUAAAGCUCAAAAGCAAAAAAGGACAUUUUUUCUCAGUCUCCAGUUGGAGUUCGCUGUCACACUCUCACACACUGAGCUCCACACUUUUGAUAUCUUACUCUAAGUUCUCCCUUCAACCAAUUUGCAUCUCAAUCUUAAUGCCAAGUCAGCUGUGACUUGACUCUAAAUUACACUGCUUCUAAAAGCAGCAGCAGUUAACAGCUUUAGUGUGAAUGGGGGGUGGGGGGGGGGGAGCUUUGAGGGGACUUUCUUAGUUAUUAACCUAAUUCUGACUUUAAAGACACAUCACACUCUAACAAAAUAACCAACCAAUUAUUUUACACUUUAGUUUCUGUACUGGUUUUUAGAGAUACAUAUGCCAACAUAGUCCACUUUUUUGUUUUCAGUCAUUACUUGCUGACUGCUGAACCUCAGCAUGGCUGCCUGCCUCCUCAUGGGAGUUCAUCAUCAGCACAUAGCCCACAGCCAACAUACUCGGCUACGUGGUCAAUUUGUCAGUUGGCUAAGCACAGCUUGAGUACGUCAGCUAAAACAAACCUUUCUGCAGACCCACAGCAAAGUUUUAACAUAAAUGCAGAGCCACUGAUUAUCACAGGAGCUCUUACCACACAGGUAACAUUAUGAAGCUGUCACUGUCAAGAAGAAGCACUCUCUAUUAAUAUUGGUUAAAGACAUAAACAAGAACAUACACAGCUUUGCACAGUUUUGUAUAUAAGCUGUUUUCUCCGGCACCUAAAGUUUCUGGUUUCUUUUUUUUGUCUCAUAAUUUCCAUACUUUUCUAUAUUUGUUCAUAUGCCUAUUUUCCCAGCAUGCAGGCUAACUCCCCUCUCUUGCUUCUGGUCCGUCUUGAACCCCUUUAUGGGUAGGUGAGUCAGUCAGCUGCUCUGCAUCACACUAGGCUCUGGUCCACUGCCACCUUCUCCCCCCACUGUCCCUCUGUCAGCCCCCACACCUCUCUGCUGUUGACUCAUUAUAAUCCCUCUGAUGGCUGACGGUGAACCCACAUGCUCCUGGUUUAGAAAGUCACAUACACAACACAGUUACAAAAUAAAAAAAUAAUGGGUACAUUUAUUUUUUGAUGUGUUUCUGCAUGCAUAGAGAGAACUGUCUGCACAUGUUCCUGAUUUCCAGCCUCCAGGAGCAGCUCAUACAGUAACAGUCUGAAUUGUACUUCAUUUGAUGCAGUCUAGCCUGAAAAAAACUAGUAAAACCCCAACUGGAAGUGGAUAGGAAAUUACAUGUAUUCACUAAAUCUGUAAGAAUUAUAAUUCAAUAAGCCAACAGGAGUUUUAUGAGGAUUAUUGUGCCCUAUCACUUAUAACAUAAAGGCUAUCACAACUUACCUGCUACCGUUCAAUGUUUUGAAUCAUUUUUACACAUUCUGGUCUGGUCGUCAUGUGAACCCUUUUCAGUGUUAUAAUGCUGAGGUCAGGUUAUACAGUUCUGUCUGUCACAUCAGACGCUGUGUCAGAUGUAACAAUCACAGAACCAUGAAAUCGCAUUGAGGCUUCACCUACAGGCAUGUCAGACUAAACGAUGGUACGUGAUUGGUCAUCACAACUGACAUGAGGACAUUGGGGGGGCAAGGAGCUGGGCUUGAUAAUACUCAUGGUUACAUCAUAGUUAAGUCGAACUACGGUUAAAGCUCCAUUCAGUGAUUUAAUUAGACUUCUGUCCUUGUCCGAGUUUACAUGGACUGGGCAAAAAAAUGAAAUUGUCAUUUUGUUAUUGAGAGAAGCAAUGAGCAAGUGUCUCCCGGUUUACACAUCAAAACAUCCCAAUAACAGGAUGUUUGUGGAACAUCCUGUUCUAUACCGUUUGUUUAUAUGACGGGAAAGUUUCCUCCUUUUAGCACCUUUCUCCUAGUCUGUUGAACUCUUGUUUACCUUGCUCACUAGCAACACAUUUUUGCUAUAUAACCUUUGGUUCAAAAGCCAGUGUGCGAACACUGAAGAAUGCACAGAAUGCCUUUGCCACUUUCAUGUCGAGUGAGAAGUAUGCACGGUGGAAAAAAUUGAUCAGCAAAUGUAUUAUAUGUACAUUAGCCCAACUAUGAGAAGUUUGAUUUAGUGAGGUUUCAGUCUGACUAACACGUGCAUGUACUGAUGGAAAUUUUAAAGCCAGUCACUCUCCAGGCAGCAGUAAUGUGUCUGCUUUUUCCCAACAACAUUUCUCUUUUUCAGUCCCUCGUGACUGUGCCUCAACUACACAUCAUAAAGUUAGGGAUGUUUUUGCUAAAGCUCCUCCUCUGUCUCAUAGUCCCAUCCAACGGCACCACCUUCAUCACUCCUCUGUGGCCUCACCCUUUGGUUUGUUUGCCUGUUAUAUAUAUCGAGCACUCCAUACCACCAAUGGUUAAUAUCGCUGAUGUGAGGGAACAAACCGUAGACAUCAGAGAGUAAAAUUAAACAUGCCAGAAUUUCUGUCAAGAAAUUGUGAGGCAUCAUAGUCGAGCCUUUGCAUGACUUUCAUUGUCACUUUUUUCAGGCCAAGGAGUUCCAACUGGUGCUCUUACAGUAUAUCAGCAUUCAUAAUAACUGUCUUUAAAAUUAAAGUGUUGAUAUGGUGCUAAAAAUAAGCAUAAGGUAAUCCUGUAAAUUCAUAGCAGUGGUCCUUAACUUCAUAGAGGAGGGAAGAAGUGAGCUAGCUGAAGCAGCUGUCUGUGAGAUGACAGCAGACGGGUAUGUUUAAGUUUUCCAUCAAUAUCUAUUAUUAUUAUUAUUGCAAUAUUUUAAAGUUGCUAAAAUCAGAUAAUACUUUGGAUACCUUACAACCAUGCUAGCAUUGUGUACUGUCACCUCAGUGUUAGACUGUUGGACUUUUUCUGGAUGGGAGGGCUUAGUUGGGGCAAAAAGGAAAAAAAAAACAGCUUUGGACAUGUAAACCAGUAUUGGCCAGCAAAAAAGGGUUUGGGAUUGUUUUCAGCUUUGGUGGAAGGAAAUGCAGGCCUCUUUUUGCUAUUCCACCUGCCACCCUAUUAGAAAUGAUGAUCCUGAUGAAUUUAAGGGAUUGCAAAAGGUGGAAUGGUUGGACAUUUGCAUUCACUGAUGUAGUGUGUAUGGUAAAAACAAACUGAGGAUCUAUCAUUCUCAAGGUGUCCUGAUAUUUGUGGUUGAUCAAUUGUUUAAAAGGGGACGAAAAAUCAACAUUUUCCCUAAUUGUUUAGGUAAUGACGCUACGGUUAGCUCAUGUGCCAAAAAGUAAGCAUCAUUGAGAAAUUCAGUGCUUCUCUAUACAUUAUAGGAAAUAUGAACUGUAUGAAGUGUGUACUGUGCACUACAACAGUAAUUUUGAUGAUCAUCACCAUCCAGUCCUUUUAUCUUAUCGGGCUUACAUGCACUCUGCAGAUCAGUGAUCUACUGUUGCCUACAAAUAGUGACAAUUAAAAAGACUUACAUAGCAGCCCCACCUUUCAAGAUGUAUUUCAAGGAAAGGAAGGAAAAAAAUCUGACUUUUUUGGGGUUUUUUUGUUCAUUAAUUGGGAAUCAGGUUUGAAAUCCUUUGGUCAAAAGUGACCAUAUUUGCAAUGCAACCUUAGCCCAAAUAACCGGUCUGAAAAAGUAAGCAACUUUGGUGACAUUCUUACAUGCAACAGUACUACAUGCUAGUUCAAUAAAUACCCAUUAAAAUUACAGCAGCAACAAACUUUACAUGUAUUUUGCAGAAUUUAGACAAGUUAACAUAAAUGUGUCUUUUUCAGUAAUGUCAGGUACGUCAUGAUUUCUUUUUUUGGGAGAAGUUUUUAUGUCAAAAUAACUCUGAUGUCUUGACAUGUUCACCAGAGCUCAGAGAGCAACUCAAAAACAAAAGUUGCAUGAGCAUUGCAUGAAAACCAGGGUAGUUUAAGACAAUAAUGUUAUAAUCACUGUCAUACAAUCACAAAACAGGUGUCAGGUUUGCACUGCUGUUUGUUAUCAACCCACAUGAUAGUUGAGUUUUUCACAACAACCAACCAAAAUCUAAAUCUUGCAUCUGCAUCAUAAUGCAACAAAAAACGCACUCUUCACAUGAUGGUUUUCUGUUACAGUUUGGACGGCCAGGGGCUAAUUUGUCCCCUUGUCACACGGCUGAAUACACAGUUAUUCAGGGGUUAACAGCUUAAUAAUGCAAUUGUGCCUGGGUUAAGUGUAGUGUGAAAAGAGGUAAUAAUCAUUUUAGAGUUGACUAAGAUUAAAGUUUGGCUUACAGCCAGUCUUACUCUGUGUUGGUUGUUAAAGAAGCUAAUUAAACUCACAUGAAAGCCUCUCCUCGGGUGCCAGGAAAGAUUAAACACCCUCAGGUGAAUUCUCUCUUCAACUGCAACAAAAAUGGGACAGCGAUUAAUCUGCAUGCACAGUCUGCGAAAAGCAAGAACAGGGUUUAGUUUGGUGUGUUUUCCAAAGGAGGCAUGAGUUAAAAUGAAAAAACUCUCUGAUGGAAAUGUUAUGCAAAAAUAUUAUGAUACUGCUGUAAAUUAUUAGGACUUCAGUCUGUUUACAUGCAGCUCACCUAUUCAGUGGGUUCAGGCUUAGGAUGGAGAUUAAGUCUCUGUUUGUCUGAGCAUUUCAAACACAUAAUUGCUUAUUAGUUCAUCAAAUAUGCUGAAGUCAGACAGCAAAUGUUGUGUUUGUUAGUAAUCUUUUUUCUCACGUCUAACAUAACCACAGUGCAGACUAGUGCAAGACUGGAAAACUCUGUCAGGUUAUAUUUCAAGGCCAGAAACACAUCAUUUUAAAGCUCCUGUAAAGAAAUACAGAUUUAUUUUAGCUCAGGCACCCUAUGGACAAAACAGAGCACAGAACCUUUUUGCUGAUCCUCUCCCUCACAUGUGUAAGACGUGUUUUAAUUAAGAAUUUCAGCCUGUUUUCAGCCUGUUGCAUAAUGCGCACCAUUUUUUCAGUUAUGAUUAGACACUAGUUUUGAGAUGGCUGUCUGUAGCAUGUAGCAUAAUAUUCUGCUGGACUAUAGAUAGCAUUUACUAAGUCAGGGCCAGUACCAGAUAAGCACAUUAAACUAUAAUCCAUAAACGUAAGGUAACAACCAAGACCUAACGGUGCUGUUAAAGCACACAAACCAUCGUCAUAUGAGAGAUCCGACGCUAAGACUCUCCACAUCUCCUUCAGGUCGUUAUCUUUGUAAUGUUUGUGUCUUUUAUCAUAAAGCACUCUGUUCUCCGACACGUAAACAAUCAGCCGGUCGGCCAUGUUGGAUAUACCGAUGAAUCAGAUGUCGCACCAACACGCAAUCUGAUUGGUCAGAAGUGGACACACAGUAUGCAAAACUUUUACCGUGAUACAAAAAAAUAAAUGCUGCAAUAUCGCAGAAUGGGAAAACGUCGCUUAUGUGAACGCUUGUAUUGACAGGAUACGGGUUCGAAAAAAAAUAUUGAUGUCUGAAAUAAUCACAUGUAAAAAACGGUCCCGAUGUGAAAGAACCUUAAGUGAUAGACAAAGGCCUUUUACAAUUUACCAGGUAAUCCGACCUCUUCACUCACUUGCCUCCAGAUGAGCUCCGUUUUAUUCUGGUUUAGAUAAUUGAAAGAAAAGGUAUCAUAUAAUCCUGGGCACCCACACACCUACAUGAUCAGUUUGUCCUCCAGUUCAGAUACCAGUGAACAAUCGUCCGUUUGCCUACGUCACCCGGCAACCUUUGUGCUGACUAUUUAUUGCGACGCAAAUAUCCGCUCAAGUUGAGACAUAUUCAUCUUACGCCCAAUUCACGCCAUUCGCACCACCAGAGUAGUAGGUGUUGGUGUGUUGGUGUGUCUGGAGAUCGAAGUGAAGUAACAAGGCACUGCACCGUGCAUACAUAAACAUGCCUCUCCCAACAUGGAGACACAGUCGCUUAUUCUUACUAUGUACCAAAACAGUCGACAGAACAAUUUAGCAAGAAACUAACAGGAUGUAUGUUGAACCAUGAGAACACCGUCACUUUUACAGCUCUGAACCUUUUGUCCAGAGCUGCAGUUUCACCUUUAACUCUUUGUUUACGACCCGGCUUCUCAGCAACACAGGUAUGACAUAGUCCGCACGAUUCUGGCUUUUAAGCUAUGUUUCUGAUGUGUGUAUUUUCCCCAUAAUGCCCUUUAUUUUGAUGAUAGUAAGUUGUACAUAAUUGAUAUUGUUGAAAUCUGUGAAACCUCAAUGUCAGUGUGUUCAUGUAUCAUUUAAUAAGUAUAUUUUUUGUAUGAGUACAAAAUCAGUCAGUAAAAGUGAAGUGAAGCAAGUGCACAGCUGUGUCUUUGGGUCCCUGCUCUUUGACACGUGUAUUAAGGUUAGGACACAGACACACACAAAGACACACACUCUUGCACACGCUCCAGCAGUUUCCUCUCCGCCUGGCUGAAAUCUGUAAGCCCUGAGCUCCUGUUGCUGAGGGGAAAGCAGCUGCACGCUCAUCCAAUCCUCCUGCCUCUGCUCCCGAUGAUGGAACAGCCCGGUGCACCCCUCUCCACCCCUGCAAGAGGAAAACAUUUGGUACAUCCCAUCAGUGCUUCUCUAGCUGGUCUGUUACUGACUCAGUAGUAUCAUCAGCAGUCAGACGAACAGCAGCCUGAAGACACACACUCAUACACACACACUCAAACUCAUACAGCAGAGAGUGAGGACGUAAAAGGGGAGAGUUGCAGGAGAGAAGAAACGAAACGCUUGGUUCCUCUCUUUACUUGUCUGCUGGUUGUGUUGCAACCCUGAUAUGACCCUGUUCAGCCCAAGAUGUGAGUAUACCAGGGUUCAUUCCUCUCUGUGUGUUUGUGUGUAUUUAUGCGAGCAUGCAAGGAUGUUUGCAUGCAGAGGUGUGUUUCUAAAGGACAAUAUUUUCCACUGUGACUUUCAUUUUCAUGCUCUCCCCUCCCACCUUCUGCUUUUCCCUCUAUAACCAUUUUUUUCCUUUGUAUCUGCUUCACUGCACCUUAAAUCCCAGAUCUCCUUUCACUUUUGCAUCUUUUUUUGUGGGUGUUUCUUUGCCUUUUUGUGUACCUUUGAUUCAGUCCAGUCAGGUGAUGGUUUUGUAAAGGAUCAUUGAGAUGUUCAAGGUUUGGAUUCAAAUAAUGUGAAGCAUUAAUAUGUGAGCAGGGGAACUUCAAGGCUUCAGUAAAACUGCACAGGUAGAGAUGAUCAAAGCUCAAUUUGUCUCCAACAUUGGCAAGGUCAGUGCCUGCUCUCCAGGAUAAAAUAUGCAAACAUGUUUUCUCUAUUUAUCCUUUGAAGUAUUCAUUUAUCCAGACAGUGAACCACUCUUAAUCAUGUGGUCAGAGUGGUGACACCUCCUCUCAACUUCCUCUUUAGUUUAGAAAACUCCAAGAGCCAAAAUUCUGCAUCUCUACCAGACGCUAAGACACAAACAUGCUUUGAUGCAAACGUUUAGUUCUUCAAUAACCUGACUGAUGUUAAGUGUUGUUGUGUCUGCUUUAUCUCCCUCGCUGCAAUGUAAAAUCGUCCACACACCUCCCUUUCCUCUUAAAGCGUAUUCCCUCUCUUGUGCCUCUGCUUUAUUCCUCUUAUCUGUUGGGAUUUGAACUCCUUUUUCAUUGUGACAGUAAUGCUUAUGAUAACUCUGUACUUAGCUUCAUGGUUGCUUUAAGUCUGACCCGAGGUCAGCUGCAGUACAGGAUAUGAAGAAAAUGUAGCGUGACAGAGAGCGAGGCCGGUCAGUGAGAGGCAUGCACGAUAUGCUUUUUAUCCACACUUAAAAAAACGACCUCCUCUUCAUAUUCAGGGAGCCUGACUGUGCCUAAUUAAAACUUCAAUGACAGGAGAGUUUAAAGAGGACAUUUGUAGAGUUUCUGAGAAUGUUUAAAACAAGAAGAAGCGACAGCAAAUAAUUAUUUUUUUAAUCAUAACCAAUUACUGUACGACAGCAGUUAAACUCAUUUUUUUAGCUGUAUUUUUGAAAUUCCAUCACUUUGUAUUUUAAACAACUUCUUAGGUCUGUAUUAACAGGUAAAGCAAAUCUCACCAGUGUCUUGAUUGAAAGAUGAAAUGAAUCCAAUUUGAUAUACUUUGAGAUCUUUACUUUUAGAUUUACUGAUCAAAUAAUGGUCAAAAACUAUGAUUUAUUCUGUAAAAAAGAGUUUAUCUGUGUUAUUUAUUUAACAAUGUUACACAUUAAAGAAUAUGCAGGACUGUAAGUACAUAAUGUCCCGUCAGUGUGAUGUGCAGUAACUCCAGGAUAAUUUUCGUUACUCACUGUUUAACCUAAAAAUUAAUGCACUUUUCAGGAGCCCCAGUAUGGUUGUUCUCUGUUUCAUACAGCUCCUGUUUACAGGAAGCUGUUGUUUCCUGUGGCAGUAAUGCAUAUAAGUGGUCAUGUUAAGCCAACCUGAGGAUGUCACUUAGACCUGUGGUGAUGCUCACACCCCAAGUUAGUGCUUUGCUGACAGGUGUCUGCUAACGAAGGUUAAAUUAGCUGCACCUGUAUGCUUCACUCAUAGGUGGUGCUUUGGUGAUAUACUUAAUCUUUUUGACAUAAAAUCAUAUACUUUACACCAGGGCUGCUGAAAAUUUACCAAUACCGAAAUUUACGACAAUAACCAACAUCAUUUUGUCUGUAUCGGUAUAUUUAGUGUAAAAAAAAUGAAUAAAUAAAAGUUGGUUUGGAUGUGUUUUGGUAGGCUAUAGUCUCAUGUCCCUUUAAGACGCUGUCCUAUGUCAGAGACGUGACUCCACCCCAUCCAGUCCAUAACAAAGAGGGAAAGACAGGUGAGGAGAUGGAGGACGGUUCAAAAGUUGUAGCGGCGGCUGAAGUAGACAAAGUUAAUGUGGGAGGAAGUGAGCAGCUUGUGAGGUAGUUAUCGUCCAUUUAUCGUUAUCGAGGUGAACUGCUCAAUAUAUCGUGAUAUUGAUUUGAGGCCAUAUCGCCCAGCCCUACUUUACACUGAUCAACUGAGUGUUACUCUUUGCCGCAGCAUUAUGCCAAAAGAGACAGACUAACAGCCUUAGUGACAACAAAAACAUUAACGGUCUGAAAAUUUCUACUUCACAGUAAAAUGAAUGAUAAACAAGGUUUGAACUAUAACAAAGAAAAAUCUGGACGAACAAAUUUCAGAAGGCAAUCAUAGGUCUUGAGUCAGGAUUUUAUUCACUUGAUAUUAUGCUUAAUUUUUAAGAAUUUAAACUUCAUAGCUGAAUCCCAAAUUAACAAGAUGACAAAUUUGUAGCUUUGAGUGUUGUUAUUCUCUGUAAAAAUUCUGUAGAAAUUGAAUAAGUGUGUUGGUAAUUUCUUCGACAGUAAAUGACAAUAGAGAAGCUAACAAAAGGCAACCUGAGAGUGGGUUUUUCAAGGUUUUAUUACGCUUUACUCUUGUAAUCACACCAGCAAGGCACUCAGUGUUUCAGCUGAAUGUCCCCAGUAGCUGUUUUCUGUUCAAACACUGUCACCAAACUUACCAUGACAGCUGUAAGCUGCACAUCAAAGUAAAAAAGGGGAAAUGUACAACUCACAGAAAAAGACUGCUGCAGCCCAAUUUUUCACCACAGCAUAGAAUAGUUCCUGAAACCCGCCAGAGUGAAAUAAAUCUUCUAGUCUGAGUUUUCUCAGCGUGAAUGAUUGUUGCAAACACGCUCAGUCAUUAGAGCUUUGUUUUUCUGUCCUGUUGGGUGGGAUGUUUGUGAAAAUAAUGAAUUGUCAACAGGAUUACAGAAGCGGUUGUUGUCUUGGAUUAAAAUGUCAUCAUUCAGAGUGUUUGGAGUCUGUUCUGAAAUUAGCAGUGUAAUUUUGACAUUUAUUAGAAAAGUACAUAAAACUGUAAAGGAUGUGUUCCAACCCUCUGUAUGAGAAAUUACAGUAGGGAGACAGAAAAUGAUGAUGGGAGACAGAGAGCGCAUCGAUAUUUUUAUCUGAUCCUGUUAUUAUCUCAUCUCGCCCACAUUAGUGACUUCAAAGCUCUGCGAUUAACUGAACAUACAGGCGAAAAUUAUAUUUUCUCAUGCACAUUACUGUGUUUUGGUUUGCAGGCAAAUUAUGUUGGCCUCUUCCCAGAAUUGAAAAAGACGUAAUAUCUGGGAAAAGCUGUAACUUGUGCGUAUUCAUACAUGUGGUCGCAUCGGCAGUGAGGCUCCAGGACAAAAAAAGAAUCAUGCUUUACGCACAUAUCUGACUGUAAUGUGUUCCUGUAGAGAUGAUAACUCUCUUUUGUUGCUUUAAAUUGGUGUUUCAUGGUUGUGCAUACAAGAUGUGUUUACAGAGGAGUAAAAACAGAUUCAUAAAGAUUGAGGUAAAAUUAGAGCAGGAUGAAUUCUGACUGACCACAAACUGAAGAUUUGCCGUCAGGUGAAGUACUUGUUGCUAUUUUCUAUCAAAUUUAAUACUGAAAUUGAAAGUCUUAUCCACAUUGUUAGUGUAAUCUUUUGGUAAAGACGGGGUGUGAUUAAGCAGCUCUCACUUUGGCUCAUUAUGAGGAUAGUCUGGCGCUCAGCCUGACAAAAUACCGAGGCAGAUUGUAAACUGUUGAAGAGCUUUAUCACUGCUUUGAGCUGAUUGUGUUACCUCAGUGUGUCCUACGGUUCCAUUUGCUCUAAUAUCGAACAUGCGGCUUGAUUUCUAUGUGUUUGUCUGUAUUAUUUCAGCCAGAGUGUCUACAGUGUCUUUGAGGUACCCACACUGAACAUGUUUUACAAAAUAUAAAGCAGCAAAUAUUCUUCAUGAAAUAAGAAAUCUGCUUCUUACGGCACUAAAGUGGUGGUGUUUUUAGUUUUUCCUGCUUUUGUUUAGCCUGUUUGCUCUGUCUGCUGAAGCUCUCUGUAAGAGUUGUCGUCAUGCAGACACACGGGAGUCUCUGUGGAAAAAUUAAUAGAUAGUUUUUGUACCUACAUAAGCAUGGUUUAUCACUGAGUUAUCCCUCCUAUUAUUCAUACAAAUGAGGAAUUACACCAGAAAUUCAUGGUUGAUAGAGGAACAGAUGUACCUGACUAAUAAGUGUAAAAAUACCUCCGUUCAAAGAGAAUCAGAGGAGGUUUAUAUUUAACUUAAUUGGACACUAGAAAUACUUUCAGGUACACUUGAAUAAAAUUAUUCAUGUACAUUCUUUCAUCUGUCCACUUGAGUGGACAUCAUGCAACAAAGGCCACAUUUUACCACUGGGCACAGAAUGACUUCCAACCUCAUUUCUAUGUUUUGUUAACAUGUUGUGUGCUCUCAAAAUAACUCCAGAAUAACGUGAUAUCACAGACCAGUGUUAUUUUCUGAAGAAAUUGCCUUUCAUCUCCACGGUGCAUGCUGUCCAUGACAGUUGGCAGAUACAUAUUUGUCCUCAAAUUUCUUUCUUUCUUUAUUAUUAUUAUUAUUAUUAUUUAUUUCUAUUUAUUUAUUUAUUUUUUGGGGUGGGGGUGGGGGGUCAAUUCACAUGGUUUUUGACUUGUUAAAUGAAAAAAAAACAUAAAAGUCGUGCAUUAAAAGGAUGUCGGUGUUAUCUUCUGAGAGAGCCUGUGUGAGGCCUACACAAAUACAAUCAUCAUAACCAUGCCACCAUUUUAACUCAAAACUUCUUUAAACAUCAAACGUUUUUGAGUUUUCAGUAAAAAAGGAAACCCCGCUGUUAAAGUUAAAAAAAAAAAAAAAGUUUGAUGCAACAGCAAAUCCCCAUCAAAAGGCUGUUAUUCAGACAUUUAACAAUAGAUGGUUUUUAUGUCGGUGAAGGUGUGCGCGUGCAGCAGAGAGGUUAGAUGGCGUGCAGGACUCUAUUUACAAAAUAGCAGUCUGAUUACCUCCUGAGGUUUGAUUCCCGCAGAGCGACACAACUGUGCACAGCAGCUCCCUCCGCUCUCUUCCUGUGUAAUGGCUUCCUCUAUAGUCAAUCAUACAGUCAUCACGCUGCUCAGCAAACACAUCAUAAGACUCAGUCGUGUUUCUGCUGCUACGAAAUCACUCUUGCUGGAGUCUGCUCUGACUAGUAUCAGACUUUUCUUCAGAUGUCAUUUCUUUUUCAUUUUAGAGUUGGAAGACAAUUUGACAUGAAUAUAAUAGGCUGGCAGUUUGAACACCACAGAGAAAAAAAUAUAUACAUGUUGUGGAAGAGGAUUUGAUGAGGAACUAGUAAUGAGAGGAAGUUUACAAUGUCAUAUGAAAUGUGUUUAAAGUAGCAAUCAGAAACAGGUGUAAGGUCUUAGAUGAAGCAGUACUGGAGCACCAGUUUGGCUGAGGAGCUCACUGCAUGUGCAGAGCUCAGUGGCUUUAAAGUCCCACUCUAAUGUUUUUUUGUUUGUUUGUUUGUUUUUGUUACUACUUUAAGUGUUAUCAGUGGUCUUAAAAUUGUGAUUAUGAAUUUUUUAUUUUUAUUUAUUUAUCUAUUUAUUCAUUUAUUUAUUUGACCAAAAAUCCCAUUACCUGUGUCAUUUUCAAGGGCUUAUCUGCUGCAGGGCUCCAGUAGAUCAUUAGCAAUUCACUUCUGAGUCGUGGGUAGAGACAGCACUGCUCUGCACACUCCUCUUUACGUUAGCUUGCAGCCCAACAUUGCCGGUGCAGCAGAAGUGGCAGGUAACAUAGUAGCUAUUCAGUUCUCGGACACUAAUGUCUUCAGGGACACGAUGAAAGUUAAUAUCAUAAUUAGCUUACUUACGAGCAUUGCAAUCCGCUAACGCACACGCUUGUUCUGCGAUCGUCCUCUCUAUUUCUCCUCUAUAUGCAGAGUGUGGCCCUGAAUAAUUGGGCUCCGAGGGCAGAGCUUGGAUUUGCUACGUAGGAAAUCUCACUGUUUCUGAACCUGCCGUUUGGGUCUGAAUGAAUGAAGACAUACUCAGAAAUGCAAUUUUGCGCUUAUUUUUCUCAUGAUAUGUCCUGUAGCAUCAGAAAAAUGCCAUGUGAACAUAUAAAAACAGGAAAAACAUUAUUUUUAUCAGAGUGGGUCUUUAAGGAAAUGGUUGCUGGUUCAACUCUUGGCCACAACACUUUGCUGCAUGUCAUCCCCCUUUUUCUUACCUAUACCUUUGGUCUCCCUGCAACUGUCUUAUCAAUAUGGACAAACAUGCCUAUAGAACCUUCAUUUUGUGGACAAAGCAGUGUUUUCCUAUCUGUCCUCUACAUGCUGAAUUAGUGUCUUCUGACAAAAAAAACAAUAAUAACCUCAUCCUGCUGACUUUUGACAUAGAUAUCAUUUAUUUGAAUAUUCAAUGAGAGAAAUGUAAAAACAGGAGUGUUUCUUUAGCUGCUUGACUGACUCCUUGCACGGGUUUCAAGCAUUAAAAAUUACAAUAUAAAAUUGUCAGUGCUGAUGGUCUUUUUUGCUUUUCUGUAUCAUAAAAAUUCAUCAAUAUGAAUUUCAGUCUAAAUGCUACAAAAAAACAGGGGCUUUAAAAUUAGUAAAAUGUGAACAUGUGUGAAUAAAGCUCUUGCAGGGACACUAUUAUCAUACCAUAAAAGUUGAAAUAACUUACAGCCUAAAAUGGAUGUUGGGUCCACUUCACAGAGAAGUGGGGGGUUUCUGUGAAAAUACUUUAUCUGAAAUAUAUGACAAUUCCACUUAUUCAGAUGUACAUCUCUGUCUUACAGUACAGUAACCUGCUCACUUUUGGACACUUUUGUAUCACUUACUGAAAUCUUGUCUUGGUGGUCUUUUUUGCCUCUAUUGCACAUAAAGAGACAACAUUUUGAGUUUAAAUCUGUUUCAUAACCAGGUAGUAAAUCCUCACAGGGGCUUUAAAACAUACCUUCAAUGACUCCCUCUACUGCAAGAUCACAGGUUUGUUUGUGCGCGCACGGCUCAGGCAUGUGAUAGUUAAAGUGUCAGCAGCAGGGGCCAGUUCCUCACCUGCAGAGACCCUGUUGGCUGCAGAGAAGCCAUCCAGCAGAUCUCUGUUUGACUCUAAACUGUCAGAAAAUUAUCUCUGCAGCGGGAGGUAGAAGCACAUACACGUGUCUGAAUUUCUCUUCACACAUUCAGAGCCAUACUUAAUUAAUUGUAGCUUCCAGCCAUUUGACAGUCAUGCUGUGUGAGUGUAUGUGCAGCUGGCCCAGUCACACUCCAUUCACCACCCAUCUGUCCAUGUCAGACCGGCCUCCUCUCCUCCUUUUUUUAUUCCUCUGCUUUCCCCCCACUUUACAGUCACCUUUGGUGAGUCACUGCAGAGCUGUUGGCACUGUCUGUAAUCAAGAUGGCUCCUGGUUAAUUUGCCAACCUGAGCGUGUGUGCAGGGGUGUUUGCAGGAGAGAUGCUUUUGGCUUUUGAGACAGGACUGAAGCAGCAUCACUUUCUUAAUGUAUGCCUGCAGAUGGGAGACAAAAAUGGAGGUGAACAGCUGGCUGGGAAAGCAAUCAGCACAGAGUGAAAAGAAGAUACAUUAGGGGAAAAAAACACAGCCAGUGUCAGUCCUUGCUGGCUCUUCUACCAUUAUCCUCUCAAAAGAUGGCAACAACUCGAAUAAAAACAGGCUAAAAUUUGCACAGAUGAAAAAUAAGCUUUGGUGUAGUUGAAUAAAUAUGCCAGGACAAAGUGUGGAGUUAGAAAGACACAUUCACAAUCUCAAUUAAACUUGUUCAUUGGAAAAAAUAAAUAAAAUAAAAUUCAUAGAAACAUUUCAAUUUUGCAGACUAUUGUAACUUCCCAUUUAAAAAGAGCAAAACUGAAUAAAUUAGAAGUUGAGUGCAAUAUUAUGUUAGUUACAUUAACAGCCAGUUUAGGAAGCCUUAAAAAUCUAUCAAAAAUAGAAAUCCAGGGUUGACUUCUGUGUUGAAAUCAUCUGUUUGUGAACUAGAGGAGGUGUCAUAGAGUUACAUUACGAUGUGUUCAAGGUCCAUAGUAAAGUAACUGUUGGGUGAAAUACAUAAAAAAGCAUUUUUUGUGUUUGAAUGUUACCUCAAGUAAAAGAAUAAGUAAAUUAAGGUUUGGUUGAGAAACUUGAAUUACAUAGUUGUUUUAGAGAGAAAUUAUUUUGUUUUAUCAGUAAUAUAAAAUACAUGUUGCACAGAGGUACGUCCGGUUUAACGUCCUCAUAUGAGCUCUAGAGACAGCGACAGAGGCCCCCUCACCUCAUGAUUGGACUUCAUCAUAUUCUCAGAAUGAUAGAAAUGUCAUUUUUUACCCAAGUCUUCCUUUGUUUUCAAGAAUAUUGCUGAUCAAUAUCACUUCCUGGACUUGAUAUCACAAUAUUAUCAUACUGUGAGACUUUUAUGUCUUUAUCUCCCUAAGUCAACAGUUUACUAGCACAGGAAGUACUUUGGCCAAAAACAAUGAUCUGCAGAGAAAGGACAUCUUAGACAGACUGUCAACCUAAAAAGUGAGAAUAGAGAAGGUGUUGUGAAACUAAAUAUGAAUUAGUUAUCAUUUGUUGUUAUUUGUAUUUGGAGCAUUAAAGCUGCCAUAAGGAACUUUCACUGCUUUGAUUUUGGCACCCCCUGUGGACAGAGUAGUACCUAUAAAAUAAUACUUUUUUCACAUUAUCAGCAAUAUUGUCAGUGGACUUCUUUAGGCAUCAGUAUUAGCUUCAGUUUGUCUUGUAAUCACCUUAAAAUUACUUACAGGAGCUUUAAUUUUAGUAGAUUUGUUGAUAAAUGGCUGCAUUACAGCACAUAAUGUUCUGUCUUUUCAGCAUUCACAUUGACUGUUUACAGCUAAGCCUGAAACACAUUUUACAUGUCUGUAAAAUCUGUUAAAUAAAUGAGUGAUCUGUUCGAAAAUGUGUGACCCUUUGUUGCUUCUUGUCUUUCUGUGAGGCCAGUAAAAAAAAGUGUAAACCCCUAUCUGAACAUUAUCUCUUUGCUUCCUGCUGCUGUGUUGUUUUAUGAUUCUCUUUGCUGUCCUUGUACAAAGCUAAUUGGUCACUCUUCCAUGCAGACAUGAGCAUGAGUGGAGAGUUGAAGUCCAGCCGUUCCAGGGCAGCGAGUAAGAGGGCCAGCAACACCACUUACGGGUAAGUGUGAACCCCCUUAUUCUCAAACACAAGCAUACAAAGAGAGAGAGAGAGACACUGACACACUCGCAGACAAUCAUGCGCUCCAUUAUUUGCUGCAGUCCUUUAUCUGUAACUCAAUAGCUGCACCUCAGAGCUGCAAUCAAUGCGGCAUUAUUGGUUAUUAGCUUCAUUGCAUCUGUGUAUGUAAGCUGUUAUUGAUUUUCCACAAAAGGUGCCGUCUCCAUCAGUCAAAGUUUUAAUCUAUCUGUUGAUGUAGUGCAUACAUAUUAUUAGAGCUUAUUACUGUUUAGUGCUGGUGGUUCAAUACCGUGCUGUGGAGCUACAAUAACAUUAAUUGUGUGCUUAGAUAGCUGGUGAAUGGAGUGUGUGUGUGUGUGUGGGAGGGGGGGUUGUCAGUGUGUGGGCUUGUUUGAAUUAAUUCAUGCCUUCAUUAUUCUUACCUCCAAGACUUGGCUCUAACUACAUCUCCAACUCCUGCUGCAGCUCUGUGGGUUUGAGUCCAUCUAAUGAGCGUAAACCACUAACAGAAAAGUGUGUGUGAAUGUGUGUGUGUGUAAGAAAGCAAGCAGUGUUUUAUAACUUACCUCUUGCCCCAAUGUCUCUGUAUGUCCUGUGGAAGCUCACACAUUGUCCUUCAGAAGUCAGUAAAAAAAAAAAAAACAGGAACUUUAUUUUAUGUCCACUGAAACUGAAACAGGAGUCAGACUCAAUAUUUGCAAAAAUGUGAUUUUCACCAGAACGUGGCCUACGUGACUGAUGAAAAGGAAAAUACGUGAUUGCUCUGAAUACUGACCAAUACUUUUAUUUCUGCUGACAGUGGAGAUAGCGAAAGAAAAAUUACUCACGCUGAUGCACCCGUAGGGUAAACAUAAUAAAUUAUAGUGGGAUUCUUCAAGGGACAUCCACUCUUGGACACAAAAAUGCUAAACAGAAUGCAAAACUAUAAGAGCGAAUGAAUAUUAGUGCCUGUAAUAACAUUAAUGCCAACUUGUUUGACCUCAUUAAUUAGCAAAUCUCAUUAUAAUUCCAUCUCCUGCUGAACCAGGAUCCACAUAUGUUUGCAGCUCCAGGAUAAACACUCACCAUUUCUCAUUCCUGGCAGCUACAUUUCCUGUCCAUCUGUUAUUUUCAUCAAGUGAUUCAUUCGUAUGUGGAGGUAUAAAUAUCCAGGUUUGUGUGUCCUUCAAAACAGUAAAUCCAGUUCACUGCAUGCCCCCUCCUCCAACCCCCUAAACCUCAAACCCCCACAUUAUUUAUUUGCCCAUUCCACCAUGUAGUUAUUCAGCGGCGUGCAGCCAUGCAUUAAUGAGGUUAGUCACACUACACACAGACGCACACACACACACGUGCGAUGACAAAAUACAAAUGGUACACACCUGAGGUAUCAGUCCUGAUAUAGCCUGAGCCAACGUGAUCUUUCACAGAGAUGACAUGGACUUAGAGCAGAACAAUUUGGCUCCCUGUGGCCAUUUCGGGUCUAGGAACACAUCCAGUGACUAAACUAAGCUGAAAACCUGUCGACUUUAAGAAGAGAACUAUGAUCUAACGCCGUGCCCUGUGAGGCCGCACUUAUGCAUGGUGGUAUUUUAAGAUCAGUGCAUCUGUUGGCAAGCUAAAAACCACACGGUAAUGAUGCUGACAUAAUGAUAGGAAGCAUUUCUACUGUGAGCGAUAAUGACAUAAUUUGGACAUUUUUGAAGAGUCUUCAUGAGAAGUGGGCAUAUCCGUCAUUGCACCAUCCUUUGGUUUUUGAACCUUUUUCCUUUGUAUUUUGAAUCUUUCUUGUUUUUUAACUGAAGUUGUUUGCAUUUCAACAGCAGGUAAUAUACACAUACACAACUGUACAAGUCAUUUAAGGUAACCGUGCAACAUAACCUGCUUCAUUGUCGAUUUAAAACACCAGGAAAAUAACUUAAAAACUUCAUAUCAUACUGUCCCCAAGAAAUCUUCAAAGUAGCCAUUUACCUAUAUAAGAGAUCAUUAUUAUACUGUAUUAGGGGUGGGGAUCACUUUAAAACUUAUGAUAUUAAAAAUAUUCCAGUAAAGUUAUCAAUAUGCUGCAAUACAAUCAUAAACACACAACAGUAUCUGCUAAAUUGUCAAACACCAAAUGCAGGAUUGAUGGAUUUAUUCACUGCACUUUGGUUUGACAGAGAUGAAACAAUGUAAACGUUUUCAUUCUGUAAAUUAAAUUUUCCAUGACUAAAGAGAAACUUACCAAAGGAGUGAAAAAGAUACGCACUUUAAAUAAAUGCACAUUAAGAGUUUUAUUUCAGUGCUUUAACAAACAGAACCAGCUUAUAUCUUUUAAGUAAACUUGUAUGGCUGUACCCGUAAUCUACAAUUGUAUCCACCACAAUGUAAGGUAUCUUUUGUUUUUCGGUUACAUGUCAUUCUGUCUUAGCUUUCAGUUUACCUAGAGACACCAGUGUGAUUCACAUCUAUCAAGCCAGUCCGGAUCUAUUAGGAACACACUUCCUCACACUAUCACAUGCUCACAAAGUCCACCCACGGCAGGUGAGUGAAACUCUAUCAGUAGACUCCUCUCUCAUCCCUGUCAGGAGCUGGCAAAAGUAUUUCCUCUUCCAUUUUGGUUUCAAAGUGGUGAGAGCAUCCAGGGAGAAUUUUCCCAUAGCCCACCAAAAGUCUGUCGUCAUUAAUUAGGGAAAUGAUUAUGAAAGCCUUUAUGAAAUCUUUUACUGGUCUUGAAUCGUGGGGGUUCUCUUAAAUGCAGCAGGAGUGGACAUCGAUUGUUUGACUUGAACAGGUUUAAAUGUUAGCUUUUACUUCUUUUGUUUUACACGAAACUUGUGUCGCGUGUCAAAUUUUUUUUUUAGCGCUAACUUGAAUGUAGGUUACUUCUUUGUGGUAAACAGCACCACCUCCUUAUACAGACACCGUAUCGUAGUACCUGAUUGGUGUUUACGAUGGUCACUUCAGUGUUGUAUCAGGCCACUUUGGCAUCUACUCGACUGACUAUAGCUGUUAUUUUGAUGUGUGUCCUUGUUUCUUUUGGUUCUUCCUGGCACAGAAUUCACAUACGUCCUCAUCUUUAUCAGCUGGUCCUCCUUUUACAUUUAACUAAAAGCUAAAAUGUCCCAAACAGAGCAAAUCUGAACUCAACACAAUCUGCAGGUGAGCAGUAGAUCCAGCAACAGACCUGAGUCUAUCUCUUUGCUCACUUAAACUCUGUUGGAUGACAUGCUGCUGACUUCUUCUGCUGUUUUACUACUUGUCAACUUCUGUUUAGCGAUCAUGUGAGUCGAAAUGACAGGAAACCUAUUUAGAUUGCCCUAGCUCAAAUUGAUAUAUCUGUAUUUUCCUUUAGCUCAUUGAAUAUUAAAUCAGCUUCCUCUGGAUAAUAAAAACUGUGGUAUCAGUAUUUUGGCCCAUCUCUAAUCAGUUUUGUCACCUUUUACGGGACACUGAGAGUAACUUGAAGUUUUUGCACUUUUGCAUUUGUGUAACCAAGAUGCCACUUUUUUCGAGACUGUAUUCAUUGGCACAAAAAUCCAGCUGGCAACCUUGUGCAGGCAGAAGAGGAGGGACACUGAUCCAUCCUGUGGGCAUGUUGGAUAGAAUGAAAUCCACAGAGACAAAAGUGACAUCAGUUUAUUGUAAUGCAGACCACUUCUGUCCAACACACCAGUGUUUUCAUCCCCAGAGUUUCUCCACCACAAUGAUAAAAUCAAUCAUGUGCACAUAACAGGAACUGCAUCAGAGAUUAAAGUGGCUUUGCAGGCAGCUUCUAAAUAUGUCCACCAUAAUUCCUUGAUAUUCUGUUUUAGAAAAGCCAAUCUCAAUGACAGCCACAGUAUCUACUAUACAGCUAGAUUCACAAAUGUAAAUCAUGGCCAGACUGACACCAAAAAAUCUCUGUGCCCAGACUCCAAUAAUCCUGUUCUGUGCUGCUGGCAGCAGUCUAACCCGUCUCCUCUCUCCACCCACUGUUCCCACAGAGCCAGCCAACAAACACCACUGCCUGUGGCCUAGAUUAGUUUCUGAGCAAAUUUUCCAACUCCUGUGUAAGAUGCUAAACUAAUACACUCUGCCCAUGCAACACCAUGUGGGCUGCUCGCAAGACUGAAAUGUUAAUCCUAAAAGUAGCAGAAAAAAGGCCUCUAUCCACAGUUUAACAGCUAAAGGUUUUAUUUUUGUGUAACUUUUUGUCUUUGCUCUAGAACCACACCGACAAAAUACGUUUUUUUGUCAUUGUGUAUCAUCAAGGCUACACUUUCAGGCAGCUACGGGUCCCCUCUAGCCUUGUUGAACCCCAGCUGUGGAAAGCGGGGGCUGGUUGCAGAGAGAGUGGUGAGCAUUUCACAGCCCAGAUGCUUUGUGUGCUCCAGUGCACCACAACAAAAACUCACCGUAGUGUGUACCACAGAUCAGGAGGCUCAGGUGCUACAGGACGCACCCCAGAGGAGUUGAUCUGUGUUUAAGUAUGUGUGUAAACAAAUGGCGGGAUAGCUGAUAGUUGAACCAUUAACUGCUGUGACAAGGUCUGACGCCUCGGCAUGUGGGGUGCAUGUUUAACAGACGCGGCCAACUGGCACCCUAGGUUUAUGGUAUUUUAAACGUACAUUCAUUUUAAUCUUAAAAUGGUAUAACACCAAUGUAAGUUUAUAUACGACUUUGCCAUCAUUACAGUGUUCUUGGCUGCCGUAGCUUAGACUCUAAGCUGUCUCAGUAUGAAUGUCUGGGUGGUGUUAGGGUAAGAACACUGCUCAUUUUAUUAUCUGCUCCAUUGUGCGCCUCGAUAUCAGUGUACCAGUUUGAAUUUGGAUUGACAGAGUGUGCUGAGCAUCUGGCCUCUGGUAUUUCUGACAGCCUUUCCGUGCUCUUCAUUCCUUUUAAUAUUCUCUCAUCUGUUUUAAUUAUCAGAAGGCCCGGUCAUAGAGGAGUUUGAUUUAGGAUGGAAACCAUGAGGCAGCCCCAUCUGUCGUAUAGGCUCAGGGAGGCUAAUGGGGGCAGGAUAGAUGUUGGGAUGUGUGCUGUUCAGUUGCCAGAGCAGUUGGUGAAUACGUCUGAUCUGCUCCAUGUGAUACACAGUGUGCCACGAUUUAAAGGCUGAUCUCAUGGCAGAUUUUCAAAGAUGGAUUGGAGGGUGACUAAAAAUGGGUUACUUAAGUAGGCUGGGGCAACUAUAGAACAACAUUUGAAAUAUUUAAUAUUAAUUAUGGUAACUUAUUACCCCAGCUUUAUUCCUAAACACCCAGCUGUUUUAGGCAUAACAAGGGCAACACCUGAGCAAUCAAUCCACAGAAAGUAGUUCCAGCGAUUUUGAUGUCUGUUUGUUGAGACUGAGGCAAAGUUUCCAUUGGCAUCAUUGGUAAAUGCCGAGGCAAAAACAUAAGAAUGCCAUAUUUGUAUAGGCUAAACAUCAGUGUCUAAAGUUGUGACUUUAGUGUCAACUGCACAGCUCUGAGGAGAAGGAGAGCUGAGUGAGGACGAAAAACAAUAGACCCAUUUAUGUUGUCUAACGUGACCCUCGUUGAACUUAUAUUUUGAGGUAGUCUGGUCCCAUCAUGUCAGGAUUCUUAUAUUCACAACUACCUGUUCACCAUGUCUUAUCCCUCACAUAGUGCUCACCAUAUUCAUUUCUAAAAGCUAGGUAUAUCAUAACUUCAGUAAAAAGCAGUCUGAUGAGAUUGGGAGAAUAAAUUGUCCAAGCUUAGGUGAGCAAUAACACCAAAGCAAAGAUAUGUACCCCAAAAUGCAGAUAAACUAAGCAAUUUUUAUCAACACAAAGAUUAAAGAUUAACAAAAUUUACUCUAAUAAAUCCAAACUCCAAACUACAACAGAGGAAACACAAAAGACCAACAUGGGGAAACACAAGGGAACUCAUGAGCUACAGGUAGGACACAAGAUAUGGGUGAAAUGAAUGAAAGUUAUCAAAAUAUGAGGAAAAAUACUGGAAGUAAACUGGAUCACACAGGGAUUGAAUACAACAGAAUAAAACUGGAAACUGAACUUGAAAAUAAAAUGAUGAAAAAUUUUAUAAACAACAAUAUGCAUACAGGUUACAGGGUACAACAGACAUAAAAGAUAAACCUUUAAAUAGAAACAAGGGGUAAAUUGUGCUACACAGGUCAGGGUGACCACAUGUUACCAUGACAUAUUUUGUUCCAUCUCUAUUUGUCUAAAACAUGAAUCAUCCUCUACAGUUAAAGAGGUGGCAGAGGUGGUGUUCGGUGCUCUUUCAAACUCCAUGAGCUAUCUUUUGUUUUUGUAUUCGUGAUGUAUUUUUAGCCGCAUCUCCUCCCAUCUCAUUUGUUCACAUGCUACACUUGUCACUAACUUUGUCAGUUUGUAUAUUUGUAUCUAGCCUGAGGCUUUGCUGGCUGACAUCUGUGAAACCACCACAAGCUGUGAAAAAGCAAAGGGCAAACAGAGACAAUCUGCAGCCAAGAAAUCCAUUGCUGAAGUUCACCCAUUUUCUAUGAACAACCUCUUCCUGGCGGUCAUAUUUCUUCAGCAUCACUCUGGUUGUCACAGCACAGCUGAGUGCAAGCUGCUAUGACACCCACCCACAGCUCAACCUGCACACGACACCCUGAUCAUUUCGAAAGAGAUGAGAGAUAUAAGCAUUUUUCAAAAGGCGGAGGUAUCACAACGCUCGAGACACUGACAGAUAAAACCCCAUACGUUUGAUCUUGUAAGUGGAGAAAAACAGCAGGCUGUUGCUGAUAUAAACUGAUACUGAAGUGUAAAUAAUAGAUUUAGUGUUAAAGUAGUUAUCUGUUGUUUGCCGACUUUGCCUGAAGCGCAUUUCUUGGGUAGUUUUUCAUACGUUAAAACAUUCAGCUAAUAAAGGAAAACAAAGCAAAGUUUUGAUACAAAAACAAAUCAUGCAGUGAUGCCUGAAUUUAGUUUGGCAUGUUCAUUUGUCGUGUAUUGAACAGCACCAGACUUUAGUUCACAGUGAUAAAUUUCUCACACAUUUCUCACACCGAGGGUUCUGCUUAUGUCUGCACCUUGUAAAAGGAAGUUUAAUGAAGUGUGAAAAGAGUUAUUGGCCUGUGUGCACUCUUUUUUAUUGGGAUAUGCAAUGCUGUUCAGGCCAUGACAGACACCAUGCUGCCAAUCAGGCUGCUUUCCAACAAGCAUGAAGCCUUUCACACCUAGUGCGUGUUUAAAACUCAGACUCACUCACCCAGCUCUAGAGAGGAACAAAUAUCCAAGAGAUAUUUGAUCAUGAAUUCAAAAACAACCUGAUAAGUAUGCUAGAUAACAUUCAGAUAAAUACUGAUGGUGGAAUCAAUUUUUUAAACAUGAUAUGCAGAGAUGAGAGAACUGUAUUCCCACAGCUGCCUUCUCCUUGUGACUUCACGUUUAAGCUCACAUCCAAACACAGCUAACAUUAGAAUUUAGACACUUCCAAGUUAUAAUUUGGGAUGAAAAAUAAUGAUAGGAACAAGGUAAAAGAGAGAAAUUCUCUCAAAUACAACAUUUAUUUGAUAGAAGACUACUUUACUUAACUUACAUUCUGGUAUGUGACCAUUAGUACAACUGUAUCAAAGAAAAGUCUGUUUUCAACUUCAGGGAUGUUGCUGUCUUUCUUUUAAAAUCAGAAACAUGGAAAAUUAAUUUACCAUUUGUUAAUUUGUUCAAAGGAAGUUGCUGGUAUCCAUGUUAGAUUUCUCAACCUGCCACUGGAGUGUGGCUGACAACACCAACAAACAAGGGAAGACCACAGGUGUCACAUGCAGUGUAAUGAGGUACCGUGUUUACUGGCGACUUGAGCCGAAUGUUUCACUCUGACAAGUCACUGAAAGUUAACAGGGUGACUCAUUAAACCUUAACACCAACAUCAGCAUGCCUGUAACUGUACUGACAGUAAAGAGACAUGAUUAAAAAAUAGACACAAACAUAAAGAUUAGCAUUUCCAGAGUAAUCAUCGACAGCAGUGGUUCUCAAGUUCAGUCUUCGAGGCCCACUGUCCUGCAUGUUUUGGAUGUUUACCUGCUCCAACACACCUGAUUCAAAUGAUCAGCUCGUUAUCACAGCUCUGAAAUGUAAUAACGAGCUGAUCAUUUGAAUCAGGUGUGUUGGAGCAGGGAAACAUCCAAAACGUGCAGGACAGUGGGCCUCGAGGACUGGACUUGAGAACCACUGAUCUACAGUAUAAAAAUCAUGAUUUUUCUGGUGCAGAUUUUCCAGUUUUGCACCAUGUCUGUGAUUUUUGAGAACGGUAACAGGAAGUAGUUAAAUGCUGACGUCAGCUGUGUUCCCAUGUUAGCUAACUUACUGUCAAACAUGUUUUGUUUUUUUUUUCCAUUUGAAACAUGGCACAAUAUUCUGUAUUUCUACAAUCCAUUUUCAUGAUGAUAAUCUCAGAGGUUUGAACACUAACGGCCUCAUCUACUAAGAUUUCAAAUAGCGAGCGCUAAACUGAGGUCACAAUUGAUAACAGGUGCAAAAGUGGUGCGGACCGCCCUCUUUAAAGGAGGUUUUGCAUGCGCUAUUGGCUGUCACCAUGGAGAGUUUGUGAGAGCAGAGUGUUUGAAGCCAUGGAGUUGUACAUAUCGUAUUGGGGAACUGCAUAAAGGGCAAGGCAAGUUUAUUUGUGUGUACAAUUCAUACACAAGACAAUUCAAAGUGCUUUACAGAUACAAGGAUAUAUACUAGAAAUCAAAAAGGAGAUUAAAACUAUCUAAAAUCAAUGACAGAUUUUUUUUUGCGUCUGUUCCGGUUUUGACCUUCUAAUUUAUGAAAAACAUCAUUUACUUUAAAAAAUAAAAUAAAUCACAAGCAUUGCAUCUGCUCAUAUUUUGCUCGUUCUGAUGAUCUACAUACAAUCUGCAUGAAAUCAAACACGUUAAAUCGAUUGCACGCACGGUUUUGCUCAUUGGACAGACGCAAUCCUCGGUGUACCCGGUUAGUAGGUCAGGUGUUUGUGUGCGCUAUCAUGUUUGCACAUGUUUUUGCACAUGCAAACCUUUAGUAGAUCAGGCCCUUAGUGUAACUUUACAAGAAGCUGGCUGCUGUGUGAAUAUGGUCAAUGAGCAUUUGGACUGAGGUUUAUUGAUUGCAUGAGAAGUACAUGCCCGGGUUCAAGCCAACCUCCCUCUGCAAAGCCCUGUUUGAGCUUCCAUAGAGCAAAGAGGAAGAUAAACCUCUUUAUAUCUUCUCUUACAUGUGGAAUUAUUUUGUAAAACUGGUAACAGGGGGAUGAAAGACAGAAAAGCUGAACAUUGAUAUUUGGCAAAUCUGAAUGAUUACAUGCUUUUGUGUUGUGUACUUGGUGUUUUGUAAUGUGAAGUGUAUUCAUUCCAGUGCCGUUCAAUACUGACGUCUUUAUACAGCACUCUUAACAAGCAGGCCAACAUUGCCAUUUGAAAACAGUAAAACAGCCAGAACAGCUUUUCUUUGUGUCGUGGCAGAGGCCCAAACAACCUUUAAAACAUCUCUCCAUCUAUUCAUCAACACCAACUGCACCUUUUCCUUUCACUCCAGCAUCACUUCACGCUCUAACUGCCUUUUUUAUUUUCCUGCCCAGCCUUUUCCCUCUGUCCUUUAUCGGCGCUCUCACUGCAUGGACGCACAGGCGAUGUGCUGUCUGCAGUCCGUUCCUGGCAGAGAUGACAGGGGCUGUACUGUAGGUAAAGGUCAGUGCAGUCAGAGGUGGAUGUACUGCUGGGGAAAAGGUCACUCUGUGCAGAGAAGGAUGGAGAGUGCAUCUGCUGGUUUUCAGCUCGUCGCCGCCGCCGCUGAGGUUUUAGAGACCACCGAGAACAAGAGAAGAGAGGAAGCGGUUGGAUAAAGAGAGAGAGGAAUGGAUGGGGGGGUGAUAUAGUCUCUGCAUACACACACCUCUGUGGAGAAAGGUCAUGAGUCAGCUGUGGUGACACCAAUAGCUCAGGGCAUGAAGGCAAGAAUGAGCAUGAUGACUUCAUAGAAAAAAUAAAAGUAUUUUCCAUGUGUGCGUGCGUGUGUGUGUGUGUGUGUGUGUGUGGGUGGGUGCUGGUUUGCAUCCAUACAUUCUGUAGCCGUGUGCAUUACAGAGCCGGAUGAGUUAACUCUAUCGUCCUGCAGGCUUAUCACUCUGCAGGGGUUGGCCCCUCUGCUAAUGAAGUCAUCUCUAUCUCUACUGCCUACUCCACGUAGAGAAGUGAAAAGUAAGGCAAGCUGGUGGAAGAGGGAGUAAAAGAAGUGAGAGUCCGAUUGAUGCUGCAGUUAGGAAAAGGAUAAGUUUGAAACAAUUGAAAGAGAAGUGAGUAGAAGGUGAGAAAAAAAAAAGCAAAAAGCGCAAUAACAACAGUCAAGGAGAGUGAGGGGUGAAGAAAGCAGAGGAGGGAAAGCAAGUGAGCACUGCACUGCGUGUCAUUGGCCCCCUGGCGUGAACAAUCCAUCUCAAAUUGAUCUUGCUGCUCGGCCCAGCAGGGCAUUCUGAAUCAAUCUCAAAUUGAUCUCUGUGCCAGAGGUCGGGAAAACUAGCAGUGGAGCUUAUCAGAAAUAUAGUGGUGCUGGGAGGAUCUGACAGGGAAACUUAUCACACUGCACAACAGGAAAUGGGCUCCAAGCCCCCGGGGCAGCAAGAGGACGAGCCUGCUCCCUGUACUCACACGCACACACACACAUGCAGAAACACACACAGAUUCAAUGUCUCUGCAUGCACCCAACACAACCACACACUGACACAUGCUCCCCAGCAUUCAGCACAGUACAGAGAGUUUGCACAGACAGACCCAUAAACACUUUUGCGCAGACUCAGCCUACACACACAACCGCACACAUUUACAGGCAUCAGCACACAGCUACAGGCUACCGCGGAAAAUAAAAAGUUUGUCAGAGCACAACGUGUCGAUAUAUUUUAAGGUAGACAGGUGAGAUUUGAGGCCUGGAGCUCUUAAUGACUUAUAACACGUUUAAUGUGUCCUCAGCAAGGCUGCGCGAGAGGCCAGGGGAGGGACGAUCGAUACAGACUCGCAUUUAGACGUUCAGUCAGCUUAAGGGAGCAACCUGCCUCUCCAGGCCUUGGGGAAAAAAAUGAAACCACAGAAACAAUUGCUCAACGGUGACUUUCAUCACACAGUAUCUCCAAAAAGACUCAAUCCAGUCUAAAAAUAAAAGAACCACAGACUGUUUUUAAGAAAUAGAUGAAGUCUCUGGCUGUAAAAGUGAAGCCAAUACAGGCUUGCCUUUUACUUGCUUUCUCUCUGAUGACCAGCAGGGGGCGACUCUUCUGGUUGCAAAAACCUGCCAAACUGUAUGACACCGGGUCAGACAGUAAGGGUACUUUUUAGUUGAUGCAUCACCCCAGCAAUUACUUCCCUGUUGAGUUUAUAGUUUUGGUGCAACAUUUCCAAGGCUACUUAAAGGGAUAUUUUGGCAUAAAUUAAAGUUGUGGUCAAACACACCAUAACAUGUUGCAGACUGCUUGCUCCUCUAGUUAUACCAACUUGAGCAACGAUCGCAUGUUAGCAAUACACAUGGUCUACAUCUACACAUGCAAACCUCAACCAAAAAGCCACUCAUAGCCACAAGUAAUGCUCAGAACAGCACCUAACUUCAUCAACAGUACAUAUAGGGUCCCAGCACUCAGUACUAGCCACUAAAUAUCUUUUUAGCUUUACCUGAUUUCUUUUGCAAAGAGACUAAACGCAGCUAACCCACUCCCCUCCAGCAGCUGUUUGUUUGUGGGGGAGCCCUGACGAGUCAAUCACAGAGUGUAGGGGAAAAUUAUGAUUAUGACUUAAUGAGGAAAAAUCCACCACAGAGGCUAGUGAGCAGGAUGGAUAUCACCCUCUGUCGUAAAUAUGUUUCAAAAGAGGUGACAAAGCCAAAAUGUCAAACACCAGCCUUCAAAGGUGAGGUAAACUUACCACUGUUUGACACCAUAUUAUGUUCUGAUUUCUUGGCACACCAUUGUUUUUACCUCAGUGAAACUCAGUUGUCUCAACACUUUUUGCGUCACAACAGGAGGUUAAAGGUAUUCUAGACUGCAUAAAGUGUGGGUGUAGUUUAACCCCCAAGACCCACAGGAAGUGUGUGCACUGCUUUCUGCUAGUACUGAACAAUCUGUGGCAUUCUCAUCUUGGAGCUCAAAAAUCACAGAUUAAUAUCCAAAUAAGAAACACACUUCCAGUAGGAAAGGAUGCAUGCAGAGAAUGAGCAAAGCUUGAAGGCAGGACACAUUCCUCCUGCUAGUUUUAGGUGCAGGUGAUCAUGUCACCCAUUUGUUUCUGGGCAUGCUAACUUUUGAUAAAGCUAACAGUCUAACAGUCUAAGAGGUGGACUUGAGGCAUGUUUUAACCUCCUACAAUGCUUAAAUGCUUUACCACAAUGGACCCACCUAGAUGUCAUCUCAGCGUACCCUCCAUCAUGCAAGUUAAAGUAUAACUCUUAGCCUUGAUAAAGUAAAAACACAUGCAUUACAAAAACACACCCAGUAUAAUGAGUAUGUAUAAAUGAAUAUGCGUUAAACCUUAAACAGUCCUGUGUCUCAGGCUGCUAACAUGUUUAAUUUCACCGUAAAAAGAGGCAUGUAAACAUGGGUUUCAGUCGAGUUUCUCUGCUUUUGGAGCUGCCUCAAGUGGACACUCAGGAAACUGCAGUUUUCUUUGUGUCCACUUGACAUGUGUCUGUUUCUACCCGAGUCAACGAUUAAUCAGGUGAAUUCUUUGUGGUCAUAUCCCAGACAAAUAGAGGCAUUACAUGUAUUAGAUACAUCUGGGGUUUUAAAAUUUCAAGUUUUCUUAAACAUGAUGGGUUAAGUUCAGUGGUGUCAGUCAUGUUCAUUAGGUAUCGUUAUGAUACCUGAUGCCAGACACCACAUGCAGGACUUUGUAGUGCAAAGGUAAGAUCCAGAACAGCUGGUGACACAAACAGAAAAUGCUCAGUAGACCAGACUGUCUCGUAACUGCCCGCCCUUGGCAGUCUAUGUAGGCUAGAACAAAAUGCAUCUCUCUCGGCCUUGGUCCUUUGAAGGAUGCAGCUGCUGGAUUUGGACUCAGCUUGUAUGAGUGUUCCACUAAAGUUAUAAUGAGAACACGUAAAGUCAACUUGCUGCUUGUGAAACUUUAGUAUACUUCAGUCUCCACAUUUAUGAUGGUAAAGGGCUGUGGACUUCUUUUCUCACUUCCACUUACUGUUCGACUCAUCAGAUUAAAGCUGACAGCAACUUUACAGAGCACAACCAAACACCAGAACACACAGAAAAGUGACUCCAAGUUCAUUUUGAUGACAGAGAGCUGCGGAACGACACACAGAUAGCGUGAGGAGAGGGAUGUGUGCACCGAGGGACUUGGAGAGUGCAGUGAAAAGCUGUGAGGAAGGGAGGGGGUGUGUCUUUGAGUGUGUCAGCGUUUGGGAGGCAGCAGGAGAGGCUUUUCUGUGGCCUGGACUGGAAAAGCUCCCUGUCAGCACUGAGGGGUAAUGGAGGUUAGCAGGGUGAAAAGAGGGAGCGCAGAUGAGUGUGUGAGUUUAUAGAAAAGUGGAAGUGUGUGGGUACAAGUGGCUGCAUGUCCCCAGGAGUACGGCAGUAUAUCAGUGACCCCAGAGACCUUACAGAGGAAUAACUGAGCAGGUAUACAUGUAUUUACUGCCAUUUACAGCCGACUCAUCAAAAACAGCAGCUUAGUAAGAAGCCUAACAUGUCAAAAUAUGCUGCUGUAGGCGACUAUAUAACAACAUAUCUACAUGUAUGUGUACAAACCGCACAGCCUUUGUUUUGGGUACGAAUACAUUUCCAGAGUGACUUGUCUACUCCUUCAAAAGUCCUUGUCAAGGAGGAGUAAUAUCCAGUGAUCCGGGGACUUUUCUAAGUUAAUGUGAAUUUAAUGAAGUCAUACUGUCAUGUAAAGUAACCUGGUGUUGGUCAAUCAGGUUUGAAAGUGUCCUAGUUUAGGAGUUUAAAGCAGGUGCUCCAUUUACAAACGGACACCAGCUGAGCUGAGAGAGGGGCAGACAGGUAGAAGCAUUAAAUAGAAGAUUGCACAAGAGCAAAUAUUUCUUUUAACAUGUAUUCAUUUCACAAAUAAUAAAGCUAACUAAUGUGCUGCUGCUAAUGUGAUUUUUUUACAACAUUUUUUGGACAAAAGUUCAACUCAGAGACUCAGAGAGAUUUGCUGUUUGUACAUUAACUAUGUAUGUCAUGUAUGGACUAUGUUACUUCUCUAUUUGCCUAAUCCUAUAACCAACCUAAAACCAUGUCAGAACAUUACACCUGCAACUUUUAUAUUUAUAAAUGUCAAAAAGUCAUACAAUGUCUAACAUUUAUUACUUGACCACAUUAUUAUAGGGUCGCAACUUCCCCUCUGAGCCCUUCACAAUUAAAGAUGUGCAUGAGUAAAAGAAACAGUCACGUUUUUAAGUAUAUAUAGACACUGAAUAAAAGCUUAUUUGGCCAAUGUUUCUGAAAUCAUAUGGAUGUAUACAAACCUACAGUAUCCAAUAAUGGUUGCCAGCCUCUACUGACUCAGAAGUUCCUCCUGGAAUGAAUAUUUUUGUACAAAUAAAGAAAUUGUUCUAUAAAAUGUCCAAUAAUCCUUCAAACAACUGUAGACGGAGGCAGAUUUUCAGACAGAUCAGCGAGUGUGAUGUGUUUUCCUCUCUCAACAAAAAAAGCUCCUCAGUGUACAAGGACGAACCUGUGCUAAUGAAUGCAUCAGCAAAAACAAGGCAGACCCUGUCCUGACCUUUGGCCUCCAUGAGGGACACACACAUGCUUACACACACACUUCAAGAUCACCCCCUGCUGCUUUACUCUCCAUUUAUUCUUUCAGUCUCACCUGUAAUACCUACCAAUGAAUGCCCUUCAAAUACCUUACUCACAUGCUGUGCUCUAUCAUUAUGUGCACCUCCCUCUGUUUUGUAGAACUUGUAGAACUUUUUCUUCUUUAUAUCAGACAUGUCGGACUUGUGCAGCAGGAACAACAAAGUAGAGACAAAACUGAUUUAAGAUUGCCUAGAUUGGUGGAGUGUCAUCCUUUACUAUACCAGGAAAAAGGAAUCAGCUCAUCUUACAAGCAUGUGCUUAAUUUUAUACCAUAUUACCACUUAGACAGGUGCUUUUACAUCUGUAACAAACCAAAAUAUUAGCAGAUACAAUAAGAUAAACCACUUUUUUUGAGGAGGAACUAAAGCAUAAAGCAACACAAGAUAAAAAAAUAAGCAGUGGAGUUCAUACAAAUAUAAUAACAGCAGGUUAAAUCUAUAUAAUAAGAGGUAUACACCUGAUUAAAGUAAGAGUAUAUUGAACCAUAUGGGAUUACGUAAAGCAAUGAAUUACAAAAAUUCAGCAACUUCGACCAGACUUUAAAGUGACAUUGUUACAUUACAGGGCUAAGUGAAAUAUUGAUUUAUUAGAGCAGUGGAAUAUAGUUAUUCCUAAUUCAAUAUUGAUUCUGAAAAUCCUGGAUUCAGUUAUUUCCAUAGUCCCUUUUCCCACAAGGACACUCUGGCUCCUACCAUACUCUAGUUUUGACUAAAUGACAGUUAUUUGGUCAACUAAAUGGUGGAAGUCAUGUCACAUAUCAGCAUCAGUGAGGCUGAAUAUACUACAACAUCACACCAAACUUGAGCACCCAUUUGAGCUGACACUCGGGUUUCAUGACUACUUAUUUUACCGGCUAUUUUACUGGUUUUCAAAAGCACCAACCUGUGGUUUAAGAAGUGAGCGAGUUGAUUAGUUGGUGGAACCCUAGCUGACACCAGGCCAAAGUUUUACAGCCUGUGGUUAAAGCUAAACCAGCGGAUCAAAAACAAAUGCAGCUUCAGUCAAGCUCUGUGCACACAUAGAAGAUAACAGAGCCUGUGGGGACCCUCGCUCAAUACCUCCAGAGUGACAGAUCCUCCUGUUACUUCUUGUUUCAUUUCUAAUAAGAGAAAAUCAGUGAUGAUAACCAACAAUAUAACAUUUUAUUGGUAUUUUAGUGUGUAAAUAUGUUAUAAUCACCAUUUUCUUUCACAUUCUACAAAAACUUGCAGCUGACUUAAUUUGAGCUUUAAGACUUUCUGCUUUCCUCUCGAACCCUCACUGCUAAUGUCUCCAUUUCUGAGUGAUAGUCCAGACAGUCUUUGUCUAAGCCAUGCUAACACCAAGUCUGGGAGUUGUACUCUCUCCCUCCACCUUAAUUACAUCCCUGUCUACAAACUUUUGAUUUAUCUGCCUCUAUUUUAUCCCCAUCCCACUUAUAAAAGUCAGGCAGACUGAUACAGGGAGGCUGUUGACUUAGCAUACCUAAUGUUAGCCAAAGUUUGAGUUAUGUCCAGUGAGGAUGGCGGACAACAGUCUGAGGUUGACUUUGUAAAUGUCAGUCCUGUCGAUCACCAAUAAAACCAUGAAAAAAAUCUCUCGAGGGCGUCUCUGAAUGGCAGUGCAGUAUUUGUCUCCAAUAUCUCCUAAAUGUUUCCAUCCUCUCCUGGGGUCUGAGGGGGAAAGUGGAUGUGUUUGGACUUCAGCUGGAUGACCAAGUCUACAACAACUCCCCCUGUAACGCUCACACACAGACUCAGAGUGUUUGCAGCUUCGUGACAGUGUCUUUUCUAAUAUUCUUUCCUGUGGUAGAGGCUUGCAGCUUAUUCUAGCCCAUUGUCACUGUGCUGCUCUGCCCUUCAUGCAGUAGAGCUGAAGUGACUUUUAGCUUUUAAUUCUUCUGUAAAUUCAGGACAACAGUCGAGUUCAGGACAUGAAAACGGUGCAGGGGUUUGACGGAGCUGAAAAGGCUGGAGGGAUUAAUUACUCCAGGCAGCCUGGGGUAACCUUUUAACAUUAUGCUCGGAGUCGCUUUUGAUUGGGGGGUAUUCGCCCCUGUUAGAGGAAGUGUCUUGAUAUCUGCUUGUGCUCUUUGCAGAUAAUGGGUUGAGAGGAGGGGUGUUUUAAGCGCCCUAGAUGUCACUUGUCACCUUACCGCUGUGUAAUGCCACUAAUUAGCUCUAAAUAUCCUGAACACUGAAAUUUCAAAUUACUGCUCCCAGCAAGACCCUGAGCUUUUGAUGAAUGGCACAGAGUCACAUUAGUCGGCCCUCCUGCGGAGACCCUGCACACAUAUAUAAAAGAAUACACCCUCACAUCAGUAACAGGCUAAUGACAUGUUAACCAGCUCUUGUUUCCUGCUACCUCUCCCUCUCUCAUGGGCGUUACGAAAAGCUUCAGAAGACCUUUUCAAGGCUGCAAGAAAAACUACACAAAGUGGCAUCCUUUGCUCAUUUUUUUUUUCUUCUGUGCCGAGUUUUGUGCAGAUGGUCUCAAGUCAUGCAGGAGAAUUGGACUCAUCCCACUCCAAACACUCUGCCUCCAGGAGGAUUAGGCCACAUUGUCGACACUACUGAGGGGAGCAUGUUUCUACAUCCAGCUAAACCCACACUUAUCUACAAAUGCACACAUUUGUGCUGUGCCGACAUACCUUCACCCACAUACUGUGUGCAUACAUUCACACAGUCACAGCGGCAAGCACACAGACCUAGCGUAUGGAUUAUACUGUACAUCUUCUGGUGAUUUAAAUUCAUAGGUUGGACUCCUUUGCUCUUUGAAUCUUUUCAUAUUUUUAGCUCUGCUUUGUGUUUCCUGUAGCAAACAGAGGUCGGCCAAAUCUAGCACCUGAUCUGAUUGGAUUAUAUAAAAAAAUGUUUUUGCCAAAACAACAAAACAUGUACUAUUUAUUCAUGUAUUCAGAUCCUGUCCUGCAAGAGAGCUUUAUGAGUAAUUAAUGUAAAAGCUCUUUGGGUUUUUAAUCACAGUAAAACCUGUAACACAGUCUGAUUUGAAAGGCAGAUUAUGCUAAUCUUUUGUUUUAUCAGUCCAGGACAGUUUACAGUGAGCCCCCCUCUGCUGCCUUGCACAUUUUGUCCUUGCCCUCAAUCUGUAGCUACAGUAUACGUGCAACUUCAGUGUGUUUCAUCUCACUGUCUUUUAUGUUCCUGGUGUUGCAGAGAUCCAGUAAAGUCUUUUGAACCUUUUCAGCCUGUUUGAUCAAAGCCCUGCCCUGAUGCAGAGACAUUAAUGUUUAAUGAUUACUUACUGCUAUCAACUAACGCUCUGGUGGUUGAUGGUUUCUCCCCUGAAUAUACAGUAUGCACUGUACGUUUUGCUGCGUCAUUGUACCCGAAAAAAAAAAAAAAAAUGCAGGAGCAACAUUAUCACAGACUGUCUACUUAGUUUCGAACAAAGUUUCCAACAGAUGGUGCUGGGUCAAAGGAUUUAGCAGUUUGCUGAAAUAUCCACAAACAUCGUCCCUCUCUCUAGCACUAACUGACCCAGUGGUUAGAACCACAGACUGUAUGAGACGUGACUGUACUCAUAGUGACACCAGGCUUCUGAAGCAGAGUGUUGAAGCCUUUCAUUAGCAGACGACACGUUGGGAAUGCUGACUUCUUCUAACUCUUGGUCAAUCUAUUGACAUAGAGGUAGUUUAGGUGUGCCUUUAACUGACUUGACUCCAGUGUGACCUUUAACUAUUCAAAACUUUUAACUUAAAUGUCAUAAAAAAUACUUAAUUUUGUAAAAAAGUCACCCACUCAACAGCACCAAAACAAGGCUGUAAACAUGUCUACUUUUGCUGUAGAGAUAGUGGGAGUUCAUCAGUUAUUCUUCUUCUCACCCCUUUUUAAAUAUGUAUAUUUUAUAUUUUAUGUUUAAAUGUUUUGUCUUACUUUUCUUUUUUUACAUUUUUGGUCUGCAUAUUCAAAAGAUGGGCGUUGUUGAAUGGUUGUCUAUGUGGCUUCUGGUGCUUUUGGAGCCAGCCUCAAGUGGACACUUGAGGUACUGCAACUUUUGACACUCCUACUUGAUCAGUUUUUAUUUUUUCUCUCAGUAGCAGAGGUUGCUGCUUGGUCAGACCCAUAGACUGUAUAUAGAAUGGACGCCAUCUGCCUUCUCACUGGGUGAAACCACCGUGAUAACAGCACCCUCUGGUGACGGGCUGCAGUAUAGAUCAUAAAUCCCGCCUCCUAAAGCAAUCCUUAUGGAGCUGUGGACAAACUAUAGAAAUUAAUUACAAAGCAUCUAAAUUUUUCUCCCCCCUGCUUGUGAUAUUUAUUGUCGGACUGGUUUGUGCUCAAGUCCUCUUUUUUCUGUGAAGCUCCAUUUUUAAACGGUAUUUGGGGGUCAAUGUUUUCUAUGAUUGACACUUGAUACAGCCUAUGGGUGUACGAAGAUCGCGUAGCUCACCCGGGAAUGCACUGUUUGAGCUGAGUGUCAUCACAGCGGCUCUUGGCGACUCUUCCACAGAAUGCGUACAACGCUACUGCGCAAUGUUGGUUUCAGGAAAUGGAGAGGAAUCGCAGAAAUACUAAGAGCUUUUCUGCUUUAAUUCUCUAUACUGGCUGACGGUGGAACCAAGUUGUCCAUAGUAUAUAUCUAUGAAAAAUAUAGCUGGAUAAGGCUGUCUUUUUUCAGACAGAUUGACAAAGUGUGCUAGCAUGGCAGCAGCUAGCUUUUUGGGACAUUUAGCUUGUUUUUUGAUGAACUUUCCUUUCAUCAUCUUUUGUUUAUUCAUUUUUUAACAGUAGUUCAUUUAUUCAACUUCUUUGACAAGAACAGAAUUGCUGAUUCAAACCAAAAGCAACACUCUACAAAACAUUUUUACCUUAAAAAUACAUUUCUUGUCAAUGUGGUGUUCAAAAUUCAAAUCCAUUAGCUUUGUAUCAAAGAAGAGAAGAGAAGCCUGGUUUGGCUAAAAAUAAUUCAGCUGUUGUGUAAACCUCUGGACUGACACAUUUCUGUCUCUUUUAGGGAACAUUUUUAUGAAACCGAUGACUCAGUGGUGUCUAAUUGAGAUUUUAAACAUAUCCGUAACAAUGAAGCUGUCAGCUCUGAUCAUUGUGAGAUGGUAAUGAUGCUAAAAACAGGCUGAUUCACAGGGUUGCUCAUAAUUUCCAGCUCUAACCAUUCUGGCUGGUUGCCUAAUCAAACAUUAACCACAGCACAUUAUACUCGGCCUGGUCGCUGCCGUGGCUGAGCCUACGAGCCGGCUGUAUUAGAGAGGAAUGUCCACACCCUGACAGCUGUAGGGGAAUCUGACUCAUUCCUCUUUCUGUCCCUGUCCUCCUUGUCUCUUUGACAAACGAACCACUCAUCCUUUCUCGCCCUCCCUGUCCUCUGUGCUUUAUCCACUCUUGUUUGAGAGCUUUGGCACGGUGGCACUGCCUCCUCCCUCUCCUCCUCCCCCUCCUGUCGUUUGAGUGUUAGUUUACCGAGGAUGAGUGUGAGGGGACGAGAAGGAUGCAGACUGAUGGACAAAUGGAGGGUCAAAGAAGAAAAAUCUGUCUCCUAUGGGACACUUUUUAUUGAGUCUCCUGUUCCCUGAUGAGUGUCUGUUGUCUGAUAAGUACUGCCUGUUAUGCUCCAGCUCUCGUCCUGGCUGCUGCUCAAUGGCUUAUUGAUGCAGCAGCACUCCCCAGCUCCUCUCUCUCGAUGCACUGCUCCUCUUUUUCAUUGUGGCUGCAAUCAAACCUAAAGGGCUGUCAGCCAUUCACUGCUACUUAAACUAAAGUGAGGAGGAAUGAGUGCAAUCUGACACAUAACCCUUAUCUAUGUACCUCUGCUCCUCAGUCUGAAUAAACUGCUCUGGAGCCAUAAUUUAACCUUGAUGCAUGCAGGAUAUAAAUUUACCAGCUCCUUGGGCAGCCAUUACUCUGGUUCCUCUCAUGCUCUAGGCCUGUAGCUGUAUAUCACCAUGCUGCAGUACAUACAGAGUGAUGCAGACCACUGGGCCUGGCAGUAAUGGAUGUCAAGGAGCAGCAUUACAAGGCGAUGCGUUAUUGAUCAGCUACUGUCCUGCGCACGUUAUUGAUUGAAGCAGUAGAGUGUGUGAUCGCUGCGUGUUUAAGUGGUUUCUCAGGAAACAAUAAAGAUGCUUUUUGUCAAGAGUUAAUUUUCCCUCUGGAGAAGCUGUAAAAGCUGCUGCGGGGGUACGCCUACGUGUAGAGGUUCAAAAUGUCAAUAAGAGCUUCUACAUCGUUGUAGGUCUGCAAAUAGUUCAAUAUCCAUAUUCAUUAUAAUGCUGUCAAAUAAUGAUAAAUGAGUAAAUCAAGGAUCUCAUUGCAAAAAUCCUGUAAAUCCAUAAAGCAGCUUAGCUCAUUGAUUUGCAACAUCCCCUGCAAUGCAAAUGCAGCUUGAAUAAAGCAUAAAUAAUAUUUCUGUAGUGAUUCUUGUUGAUCAUUUACUUAACUGUGAGUGGAAAUAACCCAUCAUAACCACUUAAAAGCCCAUUUCAGCAAACUCAUUUUGCUGCUUGUAAUAUCUCCUAACGCUGUGAUUACAUGACAGACAACAGUUUUACUUUCAUUUGCCUGGCUCAUCUGCAUCUAGUAUUGGUGGUGUCAGGGGGAGGCAAAAGCCCUAACAUCAGAAAAACACUCUUUCCAAUUGGUUGCUAUGGUAACUGACAAAGCAAACAGGUCUGCAGCAACCAAAGUGAUCUUUUUUAGGACAAUCUGUGUGGAAAUCUGAAGGUCAUUUAAUACGCAGGAAGUACACAAAGGGUGCAAAUCUGAACACUAAUAAACGCAGGAAACACAUGCAAAAGAGGAAAAACUAUCAAGACAUAAAGUCAAAGGCACCCGAUGCCUCUGGAGGCGCUAAAUGGAACAGUUUAUUAUUAAUGCUUAUUUGAUGUACACUGUUUUCCCAAAUUAUUACUUAUUUAAACUCUGCAAGGGACUCAAUUUAUUUUUUACAUGAGGAUGUGGUGCAGCAUCAAAGCAGAGAAUAGCCUUAGAAUUACAGUAUAUGCAAGGCUAGCUAAGUAGCUUACAUGCAAUCUGUAUUAACACCCUUAGCUUAUGCUACAGCUAACUGCAAAGCUUACUGGCAGUCAGCUGAGCAGUUUUGUUAUGUCUUCAUUCGCAGCGUUUUUCUUUUUCAGUUGUUUUCUGUGUUAUUUUUCAUCUGUGUGAUACAAAAAUGAGAUCUUUUGCUGGUGCAGAUCAGUGAGCCUUAUCAGUCACCAUAGGUAGCUGAAUGGUGAGUCAUCUAGUGCUACUGCAAAUCAUAAUGAACUGUGUAUAUGCAUGCAACAGUUUCACUAAAGCUCCUUUUUGUCUUUAUAUCAUGCUAUGCCAAUUGAAAACUGUGGGCUCUUACCUAGUUCUUUAUCAUUAUGGAGCCAAAUUCCCAAGCUUACACUCAACACCAGCAUCCAUAAUGUGACCAACAACACUCAUCAGCUGUUGUGGUCAGUAUUUGGCCUUUGGAUGGUGCCAACACUGGCUGUAAUCAGCUCAAUAGUUGCCAUGUGACUUUUACUGUCAUUGGAUUAAAAUUAUAAUUUCAAAUCACAGCUGGACUGUGAUAGGAUUGAUCACAAAGGAUGAUAUUUGGAAUUUCAAUUGUAGCUGUUUUUGGUCAUCUUUGUACCACACAGGAUCCUGUGAUACAUAAGAGAGGGGCUCUUGUGGAUUAUGGAUUGUGCGGCAACGCAAUCUUGGAUCAUAGACAGGAAAGAAGUGGGGCUUGUUGCUUACAUGAAAAAAUAGAAAGAUUAUUCGCUUGUUGUGCAUGCAAAUGACAUAUAAUUUUCAUGAAUCCAUCUGAAACAAUAGACCCUGUGCUUGCUGUAAUUACCUGUGUCCUUGUGGACGUGUUGGUAUGCAUGUUGUAGGGGGUAAUUGAAGCAUCACUUGUGCAUUUUACAAAAAACUAGAGAGACAUGAGCAAAGGAGUAAAUAAGAGCGACAGUGAUUAAAUGAGAGUGAAAGAGGGAGUAGAUUAGCCGAGUCUGUCCUCAGAGAGUGUCUGAGAGAGAGGACGAGCUGCCAGCUCUCCCUUCAUCUUCUCCUCCUCCCUCAUCAAAGCCUCCCUGCUCUCAUCUUGAUCACACUCACCCCUUAACUUCCCGUCGUCUCUCUCUUUUUUUCUCCUUCCCUCUCCAUGUCUUUCUUGGUCGUCACUCCAUCACACAUGUAGAUUUCUCUGUCAUUUUCCUGUAUGGCAAGGAAGAAAAAAUCCCCCCCUGCACAGUUUUUUUCACAAGUAAUCUCUUUUAUCCCUGACUGCAUGCCGCUGUCAGUCUCCCUGUGUAGGUGUUUCUCUUGAUUACUCUGCUUUCUUGUGUUUUGCUCAUGAAUUUAGCGAGAAGAACAUGUUGAAAUACACCCUGACUGUUGCAGAGAUUUGGGAUUGUGGUGAAUUUAUUGUGGACUUUCUUUUGUACCUUGCCAAAGAAAAAGAAAAGUGUUUCUGACAGAAACAGCCUUUUGAAAUAAACAAAGAAAAGUACUGUUAGUCAGUGGUGUAUUUUCCCAUCUGAUAACACUAUAAACAGAAAGACAUUGUUUACCAGUGUCUUCCCAUUGAUCAUGGAGCCAUCGAUUCCCCUUCAACCUCCUCAAUCGAUUGACUCUGUUCUUUUAAGACAAGAAAUAAAAUUACACCAUCUAGUUUUUCCUGAUUGACCUGAACCCUAAUUCCUACAGCCUCAAAAAUCAAAAAACACCCUCAGAGUCCCAUCGAUGUCACCUUUGUGGUCUCCUCUGAUUGGCUGGAAAAUCAGUAUUAAAGGUUUUCGUUUAACUACAACAUGCUGUGGUUGAACAGUGUCUGUUAGAUGUUCUUGACAUGAUGCGCAGACCUUUUAAAGACUGUAUUUUGUGAGAACUGGUCUUACCUGAGGUGUUUCUACUCUCCCCUGCUGCAGUCAGUCCUUGGUUCUCAUCAGCUGGGCUUUUAUCAUGUAUCACUACACUUCACUGUGACGUACCCAAUUAAAAAAACCUCCUUUGACCUUUACUUUCUAAUGCUAAAGAUGAGGGGCUCUUUGCAUCACUGCUGGGUAUUAAAGAUUCAGUUCUAACGAUUCCCCUAGACUUUAACCAAAAGACAUUAAAUGUUCGCCCAUAUACGCACAAGUGCCUCAAACCUGCAUAUUUACCUGUUUUUUUAAGAGAUAUUCUGAGACUGAUGUAUCAGCCCAAGGAACCAGUUCGAUCCAGUUUAAUCAAAAAUAGCCAUGGGAUUUGAUUAGUGACACUUAGCUUGUUUAGAUUUACUUUUAAUCAAUCCUUUGUCUUGGCAGCAGAGACAACAAACAACAAGCCCAUCAAGAACAGAAAUGAAAAAAAUCUGUGUCCAAAUGAUAACACUGAAAACAAUCCACAUGCACACAGAUCCACAAUGUGCAACUUUGGGGAGUGGGUAUGGGUUUGGUAUGGACACCCUGGCUGUUUUGCAGCUGCACAUUCCAAUUUAAAUCAGAUUGCAACACAGUCAGUACGUUUACAUAACACUCAAGAAAACCGAAAAUUUGCCUUACUCCGAUUAAGACCUGACAACUGAAGUGCAUGAAAAAACUCAUGUACGACGAAAAAACAACGCAGUACGAUGCUCCUCCUCUCGCUCGAAAAUGCCCAGCAUCAGUUAUAGCCGCUUCUGACGUCUGGCACGGACCUGCUGUUGUUGUAAACAGUUGUAUGGGGUCAACUGUAAACAGCACUGCUGAAAAGACCCAUAUCGACCCCUAGUUUUGGGCAGCAGGGCACAUUCGCGUCAAUACUUUGAUUUUCUUAGGUGCAUGUAUAGGCGGACAAGAAGAGAAGUCGAUUCAGCGAAAAAAAACGAACUAUGACCUUAGUCCAAUUAAGCUGCACAUGUAAACGCACUGACUGAUCUUUCAUCUUACCAUCAGAACCAGCUACUGGAGUAGCUCUUUUGUUGAACUGGACCACGCAUGCCGGGCUCUACUCCUCACACACAUCAAUGUGCCCAAUUAAAAAAGAAAAAAAAAAGUCAUGGACUGAUUUGACAAAGAAACUAUGAAAUGAGUCUUAAGAGGUUUUUCCAAACAAAGUCUGUUAAGCUAGAUGUUCUAUUUUAUAUUAAAGAUAAAUGGCCAUUUUUCUGUCGCUGUAUGUACUUGGGCUUAAGCCCGGGCAGUCCAGAAAUGUUCUCAGCUGCUUCAUCCUGCAGUAGGACUUGAUAGGUAAUUACCAGAGUUUUACAUUUAAUCCUAAACUCCGCUGGUUGAUAAUGGAAAGAGGCCAAUAUUAGUGUAAUUUGCUCCCUGUGCUUCCUCUUUGUUAAAAGAUGAGCUGCAGUGUUCUGAUCCAGCCGAAGGCGAGCUGCAGCUACUUGGCAAAGGCAGGCAUACAGAGAGUUACAGUAAUUUAAGCGUGAAGACACAAAAGAACGGAUUAAUUUCUCAGCACUUUAAAGGAGGGAAUAUGUCUCAUCUAAGCUGUAUUUCUUAACAGGAGAAAGCAUGAGCGAGUUAGUGUGUUAAUACAUGCGAAAAGACAUCCAGACUGGUUAUAGUAGCAGUCAAACAGCUUAAGAGAGGGGAAGUCUGUAAGGUCUGAAGUUGUAGUGUUGUGUUGUUCAUGAAUGUUUAGUUCAAAAGAAGGAAACUGCUGAGUGAACGAUGUCAAUGGAAUCACUCCAGGACCUUAUUCGUUCCUUUCUCAGUUCAGUUGAGCUCAGCCGCGAGCGUGGCAUGCCAGUUGGGUGUGGAACUGCGGUCUUUGACUCUUUGGCGAACAACACACAGCGAGCAGUCAGAGUCUCGUCAACGACAUGUAUGAGUCAGACUGUGAAGGAAACAAAUGACUUCUGAACAACUUGAGGCAGGCAGAGGAGGGAGGGGCGUAGCAUCGUUCAUGAACUGCCGAGCAUCGGUUCGUUCACAGCGGCUCAAAUAAAACUGCGCAUUAAAGUGCUAUUACAUGAAGCACUGACUGAUUCGGUAAACAAAUCUUUUGAACGAAUCAUUUUAAUGACUCAGUACAGUUAAAAGAACUGUUCUUCCCAUCACUAUGAGGUUGACUCUUACUGAUAUUUUUAUGGCAAGCAUUAUUUCUGAAAUUGUGUCAUUUCUACUUUGACUCUUUUCCUGGUGACUUUACAUCUAGCAAGCGUAGAAACCACAAAGAAGCACAAGCAUGAUACGACUUUAUUCUUAUUAAUUCAUCAGGCUGGUACACCCCUGCAAUGUCCCCCAGCCAGUUUAGUAUUUUCGUGGACUCUCGUGCACCGAGGUCCGCCAAGCUGGGCGUGGUGGCGCGGUGGGGGGAGGUGUCGACAGAAUCAGCUGGCGUAGUGAUUUUUUUGUGCCCGCCGGCAGCGGAAAGUGCGCUGAAAGCUCUCCGAUUCAAACCUGGUCAGCUUUCAGCGCAGGCGGAGCGCAGCUGGUCUAGUGGUAUUUUAGUAGACCAGCGGUGUAGUGCGCACAUGUCAGCGAUGCCUCACUGGCAGGUUUCCACAGUGUCAGGCACAUUUCAGUGCAAUAAAUAAUCAACAACAACCAAUAUUCAGUGCAACUAUCUGAGUCAGCACAUUCAUUUAGAUCUAUAUUGCUAUAUUCUGAUCUAUAUCUUAUCUGAUGAGUGUGUUUGGCACGUGUUUGGACACUCAACCUGACUGAAUUAUCAUUUAAGUUUUCAGUAAAUAGUCACACAUGAUGAAUUUAACAAGAUAUUUAAUUUGUCCCCCUUUUUCUCUCUUCCUCUUUUUUCUCGCGCAGCUCGACCUGGAGAGAGAGAGAGAGGGAGAGAGGGAGAGAGAGAGAGUUUAUAUGUGGUGUAUAUUUAAAUAUGGAUACAAGUAAACAGUGGAAGUGUUAGUGUGAUCCAUGAGGUUCAUAUGAGGUGAAUAAAUGUUGAUGCAUUUAGUGAAAUGUUGGUGCAGUUGAUCUUCAGGACCGCUGCAGCUUUAAUAACCUCUGCUUGUUGGAGUUUGAGAGUCUAAAGUUCACAUCGCCACUCCUCUUCCUGGAUUAUACAAGAGCUGGAUUUCCCCUCCCUUAUCUCUCACACAGCACACUCCACUCUGCACACUCACUUCCUUGUUCCCUCCCCUUCAGAUCUACAGUCUGAGAAAGGGUGUAACCAGCCUGUGCUGAACUGAUCCUGCUGACACACACAUGCUGUUGAGAUCAGAGCUCAGACUAGUUUCACUUCUGAGGAAAUGAAACUCAGUCAGUCAGUUGUCAACAGCGAGUGUUGAAAUGGCGCAGAAAGGAGUUCAGCUGGACCGUGAAUCUUUCUCUUGUUCCAUCUGUUUGGAUCUACUGAAGGAUCCGGUGACUGUCACCUGUGGACACAGCUUCUGUAUGAGCUGUAUUCAAUCCUACUGGGAUACUGAGGAUGAGAAGAAGAUCUACAGCUGUCCUCAGUGCAGACAGACCUUCACACCGAGGCCUGUCCUGAUGAAAAACACCAUGUUAGCAGGUUUAGUGGAGGAACUGAAGAAGAGCAGACUCCAAGCUGCUCCUGAUGAUCCCUCUGAUGCUGGACCUGAAGAUGUGGCCUGUGAUUUCUGCAGUGGGAGAAAACUGAAAGCUGUUAAGUCCUGUCUGCAAUGUCUGGUUUCUUACUGCCAGAUUCACCUCCAGCCUCAUUUUGAAGUAAUUCAGUUUAAGAAACACAAGCUGGUGGAGCCCUCCAAGAAGCUCCAGGAGAACAUCUGCUCUCGUCAUGAUGAGGUGAUGAAGAUGUUCUGCCGCACUGAUCAACAGUCUAUCUGUUAUCUCUGCUCUGUGGACCAACACAAAGGCCACGACACAGUCUCAGCUGCAGCAGAAAGGACUGAGAGGCAGAAAGAUCUGGAGGAGAGUCGAGAAAACAUCCAGCAGAGAAUCCAGGACAGAGAAGAAGAUGUGAAGCUGCUCCAACAGGAGGUGGAGGCUAUCAAUGGCUCUGCUGAUAAAGCAGUGGAGCACAGCCAGGAGAUCUUCAGCCAGCUGAUCCUUCUCAUGGCGAAACACCGCUCUUACACGGAGCAGCAGGUCAGAUCCCAGCAGGAACAUGAAGUGAGUCGAGUCAAAGAGCUUCAGGAGAAGCUGGAGCAGGAGAUCAAUGAGCUGAAGAGGAAAGAUGCUGAUCUGCUGAAGCUCUCACUCACAGAGGACCACAACCAGUUUCUGCACAGCUACCCCUCACUGUCAGGACCGGGUCAACCUGCAGACUCAUCCAGGAUCAACAUCCGUCCUCUGAGAUACUUUGAGGAGGUGACAGCAGCUGUGUCAGAGGUCAGAGAUAAACUCCAGGAUCUUCUGACAGAGACGUGGACAAACGUCUUACAGGCAGUGACUGAAGUGGAUGUUUUACUGUCAGAACCAGAACCAGAACCAGAACCCAAGACCAGAGCUGGUUUCUUAAGAUAUUCAAAAAGAAUCACACUGGAUCCAAACACAGCAAACAGACAUCUGUUAUUAUCUGAUGGAAACAGAAGAGCAACACAAACAGAAGAAGAACAGUCUUAUCCUGAUCACCCAGACAGAUUCACUGAUUAUCGUCAGGUCCUGAGUAGAGAGAGUCUGACUGGACGUUGUUACUGGGAGGUGGACUGGAGAGGGAACUGGGUUGAUGUAGCAGUCGCAUACAAGACUAUCAGCAGAGCAGGAAACUCAGAGUAUUGUUCAUUUGGAGACAAUGAUGAAUCUUGGAUGUUAGAGUAUUUUAAUGACAGUUAUACAUUUGUGCACAAAAUAAUCCACUCUCCUGUCUCAGGCCCUCUGUCCUCCAGAGUAGGCGUGUAUCUGGAUCACAGAGCAGGUAUGCUGUCCUUCUACAGCGUCUCUAAAACCAUGACCCUCCUCCACAGAGUCCAGACCACAUUCACUCAGCCGCUACAUGCUGGACUGUGGGUAGGUCAGGGCGGCUCUGCUGAGUUUAUUGAACUGAAAUAAACAGAACUUUGAGUCAAUCAGACCAAAAACUUGUAAAUAAGAUCAUUGAACUCUUGAAAUGUUCUGGUUUGUAAAUGUUUGUGGAUCAGUCUCACCAAAAACUGUCUGUUUAGUUCUUCAUUUCAGCUUUUUCAUUCUUUUGUAAAAAUGCUGAUUUGGUCGCAGCUUUUAGGACAGUCAUUGUGGAUAACUUUCAUUGUUUGCAUUUCUCAUUUUGAAAACUCUUCAUAAAAGUUUGAUAGUAACAGCAUCAAGAUGAUCAUUUGAGACUUUUUUGAGACUAGAAAAAAGUGAAAUAACAUCAAAAUAAUGUAAGAAAGAUUAAAAAGCACAACCUUAUUUCCUGUCCCAAAUCCAACCAUCUAAAGUAUUUCCAGUCUGCCCCAAAAACACUCCAAACGAUCUGUGCUUUCUCUGUUUGCUGAAUAUUUGUAUGAAUGUCAUUAACGGAUACUCCUGUCUGCUUCUGUUGGUGCAGAGUAAGGGAGGGAGGAUACUUGCGCCAGGCUCAGCCGCUCACCAAAAUACCAAAGUCUGCCCGCCUACGCCACACCAUUGGCGAGGCAGGAAAAAAGAGCCCUUAUUUCCCAUUCUCUGGGGAAAAAAGGAAAAAUAACAAAUGAUUUUUGUAAUAACGAAACUUAUUCGUGAGUGUUCAUCACAUGUUGUUUCACAGCUGAGUCAAAUACUUAGUUGAUGACAGAUAAAUCUACAAAACUGGAGAAGGUUUACUAAGUCAACAUGCUGUGGGAUACAGCUGAGUCUAAGGACUGGACAUAGAACAGAAAAGGUCACAGACUGAUAACAACAAGACCGAAAACCUCAACCAAGUGUGACACUAAUUUGUGCAGUUCUGUUUGUAUUGUUUUACUUCGCCAACAAUGGAAAUGUUCAGUUUACUGUGAGUAAAGCUCAUUUUUGUACUUUGGACAUGGCUCAGACUGUGGAUCUACUGUUGUGUUCACACCUAAUGUAAAUAAAAUCAUUCACACACCUACUUUACAUGCAUUUGGAGGCCUGAAUAUUGUGUUCAUUUGCUCCAUUUGUGUGCCAUAUUGCAUCUACACAAGUGCCCAGACACAUCAGUGAAUGCCAGAGAGGAGGAGUUUUCUCCAUGCCACUUCAGUCUGUUUACACCAAACAUGGAUGUGGUUGCCUAAAUUGCAAGGAUUUGUUGUGUUUUCACAAUUUACCAGAAAAUCCAACCUACUCACUCACUUCCCUUCAACAAGCUUCUUUGUAGUCCUGUUUUGAUAGAAAAAUAAGUCAUUUCCCAUAGCUUAGAGUAUCUAAAGUCCAUCACAGUCCUCUGUUUGCCAAGUGCAUGAACCUCUAAUGGUCCUAUGUCACCAUACUGACUAUCGGAGUGAGUGGUUUACUGGGGCUCAGAUUUUUCAUUUUGUGGAUAAACAAAUAAAGCAGAUAUAACUCCGUCAGUCAGCACAGUUCAGGAAGCAUAUUCUUACUCAUUCAUUUGAAUGUAUUUAUAAAGAUCAUUUUAAUAAUAAUUACGCCAAACUUAACUUGCUCUUGGUAACUACUUUGUAAAGAUAAAAGUGAAAUUGAAUUCUGACCAUGAAUGGACAAUUACUUGUACAUAUUGUAUGAGCUGCAAUACAAAGUUGUCGGUCCAGUCCGAUAACUACACAAAGAACAGCUGACAGUCUUGUGAAAUGUAAGGGAAGAAGCUCAGGACAAAAUACUAAAGCGGUGGUUAUUUAUCACCCAGAAUGUCACCACAAUCAAAAAGGCAUAAAUCCAACCGAAAAUGUCACUUUGAUUCAUCGUCAGCGAGAUUUAAAUUGCAUCUGUCAACCCUCUGAGCCAAUUGAAUCUGUAAUAAUUCAUCUCACUUGCAGACACACAGUAACACACACAGUAACACACACCUUUGAGGAUUUCCAUGGAUCCAACAGCUGUGUCUGAAGUGGUUUUCUACCUGUGCUGGAUGGUGAGUUCGCAUGUUGGAGUAAACCUCUGUGCUGCUAUGUUCGUGGAUAUGCGACUCUUCUUUGUUUAACGCACACAUACACACACACACACACACACACACACACACCGAAUCACAUCCACACACAGGCACACUGAGGCUGAAAUGAUUUAUGGCCAGCCGUGUCUAAUGGAUUGCUUUGGCACUUGAGAAAUUAUGAAAAGAAAUUAAUUAGCCUUUAGUGACCCUGCUGUCCAUCUGCCUCGCUCUCUCUCUCUCUCUCUCUCUCUCUCUCUCUCUCUCUCUCUCUCUCCACACACACACAAACACAGCGAGCACACACACACACAGUGACCCAAGCACUCAGCUGCUCUCCUUAGUGGUAAUUAGGGUCUAAACAGGCUGGGCUUCCCUGUCACACAUUUAUUGUGUGUAAAUCACAUCUGUGUCAUAUCCUCCUCCACACUUCAGGCGUAUUACUGACCCGACCAUGAUCCCUAAACAAAUAACCAUGAAUCAAGCAUUCAGCAUUUACCUAAUGUACAGCAAUAUGCCACAAAGCUCUAUGUUUGGACUGCUAAAUAAUCCAUCCAAGUCUUCAAACUUUGUCUGUUAUUAUACAGCGAAAACACAUGAUUUAUCGUAUGAGCGUAAUAAGGAAGGUCAACCAUGAGCAUUGGUGCAGAAGAAUCAGAGUUAUUAUCAGUUUAGUUCCCUCUCAGUGAGGAUCUGUGUAAUAACAGUUAUUUUCUGUCUCCUUCUGGGUUGAAUUCACUCACAGAACAAAAAGCUGCUCAGCCGAGGAGUUUUUCUUUCUUUUGUCCUCCGUCCUUCUGCCUCCAGUGGGUCCUUCAAUGCGUCACAACCAAAUAGAGAAGCAGCUGCCCUGCUUGUUAAUGUGUCAUCAAUGAAUCAGAAUAAGCUCAAAAUGGCACUUGUUUUUCCCUCCAUCUCCAAUAGGAUAACAGACAGCAGUCUUCACACUGGAAUGAAAUAACACUUUCCAUUUUUGGAAAGGGUCCAGCUCAGACAGGAGCACUUGUCAUGAAUUAUUUUGUGAUUUUUUCCCCCCUCAGUGCUCUGGAAAAACCAGCUGCAGGGUCAGCGAGAGUAACACUGGAGGAGAUGUGAAUGCAGCUCAGUCCAAAAAAAGAUCCUCAGAGAUUCAGAUGAUUUUGAGUCACCCAACUCAGCAAACUUUGCUCAUACUUGCACUUAUUGUGUUCAUCCUUUCAUUCACACAGAUAUAUCUUUUCUUUGGUACAAGUGUCAUGACUACAACCAGGAGAAAAAUCACCUCCCAAAAUAAGCAGACUGUGUGUGUGUCACUUUUCCAAACGCGGCUGUAGUCUCCUGAUGAGAACCGGUUUCUACUAGUUUGAGCCACUAAUAAGGGUAGCGUCAUUGCAGAAAAGAGUAGUAUGCUUCUGUCUACUCUUUUCUGCCACAAAUACCUCCUCAACUCCUAUGUUUUCACACUGAAAGUUGAACUAGAAGGCCUUAUGGGGGACAUCAGGGAUCUCAUAUGGGGCAGAAGCUCGUCUGCUCUGAGUUUGUCCAAUUAAAUAUUGUGAUAACACACUUGCUGCAGUUAAGACGUUCUUCCUGUGGGUAAAAUUGUGUCAAAAACAGCAACAACAACAAAAGAUGACUUUUUUUCUCCUGGCAAACACACUUGAAUCAAGAGCAGAUUUGCCUUAAAGAGCUACAGCUAAAACAAAGCGUCGCAGACGGAGGCUGAAAAACUUUUUUUGAUCUAAAAAUUUUGUAAAGCUGUUAAUGAGUAUCAGAAAGGAAGCAUAGAGUCUGAAAGAUAUGCGUCACACCCCUCCGAAAAAGAGCAGAAAUACUGCAGUCCCUUGGGUGUCCACUAGAGGAGAGACGCCUGUGUUUAACUCUCCAUUUUCCAUGCAGAAUUAAACAUGUAAACAACCUCAUUCAAAAAUAUCUGUUUCUGUGAGUGAUGGCGUUAGUUAUACACAUUGCUCAGUUGAUGAAAUGUAUUUAUCUAUGAAUGAAGGUGUUCAGUCCAUGAGUUUUGCAUUUUUUGGCAUAAUUAGGGGUGUGGUUGGCUUGACAGGUGGGUGCAUUGCAGCUUGUUUUCCAAGCAGCCUAAGGUCUGCCUCAACCCCACCUGAUGGCCUGUUUCUUUUGACCCGAUGUUAUCAAGAGUCAGCACUGCAACAUGAUGACCACCAUCAUUAGGCUGCAUAACUCCUCUCCGGUAGUUUCAAUUUGUGAUGAUGGAGAUGAAAAGAGCAAGGUCAGUUCAAUUAAGGCAGAAUCAUUUGAGAUUUGUGAAAUAAUGGCAAUAAUAGAGAGAGGGGAUAAGUCAGCCCGAGUGGCAAAGGGAGACGGAGGAAGGAUGAGCAACAUGGAGGGAUUAUUGGCCACUCAGUGCUGGGAUUAAAGAGGACCGCUGAGGUCUGACACACCAGAAUGUGAUCUCACUCUGGCUUAGUGUCACUUUUCUCCCCUCCACUUCUUCUGGCCUUUUCUAAAGGUACACAGCAGCCACCGGCCCAUAUAAGUUCACUGCUGUCACAUCACUCUCCUGACACUAAUUCUCAAACACACAGACACACACUCUUGGCUGCCUCACCAAACUCACACAUGGAGGUGUUCAGUGAGGGGUACAGUUGGAGCAAUGACAUUUUCUAUGGAGUUUCCACCUUGGAUGCUGCAGCAGAACAAAUCCAUGUCUUUUUCUAGCUGGCUGGAGAUCAUAAAUCUGCAUUCUUUCCAGAUGAAGUUAUUGUACCGUAAAACUGUUAUUCAACUCACACACACACAUUCACACGCUGACUCACAAAGACUUAUUCUUUGUUAAGUGAAACUGCAUUUUGACAGCUAACCACCUCCCCUGUCUUUCUUUCUGCAGAUCUGAGUUGGACCUGGACUAUGACAGCUACCACGAGGACUACUAUGACAGGUACUGUCAGAAAGCUUCGCAUGGCAGCUCUCACACAUUACUGCUUGUCUUUGUGUCACUGAAGCUAAAGGAAGAGGGUUAAAGUGGAUUCUUCAUCUUUCUGGUCUCUACGAGUCAAACACCCUGUCACCAUCCGCCACACAGCUGUCACUCAUCCUGUCUUUACUUAUGAUGUCCCUGUUACUGUUUCACAGCCACACUCUGAUCACACCUACAAACAGACACACAAAUACAAGAAUAAAAUAGAGAUACAGAGUAAAUUCAUAGAUUCUCUACAUACCUAGAAAUGUGCACAUUUACUGUAAUAAGUAAAAAAAAAUAUUAUGAUGCACGGUCCAUAUCUACUUUCCUCAUUCCACCUAAUUUAAGAUUACUCUCAUCGAUCAGACAAGUUAUAUUUGAUCAGAUCCAAUCAUAACUUUGUGCAAAUUUGGUUCAGUUUAUAUCAAUGUAUGGUAGCCCAGAAAGGCCAAAAGGCUACAAUGGCCAAAUAUAUUUUACUGCAAAUUCAGAAAUAAUCCUAAAACCAUGAUCACACACAAAUGCCAAAAAGAGAAGGAUAAAGUGCUACACUUAAACAAACAUGCUGAAAAUAAAAGCCUUGGGCAACAUUAAGAACGCAUUUAAACCUGAAUUAACAGCUGCAGCUGGAAAAAGCUGAAUUUUCAGUCAUUACAACAGAAGACUUCAGACCUUCUGGGGGGAGUGCUAAGUGGAGCAGCUUGAUUUUUGACCUCAGAGGGAGAGAAAGAGACCUGGCUCUGGAUUAGAUAAGUCUGUUUUUAAUGAGAUGAUAAUUACAGCCAAGAAUAAGGUUGAAUAAAAAAUUUGCUCAGUGGAGCGGAGUGUUUGUGAUAGUGCAGCUGUCUUUGAGGUUAUAUUGUGUUUGUAUGAGGAGCCUUUUUUCCUGCAGUAAAGAAUCUCUUUCACACAAGUCCAAGAGUUUUGGGAUGUCUACACUUUUAAUUCUGCUUCCUGCAAUUAAUUAUCAACCUGAUAUUUUGUAUAUUGUAAAUAAUACUAAAAUGCUGUUUACCAGUUUUGUCGCAACAGGCUGAGAAUGAGACAGACUCCCUGAUACACAUGAUUUGAUUUGUAUGUAGGAUCAGAUUUUUCCUGGCAAGUGUUAACAGUUGAGAAAUAACACAGUUAUCGGCUUUUUGACCCUUCACAGGUGAGUGUUUAUAGGUGCAGAGUGUAGAAAUAGAAAAUAUUUAGGGAUGUCAGAUCAGAUUCUAGAUUGAAACACUCCCUUACAGCCCCAGUGGCCUUUAAGGACAAGAAGCUGCUGUGAUGCAUGAUGAGUAUUGAUUCUCUUAUGUCAAGUUUUUACCAUCCACAGGAUCUUUUAACACAAUUUGUUAUUUUUGCACAACAACAACCGCUCUCUUCCACCUGCUGCAUUUCCGAUGGCCAAUCACUGAUUGCAAAAACAAAGACUUUUAUAGUUUCUCUGUUCAUCAGAAACCUGGCAGUGCAAGAUGGCAGCAACCACAGACGGGAGGGCGCUCCAAUGGAGACAGGCUUAUUCUUGGUUAUCAAAAAGCCAUUUGGUGAUAACUACUUGUUCAAACAUGAAUAUUAUAUUCCAUUUCAACCAAAUCUGCUCUGAGAAAUGCUGCCAAAUACUUCAUAAUGUCUUUUCAGAAGAGCCGGUUCAUAAUACGGUUAAUAAAAAAAAUAAGCUCCUCUGAAACAUGAAUAUUUUCUGGACUUGUUUUGAACCCAAAGCUCAGCGGUUAGUUCAGUGUGUUUACCUUUUCUCUGUCCCUGCUGAUCACACUCCUGUGCAUGUGUACAGUCAGUGCAGUGGUUAUGCAGAUGAAGUGGUUGGUUAGACUGUGGCUCUGUAUUACUGGUCGUCCACUGAAAUUGUGCGGGGACCUUCAAACAUCCCCCAGGCCCCACUCAUAAACACCCCACUCAGCACAUCUGAAAAGCAGAAUGCACCACGCACACACACACACACACGCACACAGAAUAACACCUCAUUUCAUUCCCUUUCUGGCUCAUAUCGAUGCUCUGCUGCUCCAAGUAUUAACUGUCAUCUUUUCUUUUUCUUUUCCUUUUUUUUUAAUCCCGCGGUUUUCCUUGCUCUGCAUUUUUCUGUUUGCUCAGGGGGGAACACUCACCACUGAUUUUCAAUUUGUUUUUUAACACAGUGCAUGAUUAUUCUCCAUGCUGGUGGCUAGCACUUCUGACAGUUUUGUGUGUGUGUUUGUGAGUGGGAAAGGAAGUGUAUUUCAUCUGUGUGUGUGUCUUCCUGCAUGUGUUUGCCUCUAGAUGUGAGUGUGUGGCAACGGUGUACAUGAGUGUGUGUUUGUUUGCCCGUUUGUUGUUUGUGCACAUCAAUAUGUGGGAAGAAGAGAAAUGACUUUUUUUUUGCAGCUGUCCUCUUGUGCAAACGCAGAAGAAAAGUGUCUUCCAGCACACAGAUAACAGCCUGAGCUGACAAAGCUGCGCUCUGUGUGGGUUCUAAUCCACAGAGACAAACACUCCCUCUCACAUCCACUCACACACUUUUCUGUAAUCCUCACUCGUCUAUGCUCUCUCAUUGUCUGAGCUUCCAUUCUCUGAGAUGACACUUCAAAGCUGGUGUAACAACACAUUGUAUAUCUGCCCCUGCAAACUGCUCUGAAGGACUUUAAACUCCCAUAAGUCUUUGGUGUCUGUGUCUCCUCACAUGGACAAAGCUUAAAGUGUCUAAUCUCACACUCUUAAGGUAACCGAAUAUACUCCAUCCUCAUGUGACUCACGUGUGGGUGUGUUGGAAAUUGUAUCACAAAGAGACUUCACAGAUUUAAACAGAUUGAAAAAAAAGAAAAGAAAACAACUGAGGGAAAACUUUCAAGGAAGCCGGGCUGCAUCUGACUGACUCUCUAACAGCUCAGUCAGUAAAUCUACAUUUCUGUCCCACUCCAAGUCCUUGCAGCUGACAGCUUGUCUACCUGUUUCUGGCUUGUGAUAAACAGCAGAAGAGCUUUUUAUUCUCUUAGCUUUGCAGGAAGAGGGCUGUCAAUGGUCCAGGUAUAUCCAGAUUGUGUUUGGAUGCAGUUAUGAUGGAUUAUAUUGACCAGAGAGAAACAAAAAUCACACUGCUGCAGCAAUUCUUCUAAACUGACCAUUUGGUUGGAGAAAGCCUUUAUUUCCAGGUCUUAUGUGCACAUUAUCGAAUUCCUUUAACAACAGAAAUUUAGCCUGGUGUCACAAGACCAAUUCACCCUAGUGAAUGGGUUUGGGAUUGCUUUCCAUUUUCAUAUGGAGGGAUUGGCAAUGAUUGCAUCCGAAAGUGCCACUGGAAGAUUGUACAGACCUACAACCAAUCAAGUAAAUGCAGUAUGUGAUGAGGCACACUGCAACGUUAUUGUCUCUGUGCAGCUAUUGUCUAUUUCACUAUUGUCUCAUAACAAACCCUGUAUUUGCAGUUUUUCAGUCUUGUUUUAAUUAAAAUAAAUCACCCAGAUUAUUCAAAACAGCUGCCAUAGAGGCUUCAAUCGAUCUCCCGACAGUGAAAACUGACAUCUUGGUUGUUUUUGAAUAAGAUAGGAGAGCUGCAACAGACUACUGGCACGGGGCACCAGUGUCGCCAUCCUAAAGUCCCACUCCAAUUGCUUUUUUUUUACUACAUAAAUUGUUCUCAGUGGUCUUUAAAUUGUGAUUAUGAUGUUUUUACCAAAAAUCGUGUUACCUGUGUCGUUUUCAAGGGCUUUUCUUCUGCAGAGCUUCAGUAGAUCAUUAGCAAUUCACCUCUGGGUCUUGGGCGGAGACAGUGCUGCUCUGCACACUCGUCUUCACAUUAGCUUGCAGCCUCAUAUUGCCGGGGUAGUAGAAAUUCCAGGUAACAUAGGAGCUAUUCAGCUCUUGGACACUAAUGUCUUUAGGGACACGAUGAGCACUAAUAUCAUAAUUAGCUUUCUUACGAGUAUUGCAAUCCGCUAACGCACACGCUUGUUCUGCGAUCGUCCUUUGUAUUUCUCCUCUGCAGAGUCUGGCCUGCAUAGCAGGGCUCCGGGGGCGGAGCUUGGAUUUGUGAUGUAUGAAAUCUCACUAUUUAGGCAGCAGUUCCAGGUCCAGAGAAAAUGAAUAUCAGCUGAUGGAUCUGAUGAUGACAGCCUAUGAGAAACUGAAUCUUGAGUUCAAGAUUUACUUUUUACAACUUAAUGACAAAGAAGUGAGUUGUUCCGCCCACCACCUUUGCUCAGUCUCUUUUGUUAAACUAUCCAACCACAUAGACUUUAACCAGAUGUUUUUUGAAUCUCAUUAAUAUUUAAGAUAAAUUGGUAUUUGUACCCUCACAAGAACGAUGAAUGCUCAUUGAAGAAACCCAUCCUAUUGCACCUUCCACUGAUAAGUUUCGCAGCCUACCACACCUGCUUCCAGUAAAUACCUAAAAAGAGUCAUCCAUGUUUAAACUUCAUUCAGACCACCACAGCUCUCUGUAUUUUGUAUCUGCCAGACCUCCAUGAUUAUGUCACAUCCAGAGAGCUGCAGCCAGAGCUCUAUACAGACACUAAACAGGAACACAUUACAUGCAUAUGAACAUCCCUGCACUGACUCUCCAUUUGUCACAGAAUCCCUCCCUAAACUCUCUGUUUGUGUCCAAAGCCCUUUAUGGCUGCACUCCCAGCUAUGUUACAGAGCUCCUUUCCCAUUACAGUACAGCCAGGCCUCUCAGAUCAUCUGAUCAAGGGCUAAUGACCAGCCCACCAUCGCAUCUGGAAGUUCUCAGAGACAGGGCCCUCUGUGAGGCUGUACCAAGACCUGUCUUUUUGUGUUUGGGUCUGUUUAUGUGGAAAUCUAUGUGCAGGUCUUUGUGUCUUUAUUGUUUUGAUAGAUUUUUCGAUAUGUAUUAGAUUUCUGUGGAGGUUUUUUUUUCUUGCAUUAAGGCCAUUGAAUUCUAAUUUCCCCUCGGAGAUGAAUAAAGUUCUUCUUGUCUUAUCUUUUCUUAUCCUAUUUGAUGCAAACCUUAUUUGAUGUAAAACCCUCAAUAAAUGAAGUUGACCUUGACAUUUAAACAUUCAUCUAUCUGUGGACGAAUGGUUUAAUGCCACCUAUCUAAUCCAGCCAUAUUGACUGGUUAUUGUUUUUUUCUGAUUUGGGGACAACAAGCAUAAGAGUUGACAUGUUUCAAAAACCAGUGUACCUGGUCAAUAAUUUCAGUAUCAGAUUGCUGUCAUGAUUUUUGACAACUGUAUCUGGUUUCAGUAAAUGAGACAUUCAAAAGAUUUUGAAAAGUGGAGCUCAAUUAUUAACAACCUUGGCCAAUUAUCGGGGUAAAAAAAAUGCAUUUGGCCAAUUAUCUGUAUAGUACAGAAGUGUAUUGCUGCCACACCAAAUAAAAAAAAUGCUCUGUAUCAUGAAAUAACGUGCUUGGUCUCAAUUCACUUCUGUUGUUUAGGACCACUUUCGACAGAAUGUCAAAAAAGUCACUAAAUGAAUCAAAAUUUGGAGAGUUUGCCAUCAAAAAUAAGUGACAAAGACAUUAACAGCCAUAUAAGACGACACAAAUCAAAUAAAACCAAGGUGAAAACAGUUCCCCUCCAGGGCCUCACAAGAUAACUUCUGAGAAACAUCUGGGGCCAAGUUCUAUCAAGUGCAAAGUUCAUGCUGUGUAUUAGAAUUUGUUUAACAGCCAAAUGCUGUGUGGUCUUCUAUACUAGAGCCCUGAAUUUAGGGGGGACAUAAUCUGAUCAGAGGGGGUUGCUGCAGGUCUGUUGUAGAUUUUUUUUUGUCCAAAUUCAACAUUUACUGGUCUGUGAGAAAAGACAGGCUGCACACCCAUCUCCUACUGAACAGUUGAACAACUUUACCCAGCUUAUUCCUGUUUGGUACAGACAAUGCUCUCAGUGAAGCAACUUCAACAUGGCACUGUCAACAUUAAAUUUCAAGUUUUCCUUGAAAAGUGAAGAUGCUGAUGAGCCUUUUCAAACAGCAUCACUGUUACCAUUCCAUAUCAACCUGUUUUCAGUAAUCAUGCCCAAAUACUUAAACUCCCCACACUUUCAGCUGCAGUACUGUUCAUGAUUAUAGGAGACUUAGUUCACAAUAUACCAAUGUUUAAGCUUUAAUAUGCAAACCAUCUCUGUACAUUCUGUUCUUUUAAAGUCAUGCUCUUAUCAACUGUAUAACUCAACUUUAUGACCUGUUGGGAAAGUUAGACUUACAGCAGUCAAGCACCAUCCAAAGAGUCUCUUGUAGAAAUAAUUUCUCAACUUCACAAUUUUGUCCAUGGUGGAAACAAACAAACUUGUUUGUUCAGAAUUUUAUUGGAUUUGUGACUUAAAGGUGGCAGCGGCUUGGCUCACAAUCAUCCUUUUGUUUUGCAGUGGAAAGAGUGAUGAAAACUGCUGUUUUGAUUGAUUUCAAAACAUUUUUUGAGAAAUAUUCUUAAAGUUUUACAUCCUUUGAAUCAUUUCUGUGUCAUCAUAUUGUGUACAAUGAUACAGCUGAAAACUACCCAAAGUAUUUAUAAAUUCUGAUUGGUCUCAGCCUCUUCUGAGUGAUUAUUCGAAUCGUCGACUUUCAGAUAGCAGCCAUAACUAGUUUCUGUGACCCCUGCAGCUUCUCUUACCUGCGAUUGGCCGAUCUUGUGGCUGUAAUUGACUUGGUCAUUGGCCUCUCUGCUUGUUGAGGUUAGAUGCCCUCUGUUUCCAUCUCAGCAUCCCCUCAGUUUGAGCUGCAACCAGCCCACAUGCACAAACAGUGUGGUUUCUGUAAGCAGUAUAGAGUUUGACUGUAAUACACCCCCUGUCAGCAGCACUACCAGCCCGGCGGGGAGCUAUUGAUUGGCCCUGACAGAACCAAUUACAUUCAGUGACAGAUAGAGACAUGGAGCUGUCCACAGGGAGGAACAACGCCGGUGUGUGCCAGCGAGAAACAGAGAUAAAAGACAAAGAAACACAGAAUAUAAAUAUCCAUAUUUAUCUGGAAGAUGUUUGAACAGAGACUUUUUCAACUUGCUCUUCUUUUAUAUCUUUUUUAACAGCUUGUAUAACAGCAGGGCUGUUUGUAUGUUUGGGCAACGACUGUCUUUGAAUUUUACAUUGUUAAUGCCAAUAACACUGAAGUUCAGUCCUAUGCAAUAAUUGAGUCCCUUGAUGUUUGUUGUUCAAAGGUUAAAUAGGGAUUUGAUUUUGCACUGAUUAUAUUUUAAUGAAGCCAAAGGUCUUCAACUUCAUGUGUUCAAUAAUAAAACAGAUUAUUUUAAUGGCAAAAAAAAAUGUUUUUAAUUGGUCCUUUUAGAGACCAAUUAAUAUGCAGCCCAAAUUAUUUGCAGAGUAUUAAUAUUCUCAUGUAGUUUUUCCACAACAUAUGACUAACGGUGUUGCUGUCUGUCCUGAUGAUUUUACAAAAGCAUGUUUAACAAAUGAAGUAAAACUUUCUGCAUGACAAAGUUUCAAGGUUAGGCUGUUUUAAGAUUGUUUAUACUGCUGUGUUUCCAGGGUGUAUGACUACCAGCGUGUGCCGGCCUCUCUGUCCCCUCUACCCCUGGGACCCAGUCAAGCCAAGCGAUCCCGUUCCUCCUCUCACUCCACGGGACACAGACGUAGUCGAGACAGAACCCACUCCAAAAGCUCCAGAGCCCACUCAUCCAGUUCAUCCAAGUGUGAGUAUCCCUAAAGGAGUAAACCAGAAAUAAAAAGGUUAUAAAAAGCUGCUGACCAGCAUCAUGAAAAUUCAAACCUAACGUCAUCAGACUUCUCAUUAUUUUAAAGUUGUCCUGCACAAAUUAGGCUGUUAAUGUAAAGCCAUACUGAGAGAUAAUUUUUGUUCAUGUUGAUUCUUGCGCCCUCUUGUGGACAAAGUGGCACCUCUAUUAGGUUAUUCUAAACCAGUUCCCUGCUCCAACACACCUGAUUCAAAUGAUUAGCUCGUUAUUAAGCCAUUACAGAGCUUGAUAACGAGCUGAUUAUUUGAAUCAGGUGUGUUGGAGCAGGGAAACAUCCAAAACAUGCAGGACUAUGGGCCUCAAGGACUGGACUUGAGAACCACUGUUCUAAACCAUAUGUAUAGGUUCCUUUUUCCACAAAAACAUACUUAAUUUAGCUUUUUUCUGGUGUCAAACAUGUCACUUUUUAAAAAUCUUUGACCUGGACAUUGUUCAAAAAGGCUUACUGAGAGGCAUGUAGUUUAUCAUUUCAUCCCACACCUACCAGACAACAAAAUGGACAAAGUAAUCCCUCUUUACACUAAGUAUUUGUUUGCUUUAGUGGGUCUUGAAGAAGCAUCCAAAGUCACUUCAAAAACCAACAGAAAACCCUCACUGGAGCUUUAAUGUUUAAAAGUCAUUUUUCACUUGACAUUUUUUUUCCAAGUUAUAGUUGGACAUUUAAAAAAAAUCACUUUGCUUUUCUUGCUUGUAUUUAAAUGUGAAGAUUAAGAACCAAAGUCUUAUCAAUACUUCAUCAUCUUUUGUGUUUAAACUGUCAUGUAUGAAUAAAAUACUUUUAUUUUAGCAAGGCAAAGUGGCUUCCUGUGUUUCUGCUGGUCGCUUGGCAACCUCACCAAAAGUCCCAAGACCUCUUUUUUGUUAUACCAAAGUUUACUUUCCCAAUGAACCCAAAAGAAGUUUAAAAUAUGUCAAAAAGUUUACUUAAAAGUUACCAUCAGGGGGAUUUUGUUUCAUCUGGAUGGUGUCUGUUACUGUUACACUGCAAAGAUGGAAAAAAUGUGUAAACACUUAGAGCUGGUGUGCUUUUUACUUGACAUUAGUACAGCUUACAUUGUUUUCAAAUCAAACCAUUUUAACUAGUUUUCUGUAGGGUUUUCUCCAUUUCUCCUUCUUCUCAUUUACUAUAUUGUAGUGACAGGGGUAUUAAUCAUCUUCUCCUACUCUCUGCAUGGAAUAAUUCCCUCUGUGUUUAACUAUGAAAUAAAAACUCUCCCUACAUACACCUCCAGGUUUUGUAAUGUGUCCCGAUGAUCUCAUCUUUUCCCUGCAGUGGGCAUGGAGGAGUUGCAGGUGAUCAAAAAGGAGCUGACUCUGAUAAAGACACAGAUCGAUGGGCUGCUCGACAGUCUGGACAGGAUGGACACACAGAGGAAUGACCACAAAGGUAUGGGACUUAUUUCCAAAGACACUGGAGGCAGAUCAGUGUCUGAUCCCAUGGCGGAUAAUCUAUACAACCAUCAGAAACAUUUUUAGGCAGACUCGGGUGAUGCGCCUGAGAUAUCAGAUUUCCGCUUGAUUAGCGUCAUCAGUCACAACCCUGAUCAAAACGGUUCAAGAUCUAUGCUGCAGGGACACUAGGAGAGCGAGAAUAGAGCUGCAGCAGCACAGUCACUCUUAUUACACUUGGCAAAUCUGUUAUUUACUCUCUCAGAAAGUUAAAUCAAACUGGAGUGCAGGUCUUUUGAUUUAUGGCUGGGUCAGGAGGACACUAUAGAACAUGCUGAACAAACAGUGUUGAAGUAACUGACUUAUAAAGCUUAAAAAUCAGACAAAAAAACAGGGACUGAGAGGGAAAGCAGAGCUGUGUGUAAGGGGAAGAAGUGCUGCUGCCCUCUUGUGGACAUUUGAAGCCCAUACAGUCAAAGUCUCAGACGGCAGAAGUUACAGAGCAGAGAACAAACUUAAUUACCAAGAACUACCGUCCUUCCUGUCCUAAGGUGACAGAUUUAUCUGCGCUCUUAUUGAAACUGUGUUGAAAGUGUAGACCACUCAGUCACACUCACUCACUCACUCACUCACCACAGUCAUUUUACUCUGAAUAAGACACACCAUGUCACAGAUACACUACAAUGUUGCUGUAAACUCUGAGACACAGUUUUAACUUAAACCUAUUUAUCAUAAAGUCUUUACUAGGCUCAUAAAUGAAGUAUUAAAAAGUGAUCUGUAGUCUGCUGCAGUUCAGCUGAAGUGUGUAUAUCUGUCUGUAUCUGUGUGUGUGUGUGUGUAUGUGUGUGUUGAAUCUACUUUGAAUGACCUUGUGUCGAUUGAUAGCUCUCAUCUUCACAUUAAUUUAUCUCCAGCUCUACUUCAUUCCCCUGUCCCUCACUAUCGAGCUCUUCUCCCUUUCCCCUUCCUCACACUAUGUCCUUUCCUGUCCUUCAUCCUGUCACUUCAUCCUGUCACUUCCACUCUUGUUUUCUGCCCAUCAUCUUGUGCAAAGUCAGAGAGAAGUUUUAUGUUUGUCCAACAACAGAUAUCCUCCAGGACAGGAAUUCAGAUCCACACUGAUGUCAUUUAACUAUCGGUGUUUGUGUAUCUGUGUGUUGUAGGUUCCCCCCUGAGAGAGGACAGUCCGGCCGGCUCACCGUACGCUCUAUCUGCCAGCAGCCCCGAGCACUCCCUCUCCUCCCUCUCCCCACCCAGCUCCCGUCAUCGAAUCCACAGGGAGAGCCACGAGCUGAGGGACCAUGAUGACGACCGCCACACGGUAAACAAACCAAAUCUGUGUGAAAUUAAUCAAAAGUGCAUGAAUAAAAAGGAAGCCAUUACUCUUCAUCAUAAUCCCCCGACUAUGUUUGUUUUUUUCCUUGUUGUAACAAAGCGCACAAAACAGAAAACUGAGACAAACAGAAAUCUAAUGGAAACACAGCAGUGGCUGAGCCGGACUGUCUUGACUGGGGUGGCCAGACAAGGGCACUGAAUUUUAAUGGGAGGCUCAUACUAAGGCUGUGUCUAAAAUGAAUCGCUCAAUCCCUAACCCCUAACCCCCAUAUGGGGUUUCACUAUAUAGUUGACUAUGUAGUGAGCUCAAUCACCGGAGGUUUCAGACACUACAUGGCAAGAUGCAAUGCAUGACGGGAUGCCCACCACCGGUGAGUGACCAUUGGAUGGUCACUACAUUUUGCAAUGCUUUAUGGGAAAUUUUGAGUCGCCUAUAUAGGGCACUGGAAUUGGUCACUCAGGCUUCUGACACCCCUCAAAAUGACGCUAACCCCCAUAUAGUCACCUAUAUAGGAGUUAGGGAUCUAUUUUGGACACAGCCUUUGUCUUUGUCAUUGCCAGUAACCAGAUCAUCCAUCCAGAUGGCCCUAAACCUUAUUUGAAAAGUGAGAAAAUGAGUGAUCAAAUUUGAGCUCUAAAUUUUUUUAUCAAAAUACUGUUAGAUUAUUCAAAGAAGAAAAAAGACUCAUUUGGUUCAUUCAAGAUAAUCAGAUGUUCCUGUCUCGUAAGGAGAACAGAUAUGUAACACCCACAGAGUCUCCUCUCCUAUGAAAUCAUUUUUUCCCCGUGCAUUACAUUUUACUGAGUCAUUCUGACUUUGCACUGUAAUGAAUAGUCUCCUUGUAUGUUUUAUCCUCUGUCCUGUCUCUCAUUGUCUGUUUGUCUGUUAUAGAUGAGCAACCACAGCUCUGACCCCGAGGAGGAAAUAUGAAGGAGGAAGAGGAGAAAAAAGUAGAAGACGUGGAUAAAGUGCCAAACAUGGAGGAAGAGAACAAACAACCAGAAAACCAACAUUCAUAUCAGAGGAUCAUCUCCCCUCCAGCUGGGUGUAUAUUUCAGACAACACAAUGCAUUUAACUGUAUCACAGCAGCUCUGUUUCUGUCGGCAUACUUUAGGGGAAAACACACAGACACUGGUGACAUAUACACAUGUACGCACACUAUUUAGAAGAUUUGUUGUCGGCGUGAGAGAGUGUCAGAGAGAGAAUGGUCUUAUCCAGAGAGUAAUUAUACAGAUUACCUGGAAGCAUGGUGGUGAAUUAAACUUUUUAUAAUCCUCCAUAAUCAUGCACUCCUAUUGCACUGUGUGAGCAGGGUUCAAACAGCACCAGUAUUCCAGUAUUUAUCCAAAUAUUGCUGUAUUAAUCCAAAUGAGACAAUAGACUCCCUGAUUGGAGCAUUAUGUAAGCAGCUUACCAGUUUAGCUCAUUCUCAUUAAAAUUUCUUGAAAAUGCUGCAAAAUGUUGGACUGUAAACACAAAAAUCCUUGAAGUGAAGUCAUGGUGGUGUGCAAGACGAACUGCAUUGUUUUUGUUGCAUCUAAAGAAACAGACAUAUUUAAAGAUGCAACUUUUCUUUUAUUAGAUAAGUGUAUUUCUGUUCAAGAAUGAGCUCCCUUAAAAACAAAGAAACAGUAAUGUAGAUAAUGCAAAAACAAGUGUGGGUGGACCAUGUGGUGAACCAUGUACACAGUGUAUUUAAAGUUUAUAGUAAUUUUCAAUAUGAUGGCAUAAAUUGAAGCCUGUGUGCAUGUACUGUAGAAAUGGAAAUCUCUUCUUUGACACAGCAAGAGGGUUUUUUUUAAUCAUGCUUGUAUACUUAUAAAUAAUAUUAUGAUGUAGCAAAUCAUGGUGAUCCCUGAAUAAUCCCACUGAUCAUUCAGGAGAAAAAAAAAGGUAGUUAUGGCCUGAAAGCUUCACAGAGACCCUGACAGCAAUGUUCUGGAAAUGAUCUUGUAGCAGAAACAAGGUGUGUCCUUUACUUUAACUGUAUAAGAGGAAUGUUACCAACACUCUUCCACCAUGUAUUUGGCACUUAAAGACAUGCAGAAUCCCAGGUCAGUGUGUAAUAUUGUGUACUAUCGUAAACUUUUCUGUAACUGUACCAAUGUCUGAUUUGAAUCUUGCUUUAGGACUUCUCAUGUGUUUUUUUUUUUUUAAAGAAACAACAAUGUAUAAUUAUAAUUCCUAUGGUGUUACAUGUUUUUGUUUGCAAACUUAAGAUGAGCCAAGUGGAAAUACCCAUUGUCACAGUAGUAAAAGUAUUUUCAUAUUGAGUAUAAAUGCAG